AUGGCACGUUUUGUCAAAGUGAGAAUUGUGCGCACCAAAAAACGGGAAGGGCUCAUUCGCACCAGACUACUUGGAGCCUCAAUAGCUAAAGGAGAAGUCUUGACCUUCCUCGACUCUCAUUGUGAAGUCAACGUGAACUGGCUGCCUCCUUUACUUAGUAAGUUAUACUGGAACUUACAACAUUAGGAUUUUCAUGGUACUGAAACAUAUACUUUAUCUCAUGAAUACAUUCAGGAUGCACAUUUCAUUUAGUACAACCCGCCAACAGCAUCUAUAACUCACCUGUAUAUUUGGACCUGUAUAUUUGGACCUGGAAGUGAAACUUUCUAGACUGUAAUGCAAAAUAGAAUUAGCAGAAGAAACAUGAUGAGAAUUAAAAUUUUUAGGAUGGAACUCUUAUUCAUUUGGGUUGAAUUCAGCACUGGUAGCUUGAGUUGCCCACUAGUGGAUCUUGAGGAGGCAUGUUUUGAAACAGCCUUCCCCAAUCUGGUGUCGCCCAGAUGUUUCGGACUACAACUCUCAUCAGCCCCAGCCAGCACAACUGUUGUAUUCUGAAACAUUUGGAAAGCACCAUGUUGGGGGACAGCUGUUUUAGAACAUCUGACCAUAUACUGUGCCUUUUAUAGAAUUAUUUGUUUAUGUUGUCCAACCUAGUAAGGCUGGAUGAGCAACAAUGGAAAACACAGCAUUUGAACCAGGAGGACAACAUGUCCACUUGGAUGAUUCUGACACAUCUGCCUGGAAAAUAAUUCAGAACUGUUAUAUUUGGGGGUGACUUCAUUGGAACUUGUGAUCUGAGCCUGUUGACCUUUUACUAUCUUAAUCAAUAGCCAUUUACCAUCUUCAUCAGUGGCUCCCACCAAGAGAGGCUAUCAUAGCUAUGCAUCUAAUGUGUUCUUCAGGCUCUCUGUUUUCUUUCGUUGGUGCUGGUCAUUGGCCAUAACAGAAAAGAUUUGAUUUGAUUUGACCUAAGCUCCAGAUUUUGCAUUUUUCAUGAAUGUUGUAAUACAUCUCUCAGCAACUUAACUAUACAUCAGAAUAUACAUGCUGAGAGAAUUUUUUUUUUUUAAUAUUUGAGAUGGGUCUGUUGAGCAGAUUAAAACAUUAACAGAACAGAAUUCUGUGUCAAAGUGACACAGUCAAGAAUUAAAUAGAUAUGCUCCUCCCUUGCAUCUCCCCUCCGCUGCUAUCAGAGAAGAAGCUGAGUUGCAGAAGUCUGAUGUUCAUAUUUUUGGAGCCAGAAUGAGCAGCAUUUUCUCAGUGCAUUCUUGCUGUACAUACUCAAAGCUAAAAUGACAAUUCUUUUGCUUUCUGGUUUUUAUUUUUUAUUUUUUGCUUGCUCGCUGACUCCUUAGGUGACAGAUUGGGGACAGCUUAGAGCAGCAAAGUGACAGAGAUAUAGAUGACUUGACUUCUGUGGGUCUCGCUGGGAUGUGACUCUCUUUGAAGAACUAUAAUGGCUUCUAAUAACAGGCCGAGUGCGUCAAGCCCGUUGCAGAUAGAGGCCGGAUGCAGAUUUGAAAACUGAAAUGAUUUUAGGGCCAUGGGGAGAUGCUGAGGCAAUUUUCAAAACUUUGAGGGGCGGGGGAAGAGGAGAAGUAAAAGCCUAAGGGAUUUACUUUGCGGUAAAUGUGAUAGAUGGCUUGGCUAGACGUACCCUCUUUUUUGUAUUUUUAUGCUUUCGUCUUUCAGAUCAGAUUGCGCUAAACCAUAAGACCAUUGUGUGUCCCAUGAUUGAUGUCAUUGACCACAAUCACUUUGGGUACGAGGCGCAAGCGGGAGAUGCCAUGCGUGGAGCCUUCGACUGGGAGAUGUACUACAAAAGAAUACCAAUUCCGCCAGAGCUCCUGAGGGCUGAUCCCAGUGACCCUUUUGAGUAAGUAGUAGCGAUACCAAGCAUUAGAAUGAGACAUCGCAGGCAGCAGUUGCAAGAACUGUGGCUGCAGCAAUAGAGGUAGGGCCUUCUGGGCAAAUUAACCUCAAAUUAAAGAUGGCAAAUGGGAAGCAGCAACAAGCAAGAGAAUGGUGGGAAAGGUCAGGAUGUGGAAUCGCAAAAAGGGGGCAGAUCACUCUCUAGAGUUCCACUGCCUCCGCUGCUCUCAUUUGAGCAAGGAAGAAUCCAGCCAGCAAAAGAUUCCUGUUCUUUACUGUUAGCAGGGGGGAAUAUUGGGAGUGAUUGGGGAAUAAAUGCAUCUGUGCUGAUUUUCUUUACUAUUCCAUGGAGUAGCCUUUGAAGAGACAUUAGUUUAUUAUUUCUUUGCUAGAGAUUGAUGCAACAGAUGAAUCAAAAGUAAGCUUGUUUUCAGCUAGCAAAGCCCCUAUGUAUGAUUGAUGGUGUUGCUACCAUAUACAUCCUGCUAUAAUUUAAACACAGGGGUAUAAGGCAGCUGACUUGUGAAUAAUCUCAGAUAAGCCAUCGUCUUAUCCCUGGUAUUGGGUGGAUGAGAUAAUUCACAGUAACAAUCUCCCAAGGCACCACAAAGUUGAGUCCAUUUUUGCUUUGAUUUUAUUUUUGCCUGUCAUGCAAAGGGGGAUUUAUCCUCAUCAGCCAAGAAAGUGAGAGGAGAGGGCACCAAGGGAGAGGAAGUGGAGUUAUGGCCGGUGAUCAAAACCACAAGCCAGUUAAAGUGAAGUGCUUAGUAUUCAGAAGCUGAUUCGGUUCUUUUCACGUUAGAGGGACUAAAUCAGGAGACGUUCAAGAUGCUGCACUUAAAUGGAGUCCCAUGUAUGCAACCAAAUGACACUAACGUCAUCAAACACCAUUAUUUUGUGCAUAGAUGCUGGUUACUCUUAUUAAAGUACCAAGUAGCAUUCAGACAUGAUAGCUGCCUACUUUCCUAGUUCCAUUCCAUUUUACGACUAUGAACAGGCAAGAAAGGGUAUAUGAUUACUGUGGUCAAGCCCUCUUGGACAGUGGAUUUGCAUUCCUGAAAUAACCACAGCAAGAAGACUAAGGCUGUGGGAAAGCAGGGAAUCCCUAGCCCAAUGACCCAUUGACCCACACCAGCUUAACAAAGCACAGCGAGGUCGGAACAAGAGAGAACAUGGUAAGAUAAAGCUGAAUGUAAGGCAAAUCAGGACAAUCUGGGAGCUUAUUGGUCCAGCAAAUGCCUGGAGCCAGCUGUGAUGUUAAGUAGAUUUAUGGCAAAGACAGUGUCCCAGUCUCUUCCUCCUUGUAGGAACACUGUGGGUUUAAAGGAACAGUAUUUUAUUCUGAAGUUUUGUACUGAAGCCUUCUGCUGCUUCUGGUCAUUGCAUGGCAGUAGAGGAAUAGCCUUCCCAGCUGCAUGUGCUCCUGGAAUUCAGUCCGGAGUCACAGGUUUGAGGUUUGCCUAACUUCCAGGCACCAGGGAUGGAGGGAUUGUCUUCCCCUACAUAGAAAUUUGAAUCAGCCUCUCCCAGGUCCUAAUCCAAACAGUCUCUAGCCAUUACGCUACUUUGCUGAAGUUCAGUUCCAGGACAUCAACAAAAUUUCACCACCAGUAUUGAAGCUUUACACUUUUCCAAAAAGUGUGCUCAAUUGCUUUAAGCACAAUUGAUCAGCCCAUUUGUUUGGGAUUAUCAAGGCUUGCUCUUUUCUUAGAGGAAGCAACGCAAACUGGUUUCAGAUUUACAUUAUGUUUCUAAAGUUUGGUAGUACAUAACUCCCAGCGGAGGGACAUGUGCAACUUUAAAGGGAGAUUAAAAUCUGUUUGUUCUGUUUAAAAGUCUAAGAACUAUUAAUGCCUCCCCUGGUACUUCUAGCUUUUAACUGCAUUUCACUCCUCAAUAAAUCUACCUGCUGCAAUAAAAUAGGGAGCACACGAUUGCAGGCCAUGUAAACAGCACCAACAGGCCAUACCUAGAGGUUUGCAUAUCCAUUUGCUUUACAAAAAGUCAUAGAGCUGAAUGGAACCUCAGGGAUCAUCCAGCUCAACCUCCAGGGCAAUAAAGCAAAGUAAACUUCACUCUUCCAAAAAUGAUCAAGUGAUAGUUCUGUCUUAAAAUGACUUCCUUUGCUUUGGUUAAAUGCACCAGUGAAAUUAUAUGCAGCUUCAGCAUGCAACAUGCCCCCUUCUCCCUAUACGCAUAACUCCCUUUUUAUUGAAAAUAAAAAAAUGUUACAAUCUGAUGUGUAAAUGUGGAGAAGUGAAUGGAAUAAUGAGAAACUGAGGGAAACCAACAACUUUGCCCAUCCCUAGACUGGAUGCAAAACAAGGCUCUGACAGUCUGGCUGGAUGCAAGGCAGGCCAAGCAGCUUCAAGCUAGAGGUAAGGCAGGGCUUUGGUUGGAUGCAAGGCAACUUCCAUGUUAUCUCAACUCUGGGUUCUGAAAUGGCAUUUUAGGCCUGUCCUUGUAAUCAAUCAAAUGGUAAACUAAAAAACUUAAGACUUCACUGGACAAAGUUAUUACGGAAAACAAUGCAGAGGAAAUAAGUUGAGGAUCGCUGGGGUGGGGAGGGGAGAGAUACUUUGGGUUGGCCCUGUGUGUCCUGCUGUUUUAAAACAAUAUAUCAGCAACAGUCCCUUGUUUAAUAUCAGCAUCAGCCAUCUUUACCUCACAAGAGGGCGGAGGGCAGUUGCUUGUGAAGCAAACAAAUCACUGGGGUCAAGGAGACCCAAGACAAGAGGAUGUGGAGGAUAAACUGGGGUGGGGUGAGGUAAUAGGUCUUGCCCUCUUUUAUGUAUUUGGAGAGUGCAGGCAAGAUGAUAGUAAGCCAGUUCCCAUAGUCUUUUGAGACAAAAUGCUGAAUUCCAAACAGCUGAAAGAAAACUCCCACUCAUGGAUUUGAGGGAAAGUGUGUGAAGUGAGGACCAUUUCCUUAACUUUCCGUGUGCUUUGGGAUAGUGGAGUCCAGAAACAGCACGCUAGGUGGGGAGGAACCAGUGCACUAGCUUCCUGGCAGGUGGGUCACCUUUGCUUACUGGGAAGACAGGGGGAAAGAGGGGAGAUUGGUGCGCUGCAAACGCACUAGUGGAGCCAGUCUGGUGCUCCUGCCAUUGUGUCUGCACUACACCGACCUUCUCAUCACCUUGCCCUCUUCUUCAUCAGAAGCAACAGCAACCCCACCUGCUGAGAAGGUAGGAUAGCAGCUCCGCCCCACUGUCUGAGCCACUUCCAAUUGCUCGGCAUUCCCUUGCCUGCUGAAUCCUGAAACACCAGGCUUGACUCUGAAAUGAAGCUCUCAGAACAAAACCUGCCACCACAAACUAUUCUACCCUGUCCUUAUUACUGACAUAAAACACAGGAAGUAAUUAGCUGGUAUAGAGUGAAAGUCACUGUUUUGUACGUUUAAUUUGAUUUUAUGCUAAAGACUGCAUUUGGUUCUAUUUAAUUAAAACUCCUUUGGUUAAUAAGUUUCCUAUGGAUUCAAGGAUUUCAAACGGUUGCCCCUACCUUUUGAGAAAAUGCUUGAAGAUGCUAAUGAGGUUAGUAUAAGUAGGGUAUAAAAAGAAUAAACAAGGGGGGGCAGAUACUGCCUAAUGACUGCACACACUUUUUAAAUUGAAUUUUGUUCUUUAAAAAAAAAAAAAGAGGCUUCAGCUUGCAAAGGUAAUCUAUAAAAGUAUCCAAAAGUAAAAUGGAGCAGGUUAGAAAACAGUUAUCGGCUUUAAAGAUAAAGAGAAAAGGCAUAUAGCUCCAGGCUCAGUUAAGCAGAAAAUGAACAUCUGAUGCCUUUCUUAGUGUUGCCCCUCUAUGAGUGGUCUGGUGGGUGGCAACCCAAGAACAGGGUUUUUCUGCGGUGACUUCCUGUUUAUGGAAUGCUCUCCCCACGGAGGCUCGCUUGGCACCUUCACUACAUAUCAUAAUAAGAACAAAAACCCCACAAAUACAUUUAAAAGGCCAUAGAUUGUUUACUCAGUGCCUCAAGAUUUUGAUGGCAAUGAUAUUACUGGGCACUGGAAAAAACUGCACUCAUGAAGAGUGCUACAUCUGCAAUAAAUUGCCAAGUACAGUGGUACCUCAGGUUAAGUACUUAAUUCGUUCCGGAGGUCCGUUCUUAACCUGAAACUGUUCUUAUCCUGAAGCACCACUUUAGCUAAUGGGGCCUCCUGCUGCUGCUGCUGCUGCUGCUGCGCCGCCGGAGCCUGAUUUCUGUUCUUAUCCUGAAGCAAAGUUCUUAACCUGAAGCACUAUUUCUGGGUUAGCGGAGUGUGUAACCUGAAGCGUAUGUAACCCGAGGUACCACUGUAGAGGAACACUGAUAUGGUUUCCUUGGUUCUAAUAACCAUAUUAUCUUACUAUGGUUCAAACCAAGUGAAAACCUAGCCUUUGGAGAGGCGGGUGGAAUAGUGCUGGUUAUGUCAUGUUUUUAAAAUAGAAACUAAAGGCAAUGCAUUCCUCAACACAAGAAGAAGGUCACACCAUCUGCUUCAGAUGUGUCACGCAUCUGAAAAGAAACAACAAUCAGUGUCUGGUCACUUAAAAAAAAGAAAAAAGAUAACUGUCUGCCCAACUAUUACAGCAGAGGAUGCAAGCAGAGAAAAUUGUAUGACUAUGUCUUGCCCCUACACAGACAAUCAAAGCUAUUCUGCCAGAUAAACUUUUGCUGUGACAGUGCUAGGCAGCUUGCUGAACAACCAUCGGCAGCCUUAGCAGGUAACAUUUGGAAUUAAAUUACCUCUUUUGACCAUCAUCUUGUUUUGCAACGGGAGCAGAGGCUUCCUACAGGACACUUUAUUGCUGUGCAGCAAUGCUUGAUUGUGGAGAAUUGGGACACUCUUACACCCUUGAAAUACGAAUUGUUAGUUUAUAUUGCACUUACAUCCACAUUGUCGCUCACAUAGCAGAUUGCUUCCUGAUUACAAAGCAAACAAGAGCCCAGCUGCAGAAAAUGCAAUCUUUGUUUUGGUCCUGGGAUUUUUUUAUCCAUCUUUUUUGUUUUUUAAAAAUAGUAAUAAUAAUCAUUAUGUCCUUGUUCCAUGCACAUGCAAUUAUAGAGAAGAUAAAAGAAGAAUUUUGUCUGAAUAUUUGUAGUCCAAGUUAUGUGGUCUCCCAUUCCAGAAUGUAUGAUUCUGCAUUCAGCUCAUGGUAGGAGGCAGAUGAUGCAUAGAAAACUUUAUGCAGCAGACUUGGAGACACAAGCAGGGUCUUCUUGGGGCUGCUAGGCCACAGUUGCCCAGACAAACCAAAAGGGAAUCAGGCACUCCUCUACAAAGUCUACCUUAGGCCUAAGAAGUUACGUUUGAGCUAUUUCCCCUGUCAUUUCCUCUGCUUACUGUGCCUUGUAUAGGUUGUGUUCUAUAUUGCAAUAGGUCAAUCAACAAUUCUGAGUAUGCAGCUUUAUGAUCACUUUUCGAAGACUAUGCAAUGUUAUGCUUUUUGGGCAUAGCAGGACAGCAUGCUAUGCCUUUUGGUUUGCUGCAGUAUUUUUUUCUUCCGCAGUGGGCAUACCAGUUACUGGUGUGCAUCAAAGUUGUAGGGCAGCAUUCCCCAACCUGGUGCCAUCCGGAUGUUGUUGGAACACCAGUCCUGAUGGGAGUCACAGUCCAACAACAUCUAGAUGGACCAGGUUGCUGAAGGCUGUUGUAGGGGAUGCUGGGACAUCUGGGACACAUGCACCUCAAUAUCAGUUUCCUCACCAGUGUGCUAAAUUGCAGGGGGGGAGAGUGUUGCUUUUCAGAAUGCAAUUCUAUACCAAUAAACCUGGGAAGGUGCCUCAUUAAAGCCAGUGGGGCUUUUUCAGAUUAGGCAUGUAGUACUGGAGUGCCUUGCUGCUGAGUAAGUUUGGAGAGUCUGGACAUAACGUUUGAUGGGAUAUAGUUUGAUAAGUUAUAUAACAAAUAUAUAUAUAUGUUUCCUAGGCAAGAGGGAAAUGUACACUCCGAAGCUAAGGUUUCCAAAAUUCUGCACUGGUAGCAUGCCCUUUGGAUAAAAAGUUGAUGGUUUGGGGAAAAGCACUGAAGUUUCCCUGGUUUCUGCUCUCCAUGGUUCCAUGGCUCUGCUUUCUCCCUUUCUAAGUAAAAAUAAAUUGCUUCUUUCCAGAGCUGUCAAUUUCCCGCUACAUUCCAUUAACUUGAAAGGAUAUUUGGGGGUGCUUUCAUAUGUCAUGCAAUUGGUAUCAAAUCAGGUCAGCACAUGCGCUCCAGUGGCCAAUUUCGGUGCGUGUCAAAGCAGUAAAGUGGCUGCUGUGCUGUAUGCGGUGGCUCCCGUGAUAAGCAUUGUGUUUGUUUGGCUAGCAAUGUGACUCCAAUGUGCCCUGCAUUAGCUACCUCUGCCCUGAGAGAUAGAAACCACUGAGAGCCUAGCCAGCAGCACUGCAUAUUAGUGGGCAGUUGCUCCACUGAAUUUUGAAACUUGGUUGUCAAGGGACAAAGUUUCAGUCACUGUGGGACUCGCCUGUAUCAAGGCCCCAUAUCACAAGAUUUGCCUCAUACGGAAAUUGACUUUCCUUAUGUCAUUGUGGUUCCUAAACCUUGCCUCAUAAAUUGAAGUAGCCCAAGGUUCGUUUUCCUAAACUGUCACGAAUGCCUUUUAAAUUGAAGAAUCCCAGGGUAAUUACUGGAGCCAAACACAUCAACAGGAGAAGGACAGGUGACCUGUUGCCCUGGGCAAACUGCUUGAGUCUGACAAUAACAUUUGCAAUCUCCUUAAGAAGAAAGGUAAAGUAUACUGCUUUGAAAAAAUAAUAAUAAUAACUCUAUUGAAAACCUUGGUCCAGAGCAUGAGCCAAAUUUGGGGCUAAAUUAACAGUUUGCAAAGUGGCAUGGAUUAGAAGCUUUUCCCUACAUAAAAUUAGUUAAAUUCACAGCAGGGGAGUUUUCCAUCCCUAAGUAGCCACCUGUGAUGCCCUGGGAUAAGAAGGGGCAGGAAAGUUUCCUUCCAUGAACUUCCUUAGGUUGCCUAAGGAUACAGGCCGUUACUACUAACUAAAUACUGAACAGCAGUCUAAGUCAAGUUUAGCUUUUUCCUGCUGUGCAAGCAUUCAGGUGUGACUCGUCUAGUGGGGCAGAGCUACAGCAAUAGUGUCCCAGCCACAGUGGUGCUGUCACUUUCUGGGAGGGGAAACAGCAAGUUUGUGUGGGCAAGUACAUCAGAUUGGCUUCAUGCAGAUCUUACCUCCUUGUCACCCCUCCCAGGAAGUGGCAGCAACACCAUUGCUGGAUGCUGUUGUUGAUGAUGCUGAUGGUAAAGGAGGCCCAAGACCCAUUUUUAAAUAAUCCUGGCUGUGUAGCAGGCACUGAAAAAGCAAACCAUAUAAGCCACCGAUGGCUAAUUUUGUGGAAUGCAGUACUCUCGGCAAUUUUAUCCACACCAGCAAAGUCUCCCAGAAAAGGUGUUUAAGAAGUCACCAUACAAACACUGAGAACAUACUCUGUGCUCUUGGAAGCAACUUUGGGUGGUACUCAGUGUCAUUCCUCCUAAGAGAAGACCCACUGAGGUUAAUAGGCAUGGCUAAUGUAGGUUCCUCAAUUUCAACUGGUUUCCAGCAAAAGGUGAGAACCAAACUUCUUCAGUCUCCCUGCUGGAAGAGCAGAUUUCUGUUUAUCCAUGUACAAAGGAAAGGGUGUAGGUCUAAGCACGAAAUUGUCAAUUGCGCCAACCACAUGCUAACUGAAAUGGCAAGAAUAAUCUUAAUAAGAAAAAGUACUGAUACUGGUCAGUAUAGUGAAUUGCUGUCGGUCAUGGCAUUUCAUGAAAAUUCUCUGAAACGUGAAUAUAAUAAGAAGCAAUUGGUAGCGUGGUGGGUGACAUUAUCAUCUGGAAUUGAAAGACAGAAACUUACUUAGGCACCCGCCACUGCAAUUACCAGUUUGAACUUGUGAAGACUGUCUUCUGUCUCUUCCCUUUGCAUGAAAAUAUGUUUAACUAUUUCUUCAAAUUCAUGGCUCAGAAUCUGAGGGUAAAAUGUCACCUUGAAGUGAGAACUUGUAAAUUGGUCAAGCCCUGCUGACUCUUAUACAUGCAUCCAAACCCUACAUGAUAAAAGGGAGAGACAAUCAUAGUAAGGGGGGAACGCAAUAAAAACAUUUCAUUUGGCUAUAGAUAUAUUUUGCCUUUUAUAAGAAAUUUACACAGAGACCAUGAUGUCAUGGUGGCAAAAAUUGACCAUGCGUAUUCAUCUCAGAUAGCGAAUUCCUAAAAGUACUAACUUACUUAUUUACUUCAUACACUCCAGCUCCAGGUUUUAGGGAAAACCCACCCAAGGUGACUAACUGUAAUGCCUGCAAUUGUAUAAACUUCAUUUCUAUUGAGCUCUUAAGGCAUGAUAUCCCAAUGCACUGAUGCCGUAUCAUGUUACAGUACUUCAUUGCUUCUGCCCGAAUGGAACUCCCUUACCUAGAUCUCUCCCUAUCCUGCUGUAAACCAUAGCAGUACAUUGUGCAGCAUAGUGGCUCAGAGGCUGAGCUAUGAAUCAGGAACUCCUCUACUCAUGAACACUUUAGGUGCCCUUAAGUAAGCUGCUUUCUCUCAGCCUUGUCUCCACCCCACAGCUACAAUCCUGGGAAAUGAUGCCACGGACUUAGCAUAGCAUUCUGGAGGGCUGGAUGUAGAGCCCAACACCAGUCUGUAAUAAUCACACUUAAGUAUUCCAAAAUAGAAGCAUUGCAAAUUGCAGUGGGGAACCUGAUUCUCCCCUCCAGCCUUCCAGGGCUGCUUAAGGAUUGUAACUAGGCAAUGUUUGAAAUCAGGCAUAGGCAAACUCGGCGCUCCAGAUGUUUUGGGACUACAAUUCCCAUCAUCCCUGACCACUGGUCCUGUUAGCUAGGGAUCAUGGGAGUUGUAGUCCCAAAACAUCUGGAGGGCUGAGUUUGCCUAUGCCUGUUUGAAAUCUUGAAACACUCUAGAAAUGGUAAGGUGAUGAUUGGGAAAGGCUCGUCCAUUAGCUUGAUGCUACAGCAAUAGGUAAAAGGUAAAGGAUCCCUGGAUGGUUAAGUCCAGUCAAAGGCAACUAUGGCACUCAACUCGCUUUAGGCCAAGGGAGCUGGCAUUUAUGCACAGACAGCUUUUUCGGAUCAUGUGGCCAGCAUGACUAAACCGCUUCUGGUGCAAUGGGACACCGUGACAAGUGCCAGAGAGCACGUAAACAUUGCUUACCUUCCCGCCGCAAUGGUACCUAUUUAUCUACUUGCACUGGUGUGCUUUCAAACUGCUAGGUUGACAGAAGCUGGGACAGAGCAACGGGAGCUCACCACCAUCGAGCCGAUUCGAACCAUCGACCUUCCACUUGGCAAACCCAAGAGGCUCAGUGGUUUAGACCACAGUGCCACCUGUGUACCCACAGCAAUAGCCUCCCAGUAGAAACAUGCUGUUAUUUUGCUGUAAAGGUGAGGGUGAUGUGGCAGCAAUUCUGGGGCCGCACAGACACGCUGGCAGAGCCAAUCCAGCAUUCCCACGUGCAGCCCCAACCUCACAGCUGCCUCGCCCUCCUCCUUCCUCCCAACAAGCGGUAGUGAUACUUCUACCUGGAAGCUUUUGGUCCUCCUCUGCCACAGAGGAUGAGCCUCUCCUGAUGAGGAGGAUGAUUAAUGCAGCUUAGAGCUCUUUCUUCUGUGUCUGCAACUUUCUCAUCCUCACUCUUCUUUGUUCCUUUUCUUUGUAGUGUGCUGUAAUUGCAUUCCCAAAAAUCCACAAUUUACUGUGAGGCGAACAAAAAGCUUGAGGCUCAGCACCUUUGGGUUGUCUCCAUUGUCUCUUAAUUUCUGUGUUUGUGUAUUCACAUUCUUCCUAGCAUUUGAAGCUAUUGUUUACUUUUAAUUACCCAUUGGUUCAGUUAGCCACCCAGAGAGCACAUUCCUCUCCAGGUAAUGAGAGGGAAAGCUCAUUGCCCACAUUGGUGGUUUUGCUUUUUGCUUUUCCUGCCUCCACAGAAAGGAAAAGAAAAGAAAAAGAUUGGCUGAUUCUGCAGAACUGCUCAAGUUUUUUGGUGGGUUUUUUGUGAAGGCCAUAAAGGGUUUUGUGUUCCCUUGGGCGUUUGCACGUGGCCGAGCUUUGAUUUGGAAGGGUGGGGAGGAAGCGCUCCAGAAACACAGAGAAUGUGAUAGUUGAUAUUUUAUAUUUUCUAAGCAACUAUGCAGAACAUUUGGAAAGAUGCACAGAUAACAGAAUGGUGAACAAUACCAGGAUAUAUUUUCUUAAGGGAAUUUCAUUAAAAUUAAGAGGCAUAGGGAUUGUUCCUCUCCGCACCAGGCCAAAAAAUAAUAUUAUUUGUACAGAACUCUCUGCUAUUUCUGCCUCUGUGUUUCCAGUGCUCAGCUGGCUGACCAAGGAUGAAAUGGAGCUCUUUCUUUCAGAUUUAGCUCUGCAGUUGUUACUGUCUCCUGAAAGGGAGUGAGGAAAGCCAAUGUCAACGAUGCCCCUCACAUCAACUGCUUCUUCUGAGUGUUUCUUUGCCUUAAGUUGUCAUGUAUGUAUCAAUACUGUUCCUAGCCAAUCAUUUUCAUUUUGUGAAGAAUUUCACUAUGGAAAUUAGACUUGAAAGAUUCAGGUUCAUGUGUUAUGUAUGGGCUGCAUCCAUUCCUUUGCUGGCUGGGUAAAUGCCCUAAGGGGCAUUUGAGUUUGGUUAGACCUGGCUGGAAGGCAGUGAGACAGGGGAAAUUCUGAUGUUGGAGUGGGAAUGUGGGCAUCAGUUACUACUAAUGUGGGUGAGGCUUGCAGCAUACAUCAAAACUUCAGCAUUGGGGGAUUCAGAAACUGGCUUGUCUGCAGCAGCAAAGCCCAUUUUUGGAUCUGCAGAUCCAAUGCACUAUAGAAGGGUACAAUUGCAUGUCUGGCCCAUGAUAUUUUGGAGAUGGAGAAAUGAAAUGGUCCCCACUGCAAAUCAAGGUGAACCAAACUCAUAUUAUGGCACCUGAGUCAAAAAAGCCCUAAAGCACCUCUCACUCUCGCUGGCAUAAAAAUGAAAUAAUCAAUUAAAUAACUUAUUUGCCACCUUUUCAUGACACCUAAGGCAACUGCCUAACUCUGCCUAAUGGUAGAGCCAACCCUAAGGCCUUUUCCAAGCUUGUGGAGCUGGCAUAGGCAAGCUCAGCCCUCCAGAUGUUUUGAGACUACAAUUCCCAUCAUCCCUGACCACUGGUCUUGUUAGCUAGGGAUGAUGGGAGUUGUAGUCCCAAAACAUCUGGAGGGCUGAGUUUGCCUAUGCCUGUGUGGAGUAAUUUGUUGGUGACCAGGAUGAGCCAUUUCAACUACCUUGCCUGGUCCUUAGACAACACCUCUUUUAUUUCAAGAUGACACUAAACUUGUUUUGCCACUUAUAAGGUCACUGAAUUGCCUGUAACACCUGACCAAAAGCUAACAGCUUAGCAUCUGACUUCGUUAAAAUUAGCUUAUUUGAUGUUAUUCCCUCCCCGAGUCAGAACAAUUACCUUAAAUUGGAAAAGUGAGGCUCAGUGAUGUGUCAGAAUAUUUGCCACGCAUGAUGCAAAUGCUCAAAUUGUAGGCGAAGCUCACCUUCCUCAUCUAUUUAUUGUAAGGAAAGCUGAACUCAAUUAUUUUUCACAUGUCCAAUUGCGGACACAAGACUGCCAGCGCCGCCAGACAGCUGGAAAAUGGCAGAUUACGGGCUUCUACCCCCACCUACUGGCAAAGAAAGGUAAACUUUACUUUAAAACUCUUCCAAAGGUCAGUCUGUUAUUUAAUAUCACAAAACUAAACUGAGAGUGCAUAUCUCAUUCAGAAAAGGUAGCCAGUGGCCUGUUGCUGUAAUAUAUUCAGACACAUUUUCUAAUAGGCUUGUGAAGUGAAACACAGAUCUGCUUCUUCCUCCACACUAAAAUGCCUCAUGCAGAGAAACUCUGAGGCCACAGGUACAUGGAGAAGUGAUGCUGGAGCCACUGGAACUACUCUGAGCAAUUAGGGAAGGGAUUUACCUGACAGAUGGAUGCCAACAAAAAAAAAGGACCUGGCAAUUGAGAAACUCCAGGGCCAACUACUCAUGGCAUUAGGCACAUGUUUAAACAAGCAUAUUUAGCCUGUCUGCUUCUGUUUUGGAGAGGAGAAAAUGCACCCAUGGAUCCCCAAUCUUAAAUGUGCUGCUGAUAUGGAUUGGUGUCCCACUAUUUUUCUGCUGGAAUUCACUUCCCUUGUGGCUAAUUUUUUUUAAAAAAACAAUAUUUAUUAAUUUUCAACCGUUUAAACACAACAAAAUAGAAAAAACAAAAAAAGCAUAACAAAAUAAGACACAAACCAUUUAAAACACAAAACAAUUUCAAUAUCUUAUCUUUCAUUCCCUUAUUUCCAUGCAACCUCCUCACACCUCCCUUUUUGUAUUCCACUUCUGUUAAUUGUUUCAGCAAUUCCUUUCCAUCUUCCUCUGUUUUCUAUCCUAUAAUUAUCUUAACAUGUUCUAACCUUAUUUUUCCCUUUAAUACUCUAUUAGUCUAUUUAUACUUAAUUCCUUAUAGCAUUUCUACUAGAGCCAUAUAACUUCAUUCCAACAUUUUUCUUACAUUCAUUAUUUUUACAGUAUUUCUAUAAAUAGUCUUAAACUUUUUCCAGUCUUCUUCCACCGACUCUUCUCCCUGGUCUUGGAUUUCUGCCAGUCGUUUCCGCCAAUUCCAUAUAGUCCAUCAACUUCAUCUGCCAUUCUUCCUGAAUAGAUAAAUCUUGUGUCUUCCAGUACUUCACAAUGAGUAUUCUUGCUGCUAUUGUUGCAUACAUGAAAAAAGUUCUAUCCUUCUUUAACACCAAUUGGCCGACCAUGCCCAGGAGAAAGGCCUCUGGCUUCUUCAGAAGGGUAUAUUUAAAUACCUUUUUCAUUUCAUUAUGAAUCAUCUCCCAAAGUGUCUUAAUCCUUGGGCAUGUCCACCAAAGGUGAACUCUAAUCCUCAAAUUCGUCUGUUUUUCUUUAAGUUCAGUCAUAGCAAGUGUCAACUUAUGUUCAUCAAAUUGCCUCUGUAGGGCUGGGGCUCUCUUUCUCUUUCUCUCCAGUUGUGUUACUUUACAUUCAGCAACAACAGCUUUUUCCCUGGCUUACUCCGCAGUUUGCCGUAUCAAAGUAGGUUCCUGUAUCAAUUUCUACAUCCACUUUCGCAUUUAUCAUGUCCAUUUUCCUGUUAAGCUGAUCCAAUGAGUCAUUUAUCUUGUAUAAUGCAGCCACUAAAGCCUCUUCUGUCGACAUUCCUCUUGGUUUUAAAUAUGCUGGUACAAAGGCAGCAACAGAAGGAGCAGGGGGCCUGAUGAUGGACCUCUUCUGGAUUAUUGCCAAGUCCUCCCAGACCUUAAUGUUUUGUCAGCAGUUGACUGGUCUGUUUUUCCUCUUCUAUUUGCCAUAACACUUAAAAGAUUCAAGGUCAGUCCCAGAGUCUCACGGUUUUUAACUUGCAGCUGGAAAUUCCCCUAGCCCAGCUCUUCUAAAACAACCGGUUUCAAAGGCUUCCACUAGGGGGAAACAGUUUCUAUUUGUAAUAGUCAAUAGUAUCCUCUUUUCAACAAUCCAAAAUUAGUUUCAAAUUAGUUUCAAUUUUCAGUUACUUUUACUCCUUUUUAAAGCAGCCGGAGACAGUAGAAACAAUGUAUUUCUCUUGUUUAACUAGCUGUCAAAGAACGUUCUAAACGCUGUCAAUGAACAUUCCAAAAGACGUCAGUCCUACUAGCAGCCCGUUUCCAGGGUCAGAGCGGCGGUGUUUUAAAUCUCUUCACUCUCUCCCACAGGCAUAUUCAAUCCGCAACUUCCCCCUCUCUUUUCCUGCCUCCAAGAGGGGGUUUAAUGUUCCUUACUGAUGGAAAUUUAAUCUUUUACAAAAGACUUUCCAGGACUCCAGCUUGCAACUUCAUUGCCUCAGUCUAUUUACAAAAGGGGAAGGCGGACUUCCUGUUUUGGACCUCCCGUUACGGUACCAAAUUAAACAUUUAGAAAUCCAAUUCUUCCGUUUCAGCUCUACUCACGGGUAAUUACUUUAAAGUCAAAUUGUCCACAGGAAAAGGUCAGCGCUCUCCGGCAACAGCUAUGCGGCUUCGCUCCGUGGAAGAAGCAGACGAUUCGAUGCACCGCGCCGCUCACCCCACAUCGCUCCGGAGCCCCAAAAACCGGGGUUCCCCGCUAGUAGGGGAGGCGCAAAAGGUGCCCACCGAAUCCCACGCUCACAGGCUUCUCCCGCCUGUGAUUUUAACGGGUCUCCGCCUUCGCCGUGGCGGCCAGACCCAGAUUCCCAUGGAGCAGAUUCCUCCUGGUCAGAGGAAUUCCGCCAUUACCGGAGGCACCUCCCCGGAAGUCCCCCUUGUGGCUAAUUUUUACCGCUGAAAGUGUGUUUUAAUAAAUUUUAUUUACAAUUUCCAUAACCACAUAAACAAAAUGUGUUUUACGGUAAAUAAACACUUUCAAGAGCAAAUAACAGGCAAACACCUGAAUAAAAUCCUGUAGAGUCCUAAUAAUGAUGAUGAUGAUUUCGUUAUACCCCGCCCAUCUGGCUGGGCCUCCCCAGCCACUCUGGGCGGCUUCCAACAAAAGAUUAAAAAUACAUUAAAACAUCAGUCAUUAAAAACUUCCCUAAACAGGGCUGCCUUGCAUGUUGAAUGAUUAAAGAAUGUUUGGCCAUAUGAAUGGUCUAAGUAAGUUAUACUCAAAAGAGUAUACCCACUGCAAUCAAUGGUCUUGAAUAACUCCAAAGUCCAUUGGUUUCAAUGGAUUUAUCCUGAGCAUGGCUUAGAACCCCUGCUCAACAUUUCUUCUUCUAUGACUGUGUUCAUUUCCAUUUAACAAAUAUAGCUAACCAACAGUUGCAAUCUGCAUGCAGAACCAGGUGAAUCAGAUAUAAAGAGCCUGAUUGUUAUACAAGGAAAAACCAAGCUGCAUCUUGUGACAAUGAGAUGCUUAUGGAAUUCCAUUCAUCUGCCUUUCAAGUGAGGAUUUCAGAUCACUGUGGCAUAUCCAGCAUGUACAGUGGUACCUCAGGUUACAUACGCUUCAGGUUACAGACUCCGCUAACCCAGAAAUAUUACCUCGGGUUAAGAACUUUGCUAUAGGAUGAGAACAGAAAUCGCGCAUAAGCGGCACGGAGGCAGCAGGAGGCCCCAUUAGCUAAAGUGGUGCUUCAGGUUAAUAACAGUUUCAGGUUAAGAACGGACCUCCAGAACGAAUUAAGCUCUUAACCCGAGGUACCACUGUACAUAGAUCCCAGAAUGAAUGAAAUAGCAUUAUCCAGAAGGGUUAAAAUUAGUGAGCGGUUUCUCAGUGACUUCAAGGUGUAUGUAAUUAGUCCAGUAGAUUUUCCCCUUGCUAAUAUAUCUAAUGAAGUAUGGGAUUAGCAAAUUUCGACCUAGUUCUUUGCAACAGAUUACUGAAAAUGUCAUCAGAGCUGGAUGAAUUGCAUUUAGCUUUGCAAUUCAUAAGAAUAGGUUGCAUUCUGUGAUUGGUUCCAGACAUUCAAUUUUUUUUAAAAAAGGAUUUAUAUAAAUUUUUCUAUGCAUUGGAUUAGCAUUUUUUUAAAGUAUAGCACUUAUUUUUUCAUGUUAAACCCCUUUGACUUAUUGGCUGUAUUUUUAGACCACUUUUUUUUAAAAAAAAAACCCUAUCUCAAGUUAGCAUUGUGCAGUUAUUUGAAGAAAGAAUUAUGGCCAUUCAUCUUGCUGAAGGCUCUAAAGGUGGUGAAAACUUUAACACAUUACACCAAUGGCUCAGUGAAGAUAUUAUCUUGCCAGCUGGAAAUGUGCAAGGGAGCAUACUAUUAGACGAGAGCGGUUUUGAUAAUGAAACAUGCAAUGAGACUCUGGCGCUCUUUGUACGUUUUCCAUGUGCUCGAGUCAAGUGGGGUGUUAACCAGAAGGUCAUGAUAUUUCUUUACUCACCGGAAUUAUUUUACAUUUGCCUGAGUCUGCACAUAGGAGGAAGUCAGCACAGAAUCGACCAAACUAGAGGAGAUCCUGCCAUGAGUCUGAGCUGUUUUGAAAUCAGCAAAUAUUAAGCCAGACAGCGUAUCAGUCAGAUGAAGGGCUAGGGCCUAAUCCUGUGGGCUAUUUUUAAGUGGUGAUGUAAGUCAUACUCAGAGAAGACCCCUGAAAUCGAUGAAUUUAAGUUUCUUGGGCCCUUAAAUUUCAAUGGGUCUGCUCUAAAUAUGAAUAUGACCAACACUGUUUAUCACCCAGUGGCGCUCUUUCCACAAACAGGAGGAGCCCUUUCAUUGCAGAAGAACCUUUCACCUUGCAAGGGCCUCUGCUAACGCAAGAAGAAGGAAGGUGUCUUUUAUGGAUUCCCCCAAUGCCACAUUUUACUCUGUUCUGGAGAUUCUCAAAUCCAGAUGAGCAAAAAUGAUUGUCGUUUUCUUCAGUUAGCAGAGGCCUCCACUGUAUCAAACGCUCUUCCUGAACAGAAGGGUGCCACUGAAUUCAGCCCCAUGGCUUUGAGCAGUACAAACAGUAACAUGAACCCCCUUGAUUAAAGUGUGAUCCAGCAUUGUACAGUACAGGGAACCCUGGCCCCAAUCAACAGCAAAGCAAAACUUCGUAUCAGCAGGGUCAAACUACAGAAUUAAUGACAUGGCUUAUCCUUCUUGCAUGCUUGCUUCUUGUUUCCUUUUACUAAAUAACAGUUGUGGGGAAGAGGAAGGAUCUGGGUAGGGACCACAGUCUAGCGGUGGGCAGAGCUGAACUUUAACUCUUUGCCCCUGCGCAGUCCUGAUCUGAAUAUGUCUUCUGCCACUCCCGCAAAAAACAACAACCACACUGCUCUUUGCCCUGGGAGCAUAGGUACCGGCUCCUAGGGGCUGGUGCAGUUUUGCACCCCCAAUGUCUUUUUUUAAGGGGCUGGUCACCCUCAAUGUUCAGAGGGUGUUCGGCUCUGCCCCCUGGCUUGCCAUGCAGGACAUUUUACAUCAGGCGUCCUCAUUCAACUUGAGAAGAUGGCACCUCUGUUUGGGAGGGAAGUUGCCAUUCAUUCUGUUGGUUAUUGGAAAUGUAGUGUCUGUAGCUUUCCUUGCCCAGGACAGAAUAGCAAAUGGAUCUCAUGGCAUCUUGCCUUUUCAUAGUCUAAUGCCCUUCUGCAUUGAAAUAAUUUAGUGCUGCGAUUGCUUCAAAUACAAAGAACCUCCCACGGUGAUGGGAACUAGAAAUCAGUAAAACUACAGAAGGCGAUGCCCAGUUCUCUUUGUGAAUGAAUGUGCUUACUAAAUCAACUGUGUAUUGAUUUAAACAUUUGUGGCACUACUGUUGAGCAAUAGAUAAUCCAGGAUUGCUAAAAACGCAAGUCGGCUCUUGAGAUUCUGGGAAUGAAACCUUCAACUGAAUCAUUGGACUGGCUCUACAACAGUGUUAACAAGAUGUGGAAUGGGCUGUCCAGUCCCCGCAAUGCUACUUCUGACUUGCUUGGCACAAAUCCACUCCAUUAAAGAUUCACUCCUUUAAAAUUCUGGCAUGCAGCACAGGAUAUGCAGUCAGUCAAGAGAAGAAAGUGCUCUCAGGAGAGUCGUCUGGCAUUUUUAAGGAAAUCGUUAUUCUGUCUUUAAGGCUGUGGACUUGUGUUGCUUUUCUUCCUGAGAUUUCAAAGAGAACUACUUGUUAGGGAAGAUCUUUGGCUUAUUAGCUCCAUACAUGUUUGUAUGCCUUUCAGUUUGACCUGUCAGAGGAGGCCUUCGAGGGCAGCCUUAUUUGAUCCAUCGGUUUUCCUUCAGUGCACCCGACAGUAGCUGAACACAGUCACAACAUACCAUUCAAAGUGAGGAAAUAUAACUAAGACAGAUUCACAAAUAUUCAAAGCAUAGGGUGUACAUAGGGUAAUGUGGUGCUGAAGGAUCAGUUUAGCUGCAGUACAUGAGUCCAAUAGAAAUGCUUCAAAUUUUAGAUUUUCUGUGACUUUUGAUACCAGUUCACCUGAUCUGCACCUCCACACCAAUAUACAAAUCAUAUAGUUAAUUCUUCUACUUUUGGCUGAAAAUAUGUGUCACUUCUGAUAUAAAAUACAUUUAGAAAUGCAUGUUUUUGCAGGAAAAUAUGACAAAAAUAUGUACUGUGUUUACUUGAAUCUAAUGCUCACCUUUUCGGCCAAAUUACAUUGCAAAAAUUAAGGUGAGCGUUAGAUUCGAUCGCACAUUUACAUUCACCAGCAAAUACUUUUUUUGGUUUCAAGGUUCUGAAAAUUGAGGUGCGCGUUAGAUUUGAUGGUGCAUUAGACUCGAGUAAAUACGGUAAUUAAUACCAUAGUUUCUUUUUAAGUACAGAUAAGGAAAACAGAUCACUUUUUUCCUAAUGAUCAUUAUAGCAUCUUAUUAUCAUACACAACUUUUUAAAUAUUAUUCAGAGUGGGUAUGGUGUACAAACUAGUAUCAUUAUGCAAUUCUAUGAAAACUCAGCCUUUUAAUUUUUAUUUUGAAAGCAGGCUUUCUAUAUUCCUUUGCUACCUCCAGAAAUCCCCCACCCCCAGUGCCAGCAUUUUGAUAUUGAAGGCAGCAUGGCUUAAAGUUUAUCUGGAUUUUUAAAAUGAGCGUGUUAAAGUUUAUUCUGCCUUUCCCAAAUAUAUGGGCAAGGGGUGUCCAUAGUUUCUUUCCUAUUUGUUAUGGAUGGUCCCAGAUUUAAAGUGGACCAUAAAAACAAUAGAAGAAUGGUAAGUCCAGCAGCAGCACAAAAAGUGUUUUCUUCUGCAGCUAACCCAGUGUCUUCUGCUAGGCAACUGAGGCAUAUGUGCCCUGUGAGCAAGCCUAUACAGUUCCAAUAUUUUCAGGCUGCCAUCCAAUAUUCAUUCGCUUAGGAGUAAGAUCCAUUUAAUGGGGCUAACAUCCAAGGAAAUAUGCAAAGGGAUGAACAUCAGUAAACAGGGCCCUGGGCUACCACUGAACCAGGCCACUGCCUCUGUGCCUAAUUUGACAGCUCCUGGGAUUCUGCAUGGGGUCUGACAGUGAUCUUGCCUCGCCUAAAUUCUGAGAGUGCCUUUUAAGCAUAUGAAACAUGUUUCCAGAUCAGGUCAAAGGCCCAACGAGUCUAGCAUUGCUGUUGUUGUUAGUGGUGGUGUUGUUAAUAUAUGUAUACCGCCCUAUACCCAUAGGUGUCAGGCUUCGUGGAAACGGCUUCCUCCCUCCCUUUGGCCAUGAAUAAGCAGAACAAAGCGAAAAUAGUAUCUUACCAGUUAAAGAUAUUUUAAUGAUCACAGCGAAAGAACAAAGACUCUAUUCUUGUAGGAAAGGUGCUCCCAAUUAAGGUUUCCACCCACUUCCCCCUGAGCCACCCCCGUCAUUUCCUCAUCUGGCAACUUGAUCUCGCAGCCAUUUGGCCUUCUGUUUAGCUACCUUAUCUGCUCUCCUUGACCUUGGACUGAGCACUUGGACACUUUCCAGUGAAAGGAAGUCUGUUAAUUCUCUCUCUCCCUGUUCUUCUUCUCCUAGCUGUUCCCCACUCAGUUCUGCCCAGCUGUUGUCUUCCAAACUAUGUCCCUCUGCAAACCACUGCUCCAAAUCUAUACUGCUCCAUUGCUCCUGGGCAGCUUCAGGAUUCUGGUCAGAAGCAGGGGGAGGGGGAGGCCCCCACCAUUCCUCAUCAGAGUAGCUCUCAGGACAGUUCACAACAUAAAAUUAAAAUAUGAAAAACACAAAAUCAAUAAUCCCCCCUUCCACAACACAUUUAAAACACAUCAGAUGUUACUUUUUUCCCCUGUGUUGUUUUCAAACAACUGAAUUGGAAGAGCCAAAUAAAUGAAAAAUUGUUAAAUUUCCACCACUAGCUUCUGCUAAUACUCUCCUUAAUGCCUUGAUUAUGCAGAUGUUCACAAGAUAUCCCCUAUCUAAAAGGCUUCUCUCUUGGGGGAACUAAGCUGUACAUGCCUUUGUGUCAGCCUUCCUGAACUUUGGUCCACAGAUGCUGUUUAACUACAGCUCCCAUAAUCUCUCAACUACUGGCUGGUUGUGGGGUUUUCACCCUCAAACAUUAUACUCCCACAGUCACCAACUAGGAACCUAUGACUAUGAGAAACCCACAAGAACAUGGGUGCAGUGGGUCUCCUGCUCAUAUCCCCCAUAAACUGUUAUUCAGAGGCAGCAGCCCUCUGAUAACUGGAAGGAAUACGUAUUCAUUAGAACUAGUAGCAAUUGAACAGUGCAACUUUCAGCUGCACUGAAGUGCAUUGUGGGAGUGCCCAAGCGUUAGGGAAAAUUACAGCUGCAACACAGUGCUUAGAGAGUGUGAGCGGAUGGUUCCCAGCACCAGCAGGAGCCAAGCAGGUUGAUCUCUCCGCUCUGUAGUCUUCUAAUGAGACGUUAUCAGAGCAAAGAUGGUUGUUUUCUUCCUAUCUUUAAAAAAGGCUCAUAGUCUACUGACAGUUUUUUUUUUAUCCUUUCUCGGCAGAGAGUACUCUACUGAGCUUGCAGGGCAGCAGCUGAAGAAGGUGCAAAAAGGGUUUUCGUGUGUGUGUGUGUGUGUGUGUGUGUGUGUGUUUCUUUGUGGCUGAUUAGCUGCUCUCCCUGUGCAAAGGUCAGAGGGGGCAGGGUUUCUGUUGAGGCAGGUGAUUAGCUGUGGGAGGAGCUUAUCAGAGCUUGCAGGGCAGCAGUUGAAGAAGGAGCAAAAAGGGUUUUCUUGUGUGUGUGUGUGUGUGUGUGUUUCUUUGUGGCUGAUUAGCUGCUCUCCCUGUGCAAAGGUCAGAGGGGGCAGGGUUUCUGUUGAGGCAGGUGAUUAGCUGUGGGAGGAGCUUAUCAGAGCUUGCAGGGCAAGUUUGAUCCAUCUUUUAGAUUUAGGGGAGCUAGUCUCAAACGUUUGUUGGGGGAGACCUAGGUUUUUUUGGGGGGAGUUAUUUGUCCUGUCUUCACGCUUUUUAUGAUGGAGGACCGCUGUAGCCACCCCCAAUGACACAUUCUCAAGAUGGAGGGGGAGGGAACAGCUGCAGUCACCUGCGGUUCCUGCGCAAUGUUUGCCAUCUUGCCAAAGGUUGCAGGCAGCUUUACCUGCAGCAAUUGCAUGUUGAUUGCCCUCUUACAAGACAAAGUCCAGCAACUGGAGGAACGUGUAGCUACGCUCCAAAGAAUUAGAGAGCUGGAGCUCUUCUUGGAAGCAACAGAGCACACCGUCUCCACCAAGGAGGAGACAGGGGACUCCCCCGAGAAGGAGGCUAGUUCACCAACACAGGAGCCAGAUAUAUGGAGAAACGUGACUCAAAGAAGUAGGAUUCGCUUUGAUUGUUUAGAAAUACACAAUCACUUUGAGGUCCUCUCCCCUAGCAUGGAAGACGAAGAGCAGACUCCAUUUGAGGAUCUCUCCCUCAUUACAGUCGAUCAGGUAUAUGAAGACGAGCAGCAAAGUCAGUCCUCAGGGAAUGUGCAGGCAACCUUGGAACGGACAGCUCACGGAAGAACCCCAACCAGACCUAAGAGGAGGCGUGUAGUGGUGUUAGGGGAUUCCCUACUGAGGGGAACAGAAGCAGUUAUCUGUGGGCCUGACACGAUGUCUCGGGAAGUGUGCUGUCUCCCUGGGGCUAAGAUCCAAGAUGUAACUGAACGACUGCAAGGAAUCAUAAAACCCACUGACAAAUACCCCUUCCUCUUGGUUCAUGUGGGAACCAAUGACACUGCAAGCAAUAGCCUCCAGAAGAUCAAAAGAGACUAGGAGGCUCUGGGUAGGAAAUUGAAGCAAUUAAAUGCACAAAUUGUCAUCUCAUCUGUCCUCCCAGUUGAACGACGUGGCCCAGGGAGAGGGGAAAAAUAGUGGAAGUGAACAGCUGGCUUCACAAAUGGUGUAAACAGGAACGGUUUGGAUUCUUAGAUCACGGACUGCAGUUUCUUGAAGAUGGACUUCUGGCAAGCGAUGGGCUGCACCUCACAACAGUUGGGAGAAAUGUUUUUGCCAAAAAUCUCAGAAACCUCAUCAGGAGGGCUUUAAACUGACUAAUGUGGGGGGAGGGAGACAGUGCUCCUGAAGGUAGGAGUCUAUCAAUUGAUGAAGAUGAUCAUCCAAAUGUCAUAGACCAAAUGGAGCAAACAGCAUGCAGACCUAGUGGUGGGAGGAAAAAAUCCUUAAAUAAGAGACACGGGGGAAUGAUUAAUGGACUUCAAUGUCCAUUACACUAAUGCGCAAAGCAUGGGAAAUAAACAAGAUGAGCUUGAGCUCUUGGUACAGCAAACUAAAUAUGACAUAAUAGGCAUCACUGAAACCUGGUGGGAUAAGUCCCACGAUUGGAAUGUAAUAAUGGGGGAAUACAAUCUAUUUCAGAGAAACAGACCAGACAAGAAAGGAGGAGGAGUGGCAUUAUAUGUCAGGGAUGUGUAUACCUGUGAAGAGAUCCAAGAUUUAGAACCUCAAAGCCAAAGUGAGAGCAUUUGGGUCAAAAUCAAGGGAGAGAAGAAUAACAGUGACCUCAUUGUGGGAGUUUACUAUAGAUCCCCAAGCCAAACGGAGGACAUAGAUGAUGCCUUCCUGGAACAGAUGGCCAAGCAUGCAAAAGGAAGGGAGAUAGUAGUAAUGGGGGACUUCAAUUACCCGGAUAUUUGUUGGAUGUCAAACUCAGCCAAGAGCAUAAGGUCAAACAGAUUCCUCACUGGCCUUGCAGACAACUUCAUUAUCCAGAAAGUGGAAGAAGCAACAAGAGGAACAGCCAUUUUAGAUCUGGUCCUAACCAAUGUUGAUGACCUGGUUAGUGGGGUAGAAGUGGAAGGAUCAUUAGGCGCGAGUGAUCAUGCUCUUCUGAAGUUUACUAUACAGCGGAAAGGAGCAGCCAAGCAUACUAGGACUCAAUUUCUUGACUUUAAGAAAGCCGACUUCAUAAAACUUAGGGAAGUGCUGGGUGAGAUCCCAUGGACAGUAAUACUAAAAGGAAAGGGAGUUCAAGAUGGCUGGGAGUUUGUUAAGAGGGAGAUAGUAAAAGCACAACUUCAGGCAAUACCAAUGAGACGGAAACAUGGAAGGUGCCUAAAGAAGCCAGGGUGGCUAUCUAAAGAACUUUUAACUGAGUUAAGAUUAAAAAGGAUGUGUACAAAAAAUGGAAAAGGGGAAACCACCAAAGAGGAAUUCAAACAAAUAGCCAGCACGUGUAGACACAAAGUCAGAAAAGCUAAAGCACAGAAUGAACUCAGGCUUGCUAGAGAGGUUAAAAGCAACAAAAAAGGCUUUUAUGGGUAUGUUCGUAGCAAAAGGAAGAACAAAGAAACAGUGGGGUCACUCAGAGGAGAAGAUGGUGAAAUGCAAACAGGGGACACAGAAAGGUCUGAACUCCUCAAUGCCUUCUUUGCCUCAGUCUUCUCCAGUAAAGAAAACAAUGCCCGACCUCAAGAAUUUGGAGCAAAUGAUUCAGCAGAGGAAACACAGCCCAGAAUAACUAAGGAGAUAGUACAAGAAUACUUGGCUAGUUUAGAUGUAUUCAAGUCUCCAGGGCCAGAUGAACUGCAUCCAAGAGUAUUAAAAGAACUGGCAGAGGUGAUCUCAGAACCACUGGCAGUCAUCUUUGAGAAUUCCUGGAGAACAGGUGAAGUCCCGGCAGACUGGAGGAGGGCAAAUGUUGUCCCUAUUUUCAAAAAGGGGAAAAGAGAGGACCCAAAUAAUUACCGCCCAGUCAGUCUGACAUCAAUACCAGGGAAGAUUCUGGAGCAGAUCAUUAAGCAAACAGUCUGUGAGCACCCAGAAAGGAAUGCUGUGAUCACCAAUAGUCAGCAUGGAUUUCUGAAAAAUAAGUCAUGUCAGACUAACCUGAUCUCGUUUUUUGACAGAAUUACAAGCCUGGUAGAUGAAGGGAACGCAGUGGAUGUAGCCUACCUUGAUUUCAGCAAGGCAUUUGACAAGGUGCCCCAUGAUAUUCUUGUAAAGAAGCUGGUAAAAUGCGGUCUUGACUAUGCUACCACUCAGUGGAUUUGUAACUGGCUGACUGACCGAACCCAAGGGUGCUCAUCAAUGGUUCCUCUUCAUCCUGGAAAAGAGUGACUAGUGGGGUGCCACAGGGUUCUGUCUUGGGCCCGGUCUUAUUCAACAUCUUUAUCAACGACUUGGAUGAUGGACUCAAGGGCAUCCUGAUCAAAUUUGCAGAUGACACCAAACUGGGAGGGGUGGCUAACACCCCAGAGGACAGGAUGACACUUCAAAACGACCUUGACAGAUUAGAGAACUGGGCCAAAACAAACAAGAUGAAUUUUAACAGGGAGAAAUGUAAAGUAUUGCACUUGGGCAAAAAAAAUGAGAGGCACAAAUACAAGAUGGGGGACACCUGGCUUGAGAGCAGUACAUGUGAAAAGGAUCUAGGAGUCUUGGUUGACCACAAACUUGACAUGAGCCAACAGUGUGACGCGGCAGCUAAAAAAGCCAAUGCAAUUCUGGGCUGCAUCAAUAGGAGUAUAGCAUCUAGAUCAAGGGAAGUAAUAGUGCCACUGUAUUCUGCUCUGGUCAGACCUCACCUGGAGUACUGUGUCCAGUUCUGGGCACCACAGUUCAAGAAGGACACUGACAAACUGGAACGUGUCCAGAGGAGGGCAACCAAAAUGGUCAAAGGCCUGGAAACGAUGCCUUAUGAGGAACGGCUAAGGGAGCUGGGCAUGUUUAGCCUGGAGAAGAGGAGGUUAAGGGGUGAUAUGAUAGCCAUGUUCAAAUAUAUAAAAGGAUGUCACAUAGAGGAGGGAGAAAGGUUGUUUUCUGCUGCUCCAGAGAAGCGGACACGGAGCAAUGGAUCCAAACUACAAGAAAGAAGAUUCCACCUAAACAUUAGGAAGAACUUCCUGACAGUAAGAGCUGUUUGACAGUGGAAUUUGCUGCCAAGGAGUGUGGUGGAGUCUCCAUCUUUGUUUUUUUUUUAAAUUGAUAUUUAUUAAAUUUUCAAAAAGUAACAAGUAACAACAAAAAUUUCCAAAAAAAUUUGAAAAUACAAAUAAAACAAAAAUAAUACAGAAAUAGUAAAGAAGAAAAAACCCAGCCGCAAAAAAGAAGAAAAAAAGAAAAACAGAAAAACAGAAAUAUAAAAUCCUUUACGAUCUCCAUUAACUUCCUUUCUAGACUUCCUCCUCCUUCCGUCUCUUGUUUCUUAGUCUUUAAUUUUUACAGCAAAUCCUUUCUGUUUUUCAUAACAAUCUAUCAUUGCGUUUCCUUAUUCUAUUUUCCCUCUUGUCAUAUAAAAACUUUAAAACUCAAAGCUUAUAUUCAAUAUUUAGCAAAUUCUUACAUCAUUACCUUUUUUCAAAUCAUUUGCCAAACCUUACCCAAGUUCAAGUUCAAGUUUAUUGCGGCCAAAGCCAGUAACACUAGACACCAUAAGAUCAGACAACAAAAAAUCAGCAACAACUUCAGAAAAGAAAAAAGGUUACACAAGAGAACUUCACAGUGUGCCAUUCAACAGAAGAGAUUUACGCUUCUUAAUUACUAAAGUGCAAAAUUUAGCCACCUCAUAUGAUACUAAGCUUGAGGAGUCUUCCAGGAGGUAUUUUCGAAGAAUUUCAGGGGAGGAUUCCAAAUAAUAUUGAAGGGGUAUAAAUUUUGAUAGAAGCGGUAAAAUAAGUUGAACUCGUUCUUCACUAUAGAAUUCGCAAGAUAGAAGAAUGUGUGUGACAGAUUCUACCUUAUUAGACAUACAAGGGCAGAGACGCGCAUGCAUUGGAACUCGCGUGAAUUUGCCGUACAGCACUGCUGAGGGCAUUGUCUCAAAGCGGGCUCUAGAGAAAGCCCAUCUAUAGGUUUCGUUAGUGAUGUUAGUUAAGUAAGGGGCAGCUGCAAAAUUAGGCCAAGCUUUUAAACAUCUAUACGUCUCUGGGAGUAGGGCCCCUUCUUGUUGUAAUUCGAUAUCAUAAAGUCUCCGAGUGAUAGUAGCUUUUGCCUUGUUCAGAGUUCCAAUAAAAAUAUUUUCAGGGUUUAGGCCAAUUUGUUUGAUCUUGUUAGUUAUUUGCAUAAGCCAAGGAGGAUAGGGAACUGCGGCCAGGAAGCAAGGUAAUAGACCCUUAGGAUUGUAAUGGAUUUUCAGCCAGAGGGAUAUUGCUUGUUCCCAGACUUUUAAUUCCACUCUGGGCAGUCCUGCCUCUUGCCUUAAGACUGCAUUAGGUGUGCACUUAGGAGUAGCAAAUAAUGAUCUUAAGAAUUUAGAUUGUACUGUUUCAAGGGUCUUAAGGUUGGCAGAGGGGCUAAUUUGAGAGCCAUAUAGAAGUUGGGCUAAAGAUUUUGCCUGAAAGACUGUUAGGGCCAUCGGGAGGAAGCCAGCUCCUUUCCUUCUGAAUAAUCUAAGGAUAGCAUUUGCACUAUCCGUAUAGGUCCGUAUAGUAAAAGCCAUGGUUUUCCCAGUAGUGAUGUAUGGAAGUGAGAGCUGGACCAUAAAGAAGGCUGAUCGCCGAAGAAUUGAUGCUUUUGAAUUAUGGUGCUGGAGGAGACUCUUGAGAGUCCCAUGGACUGCAAGAAGAUCAAACCCUCCAUUCUGAAGGAAAUCAGCCCUGAGUGCUCACUGGAAGGACAGAUCCUGAAGCUGAGGCUCCAAUACUUUGGCCACCUCAUGAGAAGAGAAGACCCCUGGAAAAGACCCUGAUGUUGGGAAAGAUAGAGGGCACAAGGAGAAGGGGACGACAGAGAAUGAGAUGGUUGGAUGGUGUUCUUGAAGCUACCAGCAUGAGUUUGAUCAAACUGCGGGAGGCAGUGGAGGACAGAAGUGCCUGGCGUGCUCUGGUCCAUGGGGUCACGAAGAGUCGGACACGACUAAACGACUAAACAAGCAUUUGCACUUCUUUCUGCUGAUAUAGCUGAUGUGGUCAAGUGUGUUGAGAAUUUGGCAUUAUAAGAGAAAGUAAUGCCUAAGUAUUGGAAGGUCUUAGUCUGUUCAAUGGCGUUUCCCUUUACGCUCCAAUUAUCCUUCCUAGAGGAGCGGUUAAAAUGUACAAUUUUGGUUUUGGCAAAGUUAAUUGUUAACAGUUCAGUGUUACAUUGGUCACUAAACUUUCCUAAGGCACGUUUCAGACCCACUUUGGUUUGAGAGAGAAGAACAGCGUCAUCCGCAUACAUUAAAAUUGGUACUUUUCUGCCAUUAGAGAACACAGGGGGGUGGGUUUCAAUUUCACGACAGCAUGUAACCAGGGAGUUAACAUAGAUAUUAAAUAGGAAUGGGGCUAAUAGGCAUCCUUGUCUAACUCCUCUUUGAACUAGGAUUUCUCUAGAGAGUCUGCCGUCCUGUGCAAGUCUUAUCUGGAGGGUAUUGUUCUCAUGAAGCUUAAUCAUCAGAAGUAAUAACCUUCUGUUAAUACCCAUAUUGGCCAAUUUGGCCCAGAGCCUGCUCCUGGAUACAGAAUCAAAUGCUGCCUUUAAGUCCACAAAGGCCGCAUCUAAUGACUUUUCCAAUAUUUCGCAUACUUAUAGACAAAGUAAUCUAACACUAAGCAGUGAUCAAUGGUGGAACGUCCGGAUGUAAACCCUGCUUGUUCAAUUUCUAGCAAGUUAUUAUGAUCUAACCAUUCCCAUAAUUUUAGGCAUAGAUGUUUUGUAUAAAGUUUACAGAUCACAUUCAGGAGACUAAUUGGUCUAUAAUUAGAUGGAUCAGAGGGGUUGCCCUUUUUAAAUAUGGGAACAAUUAUAGCUAGUCCCCAAUCUUUAGGGAUUUCAGUUGUCUUAUCUAUAUAUGAAAAUAGAUUAGCAAGGACCGGGGCCCACCAGUUUAUUUGCGCUUUCAGAAGUUCAGCGACAAUGAAAUCACUUCCUGGGGCUUUGCCAGAUUUCAUUUGUAGAAUUAGCGAAGUGAUUUCAGUUUCAGAUGUUGGGGGCCAUGGUGUAUCAUUAUCUAAGGGGAUGUUAAGCGGCGCAGAAGGACGAUGUUCCCUAAACAGCACUUUAUAGUGCUCUUCCCAUGAAUUUGCAGGGAUUAUUGUGCCCUCAUUAGGAGCUUUGGUUUGACUGGAGAUAAUUUUCCAGAAGUUGGAAUUGUCUUUUUCUAUUGACGCUUUUAUGAGGGCCUGCCAAAUGAGAGAGUCUGCGGUUCUUUUUUGGUUUUUAAUAACUCUUUGUAGUUCUUUUUUUAAGUUGUAACUCCAAUUUAGUGAUAGGGUUAGGAUUUUGCUGGAAGACCUUAAAGCAUUCCCUGAGUAUAAGUUUUGCCUGAGUGCAUUCGUGAUCAAACCAUUUUGGUUAGAUCUUCUGGGUCUUGACAAUAACGGUUGGAGUUUUCGGAUUAAUGUAUUAUAAUGGUCAAUUGGGGAGGUCUCUUCAGUGUCGUUGGAAGUCAGAUCAGCCCAGAGGAGUUGACCUUCCAUUGAUUGUGUCCAAAUACCAAAAUGGUUAUUAACAUAAGGGGACCAUUUAAUUCUGGAUCUGCCUAUUUGUUGUAAAGCGCUAGGAUCAGGAGUCUGCGGGGCAAGCCCACAUCUAGAGGGUUCCCAAAAUUCAGUCCUUUUAAGAUUUAGGGGUAAAUGGUCACUUUCGGUUCUUAUAUCUACAGCAAAUUCAAUAUAUUCAUCGAAGAGUUCUUGGGAGACAAGGAUGUAAUCAAUAACAGAAUGCCUUAAGCCUGACCAGUAAGUAAAUUGGCCAGGGCAGUCCCCGAGGAGAGGCCGUUUAAAAUAACAAGGUUUAAUCUAAGUGCCAUUAAAAAAAGACAUGUACCAGCAAAAUUGGUAACUGGGUCAAGUGAGUGACGCCUGAAUAGGGGCCAAUGUUCAUCAUUAGCAUUUAGGGGACCCAUUCCACUUUCCUUGAUUAACUGUUCGUCUGAGUGGCCUAGCCUUGCAUUAAAAUCCCCACCAAUAAUUAAGGAGGCAGAGGAAACUUAUUUGAGACGAGGAGAAUGCAGUCUUCCAGUUCGUUCCAGAUGUUUUUAAGAUCAGUUUGUUUCAUAAGUGGGUGAAUAUAAACAUUGAUGCAUAUGAUCUUAAAAUGGGUGGAGAAUAUUUUAACGGCCAAAAUCCAUUUUUAUCGAUUUUCAAUUGGAUAGGGAGGCUCCUAGAUCUGUCGAUACGAAGGUGCUCAGACCUCCCACCGGUCUUCCGCCUUUUGGGCCGAUUGAGGCAGGGGAAUGGAAAGCAAAGUAAUUGUGUAGUUCGAAAGGAUUUUGCAUCCAGGUUUCUUGGAGCAGGAUGAUCUUGAACUGUGAUACGUAGGUUAAAACGUCUUUGUCCCUUGUUUUCGAUUGCCAUCCAGCAACGUUCCAGGAUAGUAGUAGGGGUGAGAGUCAUUUUGUCUCUUCAAUAGCAUCUAGGGCUUUCCCGGAGUCGUGGAAGAUGCAACCAUUGAAUGGUUGAGUCUCCGGUAAUGUGAUUAGGGGCGCCACAGAGAUUUCGGCGUGGAUUUCAGAUGGGCAGAGUAGGGGUGUGUGUUCUGCCGUGACCUGAGGAGAUUCAUGACCCAUUUUUCGCUCCGAGUUAGGUGGAAUAUUUGCCUCUUUUGUGGGCGCUAGAUCUUCAAAGUUGCGGAGAUAGAGUAAUAACUCAUCUAGUCUGUCCGUUAUCUCUGUUUGUUCGGCUUUUGGCAGAUGGGAGAAGGAGACAAGUAAUUCCUGCUCCAUCGAAUUCUCAAGAUGAGUAGCCUUUGAUAGGAGGGGCAUGGGGGUCUCUGUCCAACUAAUUAAGUCUGAGGGUGGAGAGGUAGAGCUCGUAGUAGAUGGAAUGCCCUCAUUUUUAAUUGCUUUCCUUUUAACUGAAGAGUAGGGAAUGAGAGGGCAAAUCUUAGUGUUGAUAAAAACUCUUGUGAUAAAAAUUCUAUAAUUAGUCAGAUAGCUUCGUAAGGACAUCAUAUAAGUUGGAAGCUUUUUAGAAUCAAAGGUGAGCAGUAUCCUCUGCAUGUGUGGCUUGCUGUAAAUGUGGACAGUAGAUUUCAGAUCGAUGGAAAGAGGAUCUACGCCCAGAAGCUCAGCUAAAUGCCUUCUUGCGACAUGUGUAGACGACCAGUUAACAACCUGACCUUUGAAGGGGAGGAUAAUUAAACAAAGUCUAGUGGCUUGUAACGAAAGAUUAUAGGAAGAUAUGGUGUGUAAAUCUUCCAUAGAUUGUUCGUUUUCAGAUUUGCAGCCAAUCUGCGGGGUUGAGCGUAAUAGGGCAGGUACUCUGGGCGUUGGUUCAGCCCUAUCCUCCGGUGAAACGUCUACAGGGCUGACAUUAACUUUUGGGGAUACAAAGGAUGUAAUAUUCUCUAAGGAGCCUUUGAUGUCUCUUAUGUAUUUAAAGAUACAGUCCACGGUUUUAGCCACUAGGUCUAACGUAGUAGAGUGUUCAAGCAGUAAUUCAGAGAGAUAGUUUGCUUGUUCUCCGAUGCAGUCUUCCGCCUGAAAGGGCUUAGUUGGAACUUUUUGGGGCCUUUUGGUCUCGUGAUGGUGUUGUUUAAGGAGUUAAUGGGUUGUUUAGUGGGUGGUUCCUUCGGUGUAAUUUCUUUAUCUAUUAUCUCUGCUAAUGGCGAGAAGCUGUUCGAGGUCGGAAUAUUAAAAGUGUCCUUUGUUUUUCCAUAGAAGAAUUCGCUGAUUUUGGUUUGCUUGGUAAGGGGCAAACAUGCCAUUUCCUCUAAGUCCUCAGAUUCUCUGCAGCGUUUACCAACCCCCCUCCUCGCAUCAGCAGGGCCGUCUAAUUGCUGAGUCAUCUUUCCCUUUGCCUCGCUCUUUUAUCUUCCCUAAGUUUUUCAAAGAGUCGAGGGAGUAUUUUCCUUGAAAGUAUCCUAUUCAAGGAGGAGGAGUGUGCCAAAGGUUAUUGGCAUAACACUAAAUUAUGCUCCGUCUGUGCCUCCAGACUUAUGGUGGGAGCAGCCCAUGAAUUUUCCUGUAAGCUCUUCGCAGUAUGAUAAGAUAGUCAAUGCGGCUUUAAAGUUCCAAGAGGAGUCCGGAAAGCGGAACGUGGGAUAGAAUGGGGUGAGGUGCUUAAAUUUAUCUGAGCUCAAUGUUCAUUAAAAUAGCUCAAUGUUCAUUAAAAUAGCUCAAUGUUCAUUAAAAUAGUCUUUAAAAGGGGUAAGAGAAAGUAAAAAGAUAAAAUCAAUGGGCUCACAUUAGUAGAGUGCUGUCCGCCAUCAUACCGGAAGCCGGAGCCAAACCUUACUUAAGUCAUAUAAUUUCAUUCAACAUCCUUCAAACAUUUAUAAACAUUCCCAAUAUUAAAAAAUAAGAAAGCAAAAACAAUAAGUCAGAUUCAAUCCAGUCAACUUCCAGCCUCCCCUCCCCUGGACCCGGGAUUGUCAGUCCUUUUAACUUCAAUAAUCCGGCUCCUUAACCUGGUUGUCUCAUAUCCGAGGCCCUCAAGUCUCUUUCUUGCCCCUUUCGCCACUCUUGUUGAUAUUUCCCUUUCAGUCGUGGAUACUCCAGCAAGAAGAUGCUUUUGACUCUUUGCAGCAAGUCCAUCCCAAACCCAUUGCCCAAGCCAGACAGCAGAUAAUACCACUUCCAAUUUCCACGAAACUUGGAGACUUCAACUACUCCAUUCCUCUGAUGGCCCAUCACUAGACUCGGAAAGUCCAAAUAACCAUAUAGAGGGGUGUCAAUCCAUCCCCCCAUUUCCAAAUCUGACCCCAUUUCAUCUUUCCGAAUCAGGUUUGUCCCAAGUUCAUUUAUCAAGUUCAAAGGCUGAUCUUGCCCAUCCAUAGGUCCCUCCAUCUCUGAAGCCUCCGUCGCUACAGCAGGUUCAUAUACUUGUAUAGACUUUAACUGAAUUUCAUUUGUUUGCUGCUGUGCUCUGGUAACUUCCGUCCUCAUCAAGGUCGACUCCUGACGCAUCUGGUCCAGCUGGGCACUUAAUUUUGCAAAACCUUCCAGGAACACUUGUUCAAGCCUUUGUACAAGCAUUGUCCUUCAAGGUCAGAAAAAAUUCUUUCCCACGAGAAUGAUCCUUCUCUUUUAAACUCUCUGCAUUGCAAUUUCACUCAGUUCCACUAGAUGGAAAACCCUUUUUUUUUUUUUUUUUUAAGAGGGGGAAAAACAACAGUAACCAUCUUUCUUUUUCCAGAAACACUUUAUCCAAACUUCCCCUUUCAAAUUCCAAGAGGCAACAGUAGAAUCAAAAUGUUACCCUUCUUUUAACUAUCUGUCGAGCUGGAUAAGCUUCAAAACGUCAGUUCUGACAGCCCGCUCCUGGUUCAGGGUGGUGGAAAAUUACUUUAUUUUAAACUCACUCCGCAGGGUUGAAAAGAUCAAAACAACCCCUUCUUCUCCUGCAAUCGAAGGGGGUUCAGAAAUCUUAGAUGUUGAAUUUUAGUUCUCUCAGAAUUUAGUUUCCAGGCUUUAGUAUAAUUUGUCUUUGCUUUCUUCACGUAACAAAAGAACGGAAGGCGACUUCCUGUUUAGACCUUUCCGUUCCGAGUCCCAUUUAAAUUCAAUUUCAAGUUCAAGUCCAAUGUUAUUUAUUUAUUCACCAAUCUUAAAAGUAGUUCAGCUCUUCCAGGAUCGGGUACUCACGGAUAGAUGUUUUAGAUGCCAAAUUGUCCAGGGAAAAGGCAGCGCUCUCCGAAAACGGCAGUGCGGCUUUGCUGCACGGAGGAAGCAGACGACUCACAGCACCACGCACCUCCCACUCCGGGCCCGUUACCGAGCUCCUGUACAAGGGGAGAGCGCUCUCGGUGCCCGCCGAGUCCCACGCCCACAGGCUUCUUCCGCCUGUGGUUUUUAAGGGUCCCCGCUGCGCCGUAGCGGCAGGACCCAAGCCUCCGUGCAGCGGGUUCCCUUCAGUUCGAAGGGAAUUCCGCCAUUUUCCGGAGGCGCCACCCCGGAAGUGCCAGCCUGUUAAUUUUGGAUUCUUAUGUUUUCUGUUCACCCCAUUUCUGCAUCAGUUUGCUUUUCAAAAAGUCUUUAUGAAUAUUCAUCACAUCCGCACUUUUGUCUGCAUUUAAUAUGCACAUUUUUUCCUAGGCAUUUUCACCUAAUAUACAAAUGUUUUCAACCAGUUUGCCCUACCAUAAUGUAUUUUUGCAUGCCAUGUUCCAAUAUAUUCAUUUUUAUGCACACUUUCCCUAAAUAUACACGCUUUGUUUUUGUUUUGAAUUAAUUUUAUUGGGGUUUAUAGAGAAAAUACAAAACCUAAUAUCAAAUAUAUUUCCCCCUUUUUUUGUCCGAACUAAGACUUUGAUCUAAAUACAAUAAAAACAUAAAGAGAUUUAAUUGGGGUUGGAGAACAGCAUUGCAAGAUCGAGAGAAGGACACACAUGUCAAAGGAAAGCUGCAAUUCGGUUUGCAGGUCAUUCCAUCUUUGGAGGUCUUUAAGCAGAGGCUUGACAACCAUAUGUCAGGAGUGCUCUGAUGGUGUUUCCUGCUUGGCAGGGGGUUGGACUCGAUGGCCCUUGUGGUCUCUUCCAACUCUAUGAUUCUAUGAUUCUACUGGAUUCCUAGCCCCGGGCAUCCUUUUUAAAGUUCUUUCACAUCCCUCUUAUGACACUAACAAAGCCUCUGCAGUAAAGAGAACAUCUUUAAGACCAUGUGUGAUGGGCCAGCUCUUCCACAAUAGCCUACUGCCCAGUUGUUAUAAUAGCCAUGAUAAAUGAUAAUAAGCAAAUGCUUGCAAGAGCUUCACACACAGUAGACAGUGCCAUCUCAAUGGCCACCCUCAAUUAUAAAGGGGAAUACACCCAAAAUGAAAAAAAAAGGGUCAGAAAGUCUAAUCCGGUGAAAGCACAAAGAAGGCUUCUAUUGCUGUUUAGUCUCCAAGUGAAGUUCAGAAGUAAUGCAGCUUGUAUUUGUGGGCUAAUAAGGGGUCACCAGCCUUUUUGGGUUAGUAGACACAUUUGCAACCUUGAGAAAGUACCAUACAUUCCAGCCAUAAGAUGGCUACUGGGGUGGGGGGUGGAAGAACACAAAAUGGCAGGAGGGGGAAUGUGGCAUAACAGAAAAUGGCUGCUGCAUUUAAAAGAGCAGAAAAAGAGACAGCAUCACAAAAUGGUGCCGGCAUGCCCCAAUCAAUGAGAAAAAGGCACCUACAUCACACAAGAAGCUCUUUGCAUCUCUUCACUGUUCAGAAUGAAAAACAAGGUGGGUGUCCAAUCCUGGCAUCCAAUGUAGUGUCAGCAUAUUUUAAAAGGGGUUGAUGUAGGAAUGGCCAAGCAAGCCCAAACAGGAAUUAAGCAGGAAGAGCAAAUUUUCUCGUUCAUUGUGAAUUUUUGAGGGAAUAUUUAUUGAGGACCUUUGUGGGCGCCAGAGGAGGUGGGCACAUUUGUGCCAGCAGGUCCCAAAAAUAAUAUUAAGGGGAGGGGAACCCUAAUAGUUUUAACCUGGCACCUAAGGUAAGAUUCACCUCUAAUAUCUCUGAGGUGGGCAUUCCAUAUGUGUGGUGUCACCACUGAGAAGGCCCCUCCCUAGUCACUACCUGCCUGAGCUCUGAAGGCUGAAGGAACACUGAGAAGAACUUUUACUGCAGACCUUGGCGUCUGGGCAGAUUUGUAUGGGGAAAGGCACUCCUUCAAAUACCCAUUUUUAGGUCUUUAAAGGUUAAAACCAGCACUUCAAAUUGUCCCUGGAAAGUGCAUAGCUUUUAAAAUGGUGGGAAAUGAUCAGAUUAGCCAGCUGAUGUGUAGUUGGCAUUUCCUGGCAGUCUUCAAAGGCAUCCCCAUGUGCUGCACAUUAGAGGAAUCUAACCUUGAUGUCCUUAAUGCAUGGAUAAUGUUAGACACAGAAAAGCCAUUUAACUAUUGCCUAAAGAAAUAAAGUAGGGAGCACUUUGAGUAAGGGAAAAUAGAGGUGGACAUAGGUAAGCAAGGUGAGUAACUUUCUGAAAGCUCCUUCACCUGCAAGCCUUACGUGAUAACCAUUUUUAUAAGACAAUAGUGGUAUCUACAGGAUCUUUUUGCAGAGUUGAUUGAGGCAUGGGCAUAGCCAAGGAGGAGCAGGGGGGCAGCUGCCCCCCCCCCACACUUCAAGUAAAACAAGAGAAAUACUUAACUAACUGACUAAUCAUGUGGGUUCUUAAAAUAAAAAACAAAAACAAAAAUCCUGGCUACCCCCAUGGAUUGAGGGCAAUUCUUCCACUUCAAAAAUGAAUCAGCCCUCCCAAGUUCACAUAUAAAGCAUUUCAAAACAGUAUGCUGUUCACAUAAGAGGCUUCAAGUAAAGCGCUUUAACCUCAGAUGCUAUUGGCAUAAUGUGAAUUCUAAAAUGGGUUUAAAAGGGCACUUGCAAAAGGCAAGCCAUCCCAGAAUGACUUCAGGCUAAAUGAACAAGGAUGCCUAGCAGCAGUAUAGAAGUCUGGUGCUAGAUAGAAUCUCAAACAAGCUAGUUGUUGUUUUUUUUAAGUACAUGCUUAAAAUCAUAAAAAGAAAAAUCCCUUCAUUGCGAAUGAAGUCUCAAGAAGAAUUUAUGGCUGAUGAUGAUGGUGUUGGUGGUGAUGAUAAUAAUAAUAAUUAAUAAUAAUAAUAAUUAAUAAUAAUUGUUAAGUUGUGGGCGAACAUAUCAGACAACACAGUGAUUCUUCCAAAGCAGCUCUUUAUUUGUAAGCUGGAACAGAACUGAAUUGAGGAGCUCAGUCAGCCUGCUUAUAUAGAGCUCCAGAACAAUGUAACUGUUGCCAUUUUCUAAAACUAUCCAAUCACUGAACGUCACUUUCGAUCCUUCAUUUGCAUACAAACUAUCCAAUCACUGAACGUCACUUUCGAUCCUUCAUUUGCAUAACUAUCUACAGUAUCCCCCUGCUGGCCCAGGGUGAGAAUUUCAGUACAUAACAAUAAUAAUUAACAAUAAUAACAUCUUUUCAGCCAAAUGAUUUCUUUUACUGUACACAUAGCAAAACAGAGCAUGUGUGAAUGAAUCAUUAUUAAUUUUCCCAUUACAGUGAGACCCACUGGCCUACCUACCUCUUCCAUGAACUACAGUUUUUCUGCUUAUGUGGAAUGUAGGGUGAAGUCGCAUUUUCUCCCGAACCAAUGAAUGAGACUGAUCCCAUCUCAGCUGUAAGUGGCACGCUGAAAAUCAUUAUAGGCCUGUUUUCUGUCCUUCCAGCCAACAUACUGAUAUAUAAACUUCACAUAUGUCAUAAAAUAGUUGGAUAUAAAUUAUUGAUAGGUGAAACCAGCCCAUUUGUGGUCCAUUAAGACAGGGAUAGAGGAUCUUGGCCAAAACCCAGCUUUUUCAGCUCAAAAUCAACAUGAAUUCUGUCCCUCUCUGUUUCCAGCUUUGCUUGCAUCUUGGGCAACACCCAGAGGGAUCUGUGUCUGCUCGCAAAGCCAGGGUGCCAACUUGAAUAAAAUAUUGGGGGAGCCCAGGUAAGCCCUGCCCCACAUAAUCGAUCACAAGAUGUGGCAUACGCACACCAUUUGAAUGGCAGUGUCCAUCAACUUUGGCGGGGCCCAGCCCCUUCUAAUAUUUUAUUGGAGGGGCAAAGGACCUCAGCCCCUAGGAGUUGGCUCCUAUGUCGCAAAGCAACUUGUGACUCCGAGUGGUGUGGGCUGCUUCAUGAACAUAAGCAAACAUUCUGAAAUUCUAUCCAGACCCGUGUCUCAGUCACAAAAGCUAGCCCACCCUAUCUUUGCCAUGGAAAAAAUACAAGCCAUCAUUUGUUUAUGCAUUUUUCGCAAUACAGUACAAUUGCAAUUUCCACCAUUUUAUUUAAUAUUAAAUAACUUCAAUGAGAUUGUGAGGAUAUAUAUAUGAUAUCUAUUGUCCUAUUUUAAAACUUUUAAAACAGUGGUGAUAAACUCCCUUACGCACUGCUUGGAACUUUAGCGCAUUACUGGACCUUUAGUUUAUGAAAGGGGUAAGUUGAUGUUGAUGCUGAAAAGACACCUCCAGUAGUCCUCUUCUCCAUUAGUUCCACUCCUGUCAUCCUCAACCCUGGAAGGCUAAAAACUACCAGUGAGUAGAAAGAAUAGCAUGCAGAUAUGAUUGGGAAGUCAGGCAAAUCUCUAGGAAGAAGCCCAACUCUAUGCAUUGGCCUACUAAAACAGGCUGUUUAUACCCAUUCAUAAUUAUGGUCAGGGCUGUCUUAAGCAUGUCCGGUGCCGUGGUGCAAAGAUCCCUCCCCCCCGCCCCCGUUUCCCAGAGUUGUCGACCUUUUUUAGGGAGCUGACACCACGUUACACUGCUUGGGAAAAGAAAUCAGGAAACAUAAACAAACUUUUUUUAGUUGCUCAUUUAUUAACAAUGCACUUAUAUAUACAACACCACGUGUUUUUUUUCUUGUUUUUUGCAGAUUUAAGAGAGAUUAUCUUAUUAUGUAACACCUUGUUUUUAACAAUGUUGAUUUCUUUUUAAUUUCAGAUCUUUUUUAAUUAAAAAAAAAUCUAAAUGACUGCAAAGCCAGUCCAACAGUUCUUUUUUCAUAAAAACAAUCCAAGAAGCUCACAGCAGAGCAAAGCCAGAAAUUAUAGAUAAAGCCUAAAUCUGGCAACAGACUGGAAGGGGUGUUUUUUUUUCUUAAACUGGUGUGUGUGUUCAUGUAUGCAUGUGUAAAAGAGAAAGAAAUCUAUAAGCAAGUGAUGCUAUGCAGCAAGAACUAGAUAAUGUGAUCUGCACAGAAACAACAGAAUUAGGAAGCAUCAUUGUUUUAAACAAAAGCAAAAGAUCCAGAAGGAAUUGUCAGCUGGUAUAGCAGUGCAACACUUUAGGCCAUUUUUUGGCACAAAGAGGACAGAUCAGUGUGAUUUUUCAUUCUAAGCACUAGCAGGGCUUUUGUUGCACUGCCCACUGUGAUCCAAGCCAAUUCUGCUUGUGUUCCUUUUACCCACAAUAAUUCUUAAGUACACACUCAAUAUCAGAUUGCAGAACUAGCUGGAACAUAUCCAAGGGAAAGCAUAUUAUUGUUCAGAGGUGCUUUCCUUUCACAAGAGAUUAAAGGGAAAUAAACACAGAAAAAAAGGAUCAUCUUACAUAAAUUAUAUGAGAUAGUUCUCUGUUAAAGCGCCCGAUAGGAUAUACUAGUAGUGGCUUAUGGAACACAGGAAGCUGAAUUUAUUGUCCACCGUGACUGGCAGUGGUGAGGGUUUCAGACAGGGAGCAUUCCCAGCUCUACCUGAAGAUAUUGAGGAUUGAACCUGGGAUUGAUCUACUGCAUGCAAAGCAGCAGCUCUACCACUACAUGGGAAUAUAUAUGUGGGGUUCAAGACAGCCUAUGGGCCAUGUUCUGUAGUCUCAAAUGCAUGUGGGCCAGCCAAAAUCUGACAAGUCACUCCUGGUCUCCUAGGAGCUCCCAUCCCUCUCUCCACCCCCCCAGCUGGGAGCCAGCUAGGAGCACCCAUCCAUCUCUCUCUCUCUCUCUCUCUCUCUCCUAGCUGGCUCCCAGUGGCUCAAAGGGACAGGAACCUCCAGCUACUCACUCAGGAUGCUGGCAAACCUUCCAAGAACGCUGUGAGAGUCAGGGGGUGGAGUCUUGAGGGGACAAAGGAGCAAGCAAUCAGGCAUCUGGGAAUGGCUCUACACCCAAUUACCCCCUAUUGCACCCGCCAGGCGCCCAGGCAGCCCCUGUGGGAGGGGAUGCAAAGGGGCUUCCCUGAGCCGGACACAGCGCGCUCUGAUGGGUGGCUAAGAGGAGAGGAGAGGGCUGCCCCAGAGCAGGGAAGGGAGCGCGCCCUGACUCUCCUUCCCGGACACUCAACCUGUGAUGCCCUCCAAAAUCCUGGUGCUCUGGUGCCCCACGCCACUAAUGUCUAUGGGCAAGAUGCCCCUGAUUAUGGUUAACACUGUACAGUUGGACCACAUUAAGACAUGGAGGCAAAAUAAGACUCGGUGUGCUGAAGUGAUGAUCAACCCUGACAUUGUGUAGGUGGUGUUUGAAAAAUGUUUCCUGAAGGGUAGAUAUUUCUAAUGUCAUUAAUUCACCCCAGACUGCCACGCAUUUCACUAAGAAAGCAACCUUUUUUUUUUUUCUUAAUAAAGAACAGCCUUCAGUGAUUUGUUAAGCUAUUUAACACAGUCGAGGAACAUAAUUUAGAAUAGAUUUGUGUGAAUGGAGCUUUCAGAAAUCACUAAAACAGUUUAUUAAAGGAGGAUGUAUCCAAGGGGGAGGCAGCCCAGCAUAGCAAUUAGACCUUCUGAAUUGUAGCCACCCUACCGAGCUGGGCUCUCCGCAAAAGCUUUUAUUUCACAAAGUGUUAUUUUUAAGAUUAAUAAUCGAAAUACCAAUCUGAAGUGCCCAGUAAGCAUAUGGAUAAUUUUAGCAUGUGUGGGUGGUACCAUUUCAAUUGCCUUGCUAGUCUAGCAAUAGGCCUCUUCCAAUGUAUGAUUUCUUUUAUCAUAUUUAUCUAAAUAGUGCUGCGAUAAGCAGGGUGAUAAUGACUUUUUAAUUUAGAAAAACAUAAGAGGCCCUAUUCAUCUUCAGAAUCAAUGUGCAUUGUGUAUCGCACAGACACUGUUGUCUGCACUUGAAAAAACUCCAAAGAUGAAUUAUCCAAGUAGAAAUGGAAAGUUCCUGGAGAGAAAUUGACAUUUUUUUUACACCUUGGGAAACAAAUGGAAUGUCUGACAGAUCGUUAGUGCAUUAUAUAAUAUGCUGUAACUGCCUAUGUUUUCAUUUUCAACUACCCAGAUUGAUAAGAUCCAUUCUUCCAUAAAAACCUGGGUUAAAUUCCUCUCAGAUAAGAACCUGGGGGUUUGAGUCAUCAAUUUCACAUGCGUGCAUUAAUAAGUAUGUGUUCGUGAAUAAGUGUCUUUUUCAUAUUAAUUCACUUUUUAAAAAUCUGUAUUUUACAUAUUUGAUCGCAAAAUACAUAUUUCUUCUCAAUUUAUCCAUUACUAAAAGUACUUUAUCCUAAAGUACAGAUUUUAACUUACCUUGGUACUUGUUUUUGAGCUAAGAACGUUAUGUAAAAGUGCUGAAUCCAGUGAAUAAUUUCCCUUCUGAUCUACACACUAAUCCCCAAGAUGCGGAUCAGAUCAUUCCCCAUCAGUGUUUACAGAAAUCAAAUUCUUCAAGCAUCUCUAGCCACUUUAAAUGCAACCACAUAGAAACUGUUCCAUGCAAUUAGAUUUUCUUAUGCAGUGGCUUGUGACAAUCAAACUGGCACAUUUCCACAGUGUAAACACUUGUGGGUGGCUUGUGGUAGGCAUGCAUUAGCUGCCCAGUUCAUACGGUGAGCCACUGCAUGCAAAUGUGGGAGAGCUAUGUGGCUAGUAUCCACUAUGGCAUUGCCUGUUGUCAUGAAUGAUACAUUAGCCUCACCGCUUGAAAGUGGUGGGGGCGCACCUUCAUGUGACCGGAUGCCUAUUUCAUUCUAUGAAAGGCCCCUGCCUCUUCUCAGUGUGGUGUAGUUGUUAAGAGCGGUGGACUCGUAAUCUGGUGAACUGAGUUCAAUUCCCCGCUCCUCCACAUGCAGCUGCUGGGUGACCUUGGGCUAAUCACACUUCUCUGAAGUCUCUCAGCACCACUCACCUCACAGAGUGUUUGUUGUGGGGGAGGAAGGGAAAGGAGACUGUUAGCCGCUUUGAGACUCCUUAGGGUAGUGAUAAAGCGGGAUAUCAAAUCCAAAUUCUUCUUCUUCUUCACUAUUUUAUAGCUUGCCUAGAAAUGUUUAACUAGUUCUGCCUAGAACCCUCGCCAUAGAGCUCAUCUCACGGGCAUUUGUCUCCCUUAACCCAUAGUAUUAACUUCAUCCAUUCCUUGUCUCACUUUCUACCACUUUUCUCAUUCUCAAAUCAACGGCCCUCAAACUGAUAUUAUAGCUGAUUUGACUUUGGCAUUCAGCUCAUCUAUAUUGACUUCCAUUACCAUUACAGAAGGCGUGCUUAUGUAUGUAAGAGAAUACAAGUAUAGAGAGGGGGGAUUUUUAAUCAGAUAAUUUGGGGGGUGGGGAAUGGCAGUCACACCCUUCUCCCCCCUCCUCACACAAAUACACUGUCAGGCUCUUGGGGAAGGGGUCUCUGGAUUUCAGCCAGUGUAGUGGAGUCUCAACCUCUGAGUUUCAGCACUUCAGAGCUCUGGUGGAAACCCAGGGGAAGGAAAGGAAGCAUAUCACUCUAGAGAUCAGGGUCUUCUGUGUUUCAUAAGCAAGCUCCAUCUGCAGAGUUGGCUUUCAUUGGCCAGCUCUUGCAGGAAACAGUAUAAGAGUCACAAAUAUGAAUAGGAACAUUGCUAAGUCACCAUCAGUUCUCAUCUGAAGGCAUACCAGCCCUUUCUCUCUGCACCUGGCUCCUGGCAUAGUUAUAUAAAAAAUACAUGUGUGAUUGUGGAUUGGAUUGGAUUGGAUUGGGCUGGGCUGGCAUCUGAUCUUUUGGCUCAGCUUCAUAAUAACUCAGACCUACAGCUGUGCCUCUGAACUUCUGGCGUGAACUUUUGAUCAUUUUUGGUCAUUCAUUCUGAUCUUGUGGCUUGACCCUUUGCUCAGACAAACCCAUGGAGAAUAAAGCUAUCAAUGGCUACUAGCUGUGAUGGCUAUAUUCUUCCGCCCCUGUCAGAGGUAGCCUGAAUCACAGGCUGGGAAUCACAAGCAGGAAGUGUGCUGGUAUGUUCCUGUCCUUCUUGCCGACUUCUCAUAGGCAUUUGGCUGACCGUUGUGAAAUGAGGGUGCUGGUCUAGAUGGGUCACUGGCCUGAUGCAGCAGGGCUGCUCUUACGUUCUGUUUCAUACUUCCUACCUACUUCUGUCCCAGAUGCUGACCACACUUUGCUGCCGCCCAUGGCCCAGUGUCACACACCUUCCCGGAUACAAUGAAUGUUACUUUUCUGAACUCAUUUGCUUUGGAAGGUCUUGCUACUGGGUCACGUAUGGAAUCUUCCUAGCUGGUCUCCAUGGCUACAGGGUAUCUACAUUAUUAAUUCUCUUGACUCAAUAGAAAAACAGUGGGUCUGUUGCUGUUGCUUGCUGCUGCUUAUCAUUUUUCUCUUGUUUCACAACAGGCCAUCUAGUAGCUUUCAGAUGCCACCUGAAGUGUAGACUCAGAUUACAGAAGAUGGCACUGAAUGAGCUUUCGCUGUUUCCUUUUACUUAUGCUUUCCGUGUUCAUCACGUUUACCAGAAUUUGAUCCCUGGGUAUUCUCAUCUGAGCUCUAAAAUGGAACCUAAAGCAGGGGAGACUACUGAAUCCCCACGGUUCUGCUUGCUGAUCUUGCCAGUGCAGCAGGAUGUUGAAAUCAAGCCUCAAGAUGAAUUUCUCGGCAGAGGCACAGGGAGAAGGGGAGACUCGUUCAUUUUAGAUUUCUACGCAGAGAGCUCUUGACUGUGCAGAGUUGUCACCUUGGGAAAUGCAAGUUUAUGUGCCACUCCCAGAAUGAUAAGGAGGGAAGGGUAUCCAAAGGGUAUUGGGGCUGACAGGGUGAUGUACGAGGGUAGAAAAAUCACUAAAAUGGAGCACGCUAUGUCAGAUAUGCUUGUAGUUGUUGUCUCUUUCCUGGGAACAGAACAGACAGAGACAGAAUGCUGACUUCUGCAAGACUCAUUUUUCUCGAGCAAAAUGCAGUCAAUCUCUUUCCGUCUAUUACUCUUUGCUGAGGCACUGCGUCUUCCAACUAACGAAGGUCUUGCCCUUCCAGGACCGCUGUAGUCAUAAAAGAUGGAAAGAUCUUGUCGAGAGUCCACUUUAAUUGACCCCCAAAGACAACUUAGUUUCGACUGCAUUGCUUUUUGUCAAAGCUUGAGUCCUAGUGGACAGUGUUUUGCAUUGGAACUCCUUAAUCCCAUUCAGAAUUUUUUUAAAAAAAUAUUUUACUCCAUUCUUGCAUUGUAUCCAUGCAAUUUUUAGAAAACAUUAAUAGAGAUGAUUGUGUUUACAGUCUAAUAUAACUUGAGAUGAGAGAAACCAACAGAGCAGUAUCUUGUGUUAUUUCAGCCUUCCCCCACUUGGUACCAAGCUCCACUGACCGGGUUUGGUGGGGGUUGUGGCUCAAAACAUCUGAAGGCCACCAGGUGGAAGAAGUGUGCUUUUUGUUUCUUAAAAUGCUGACCUCUGCACCAUGAUCUUAAAGGCUUUUGUAUGGUGCCUUUCUUAAAUGCUUUUUCAAAAAAAGUUAAAGACUUUUGACAAAUUCACCUAGCUUUUAGCUUGGGAUGUGGAAUGAUCUUCCUCAAACCUGAAACUUCCAGAUGUUGUUGGAUUUCAGCUCCAAUAAGCCCAACCAGGGAUGAUGGGAGCUGAAGUUCAACAUCUAAAAGGUACGUUGGGUUUUAAUGUAUUUCUUUAAAAAAAAAUUUUUUUUAUUGAUUUUCCAAUAAGAAACAGCCAAUUAAUAUAUCCAAUCAUAAUACUUCAAUUAAAAUAAAAAAACUAAAAUAAAAAAGACCAAGUUAUAAUCAGAAUUAUAUUUAUUAAUUUUUUGGAGAUCCCCACAGUCCGGAUCUCUGAAGCAAAUCUCCACAUCUUAGUCCUGCUUCUCCUCGUUGUUUCCAUAUUUUCCACAUCUCUAUUUUAACGCUCCAGGGUUUUAAUGUGUUUCUAUUGCUUUUAUGUGAGAUGCCUGGGUGGCUUUUUUAAGGGUUGAAAGACAGCAUAUAAAUAAUUUUAGAAUAUCUAUUCCUGCAUAUCACGACCAAUUUGAGAUAAUCCUUUGAACACUCAAUUAAAUCAACAAUAUUCGACCAUGAACAAGUUUAUGCAUAAGUCCAAUAAGUACAUACUGAAGAGCCAAACUGGGUUAUUCCAUGUGAGUUGUUGUCUUCAAAGGCUGAUCUGAUUCCAUUAUUGCUGAGAAAACAUAAAUGUGGGAAUCAUAUAUGCAGCCUUAAGAUACUUCCUUUGGCAUGGCACCAUCUUAUAUUCUUAUCAGAAAAUGAAAUGUGGACUAGAGGAAAUGAUCAUAAACUUGAGAAGAACUAGUGUCACAUUGACACCCUUCAAACUUGCCCUUAAAUGCCUAAACAUUUCUUGGUCACAGUCCACUGGUAGGCAUGAUGAGUGAAUGCAGGCACCAUCCCAGCCUGUGUGCAUUCAGUUGAAUGUCUGCCUAAUGAUACUUACAUGCAUACAACUCACUGUGAACUCUAGCAAAACAGUUCCUGGUGAUAGGGAUAAUGUAUUUUCCACAUGUGGUUGUAUAUGUGUGAGGUCUAUGCAGACUUUCAGCUGGACAUGAAUCUCAGUCCCAUCAUGUUUCUCCAUUCACCCUGGAUAGGACAUCUGAUCUGGGCUUUCAUCUCAACUUUAUUCAUAAUUUGAAAGGUUCAGUUGUCUUGAAUCCACCACAAAUAUUUACACCACAGAAUGGUUUCAGAAAUCAGCUCUUGUUGCUAGGAAACAGAAAAAUUGUUCACUUAAGAAGGGUACAUUUGUCCACACCUCGCACAUAAACACAUUUUGGAAAACGUUGCAUUUCCCUUUCAAGGAUACUGAGAUACAUCAGGUAUCAAUCUGUUGAUGUCACUGCUGUGUCUUCAUUUAGUGAUGCCAGCAUUAGUAAAGGACCUAACAUAAUCUGAGGUUUACCAGAUGCAAUUAAGCCAGGGAGAGAAUGGGAUUGGGUGGGCGUUGUUCCAUUCACAAUGCAAAUCUGCCCAAUUCAUAUCUCCUGAAUCAAUCCACAAACUGAAACAAAGCUAUUCUUCAAAAUUCACACUUGCCUGAAUUUUGCAAUGCAGUUCUACAGUAAAUUUAAAAAACCCUGUAUAGAUAUGAUAGAUAUAGAUAUCAGAAGAAAGUGUGCAGAAAAAUCCGUAGGGUAGUGCAAGUAAUGUGGAAAGUAAAAUUGCUUGUAAAAGCGAAUAGCUAAUGGAAGAAAUGCAGACACAAAUAUGCAUGAAUUUUCAUGAGGAUUUCUUUUCAAAGUUUGCAAACUGAUGUGGGAAUGGGAUGAACUUGAAAAAAACAGAAACUGAAAUGGACAGAUUGACCUGUCCCUACUAGGUAUUGCUGUGCCUUACAUUUCAUACCUGUCCCUACUAGGUAUUGCUGUGCCUACUUACCCUUCCUUUGGAGAGAUCUGUUUGUGCAAUACCCCUUGUAGGUGCAAAGCCAUACUGAUAGAUGCUUCUGCCUUGUCAUCUGGAAGCAGAGCCACCUCCCAGGACCAAGAAACAGCCAGUGCUGAUAGUCCAGUACCUGAUUGGUUUCUCUACUGCUGCUGUGCAACAAAUUUUGGGUCAGGUUGUUCUGUACAAAUCACAGAAGCUCUAGUUCAAAUGGAAAUAGUGCUUCAGCGGGAUCACAAAAGCCCGGAUCUUAUUAUUCAGAGGGAUUCACAUGCCAGGCAUCAUAGUGUCGAUCCUGUGCCACCCUUCCUUGCUCUCUCUCAUAACGCAUGCUCUUAGAAAGGCUCAUUUCCAUCUCAUUCCACAUCCCGCCAAAUGAACCUGUGUAAAUGUAGAGAGACGACUUUCAUUUCGUUUUUAUUACUAAACUAAGCCCCCCCCCUUUUUAUUAUUUUUUAUUUAGUGGGAAUGUGGAAACAAUCUCUCUUUGUGGGGUGAUAAAAGAGGAAGGUUCAUUUCCUUGGGUGUCGAGAGCACUGCCUGCCCAUCUUUGUUGCGACUUUGGAUGAAGAGCGGGAGCUAACACGAGACAAUAAAGUGCUCAACCUCAUCAGCUUUCAUCUCCUUCAUCCUCUGCCAGGAAGUGGGUGCCAGUGUUUUUUCUGUCACUUCCAUUUUAAAAAACUGCUUUCAUGGCUUUUACAAGAAAAUGUCAUUGUGCCUCUGGUGCAAAGGAGGAGGAAUCUAAUUUCAUUACAGUUAAGUGCCUGCCUCCCCAUUACCUUCCAUAAGAGCGUAACGGUAUAUUAUAGAGCGCUAAUAAAAUAGGAAGGAUGGAGGUAAGAGCACAUGUCAGGAAGCCAAAUUACUUUGGGCCACCUAGUUGCCUUCUCAUUUCACCCGGGCGGCUGCCUUUCCCACAACCUAAUUACAGCAUUUUCUGGGACUUUGCUACCCAGCGAUAACCGGCUGGCAAUGCUUUUGUGUAGCUGAGACAUGGCACGGCGUGAGCUUUGGUCUUCAUCCUUGCCACCAAAUAAUUGCUUCUGACGGCUGUAUUAAUCUCCAGAGACUUCGGAGUAAAUGAAAUAUGAACAUUUAUCUUUUAUUCCCAUGUGCCACCGGCGUGGACUGGGGCAAAUAAGUGGGAAAGGAGUGCCUUUGCAGUCCCUGACUGUAUUACUGAUCAAAGGGACAAUAUUCACCCAGUUUCUCUGCUCCGUGGCAGAUCACAGGCCAGAUCAUUAACUGUGUGUCUCAUCCACUUAGCAAAGUGUGAGGCCCUUGUCGGCUUGAAUCAGUGUCACCGUGUGCAGGUUUGAGAGAAAAGGCAGGCUGGCUCUGUGUGAGAGUGUGUGCUGUAUUGUGGAAUUCCUCUGAUAAAAAAGAGUGGGUUGAUCAAGCUUUACUUUAUUUGAGUAAGAAGUAGUCUUUGGGAUUGGGAUUAACCCUUUGGCAUCCUUCUAGUUGCAGUUAACUUUGUUACAAGAUCAAAGCAGGAAAGCUGCUAAUAUGUGCAGUGCCAGGUAACUUGAGCGCUGCAGCUGAUAUUCAGAAAAGGGCAACCAAAAAUGAUCAGAGACUAUGAAGAAAGUUUGCAGCAUAUAGGACUUUUUAGUUUCAAGAAAAGGCGAGUAAGAGGUGGCUUAAUAGUUUAACCCUCCAACAUUUCUCCAAUGAAAAUAGGGACGUCCCAUUCCAUAAUGAUAAUUUUACUAUUUAUAAAUAUAAAUCUUACUGGGUUGCCCCAGCCACUCUGGGCAGCUUCCAACAUAUAUAAAAACAUAAUAAAACAUUAAAACUUUUUUUAAAAAAAACCCGUCCCUAUACAGGAUUGCCUUCAAACAGCUUGGGAGUCAGGUAACUCCAUACCUUUCAACAUUGCUCCAAUGAAAAUAGGGACCUCCUAAGGAAAAGCGGGACACUGGGAUCAAAUCAGAAACCAGGACAGCUUCUUUAAAUCAGGUACGUCCCUGGAAAAUAGCGUCUGCCACGGCAUGGAGAAAAUAGAGAAAAUGUUUCCUUCCUUUCUUCCUCUCUCGUAACAUCAGAUUCAGGACAGAUAAAAGAAAGUAGUUCAUAGCACUGCACAUAGUUAAACUAUGGAACUCGCUCCCACAGGAGCCAGUCCUAGCCACAAAAGUAGAUAGCUUCAAAAGAGGAUUAGACAAAUAACUGGAAGAGAAGGCUGUCAUUCCUCUGACUGCCAGUUACAAGGAAGCUCCUGGUGAUGAAAAAUCAGGGCAGAGGGGCUCCUCCCCACAGCUUUGCUCUGUCACUGGCAGUUUUGCCACUGGCAGGGGUGGGACGCUUCAAACUCAAAGACCAAAUACUGCCCUCUAAGCUUCUCUGUCUGGCCCCCAGACCACACCCCUCACCGGACCACGCCUCUCCAUGGCCCCGCUCCAUGCCUUCCUGAAAUAUGCUCUUAAACUGUUAUUGUGUCUGUUGGUUGCAUGGAUGGAGAAAUGUGGGUGGGUGUCAGAAACACCAGACUAGAGUCUGAUUUUUUCAAUUUAAAAAUGCUGUAUAACAGUAAGACUCACUUCUCCUGCUCCACCCACUUUUGCACUGAAUCCCACCCGCUAUUGGCAUGUGCCCAUGUUGUCCAUGACUGAAUGUGGAUCUUGGACUGAAAAGGAUUCCCCACCACUGGCCUAGGGAACCCCUCCCCAACCAUCACUGUCAAUAAAGCAAUGUAGGUUCCUUGAACAGCCAUUGUCAAAUUCCUAAGAGCACAGAUCAGUUUGGUAGGUGAUUCUCUCAAGCACCCAUCAUUCCUGACUGCUUAGAUAUGAGGUUUGAUCUGGAUCAUCAGACGUUAUUUUGCUUUUAGAACACUAUAGGGACUUGUAAAUGACUUGUUUUAGAAUAACCCUACUCCUUAGAACAAGAAACCUCCUGUGUAAGGUAUUGUACCACAUCUCCACGGUGUUCCUUUGAAAUCUGGACAUGAGUUGCCCUUACAACGUUCACAUAUAAACUGUAUAUAAAUAUAAACUGUAAGAGGUUUCAUCAGGUAUCACACCUUUCUCACUUUGUGUUUGACUCAUGAUUCAGAACUUCUUGCUUGUGUUGAUUAGAUGCAUAUCAGAAACUUGAACAUUUUCACAUGCAGAAGCUAAAGCACACAUGGAUCCAAUGUGGAAAUUAUAGAAAUUUAAAAGGUGUGUGUAUGUGUGUUUACUUUAUCUGUGCUUGAAUUACUUUCAGAGAGCGUUCUUAUGGGAGAAGAAGGAUAAGAUAUCUGGGUAUUGAUCUACCUGCAGGGAUCCAUUUUCAGCAAAGGCUAUCAAAGACUUUCUGUAUCUUUAAGAAUUGCUCAUGAAAUUGUAAUGAGCCAUCUAUAAUCCUAAACAAAGCAAAAGAAAACCCCUGGGCAGGGCAGAUAGUCCUUUGAAAGAGUUGCUUGUCCUCUGAAGUGAGGGGUAGGGAUUGUUAUAAUUGGGUAUUAAGCCCCCUCUACCUGUCUUCUGAGUUAAUUUUCUUUAAAAUAUUGGUAGGAUUUACUUAGUUAUGAUCAUCUUUCUUUCUUUUUUUAAGGCCUGUAAUGCAGUAAGGGAGCAGGGGUGGCAUCCUGCAACUAAAGAUUGAUCGCCUGGCCAGAAUAUUGCUGGCCUUGCUUGUAUCUGGCAGUGGAACUUUAAUCUUAAGGGGAUGUCGGGAUGAUGAAAAAUCACUCCCAGGCUCUCUCGUUAACUAGUAGCUUUUAUGUUUGUUCCUUUUCAAACAUUAAAUGUAACUGACUGUUGUACUUCGGCAUUGUAUUAUCAUUCCAGCCUGAUCUUUCAUGACACCCAAGGGCAACAGACAACGAAACGGGGGCCCUUUUCUUUUCGUCCUCCUGCUGCAAAUUCCUGUAUGCUUCCAGAGGCAAAACGUUCAUUUGGCUCGUUUCUAGUCCACCUGAACUAUGGAAGCCUUUCCCAUAAUCUUAACUAAUUGGAAUUUCCCUACAGGACCAGAGGCAGCUAUUUCCACAUACCUGUGAAAUUUGAUGGCCACACAGUAUAUGUGUGCAUGCUAUUUGUUUAUUUUGCUUUUUAUUCAACCUUUUCUUCAAGGUGUUCAGUGUGGCACAGGCAUUCUUCCUUUCUAUCUCUGUGACCUCCCUGCAACAUAGGUCAGACCAGAGCUGGAGCUUGGACUAGGAUCACUCAGGGAGUUUCAUGACUGAAUGAGGAUUUGAACCCAGGUCUCCCCACUCCUAGCUCUGUCCACUACCCCAUGUGUCACACCUACAAAUGCGUACAUGCACACACUUUAUGUAAGGCUCAGCAUUGUGGUUUGUGACAUGUUCCAGAUAAAUACUAGGCAGUUCCAGAGAGCAGCACUGAGAGGAUGCCCUGUGGCCACCUGGCAUUUGAGUUACGGCUUGCCACAGGGCAGUAUUUUGCCCACGAUGCUAUUUAACCUAUGAAACCAUGUAGAGUGGCCUUAUUUUGAACGAAGUGUCAUUAGUAUUAUGAUGACACACAGCUCUGUUUCUCUGUAAGAUCUGAAACAGAAGUGACCGUGUGACCGUGCAGGCUUUGGACUAGCGUCCGGGGCAGUGGUUGGCUGGAUGAGGACCAAUAAGCAGAGUUUAAACUCCAGCUGAGACAGAGGCUCUUUGAAAGAACAGGUAUGUAGUCUAGGAAUGCUGCUUGAUCCAUCUUUGCUAUUUGAGUGAAUUUUUCCAGCUUCAAUUAGUAAGGCAGCUUCAGCCGGGCCUCCACUGAGAUAGCUUGGCCACUGUGGUUUUGGUGAUGUCAAUACUACAUUACUGAAAUGUGCUCUAUGUAGGGUUUCUUUAGGGCUUAACCCAAAAGGUGCAGCUAGUGUAGGAUGCAAUAGCUAAGUUGUUUACCAGGGGGGCGGUAUACCAUUGACACCAUAUAAUACUUCUGCUGAAGGAGCUGUAGUGACUGCCAAUGGACUACUGGAUGCAGUUUUUUGUUUGGUUUGGUUUGCUGUUAGCAUUUAAAGCCCUAAAGAGGGGACCAGGUUACCUAAAAGAGCCCCUUGCCCCAUAAAGCAACUGUGUUCCUUAGGUGGGACACUGCUGAGAGUACAGUAUGCCGCAGAGAUGAGCUUACUUUUUAUUACAACUGGGCUUUUAGUGUUGCAGCUCCAGCCCUCUGAAAUCAAGUACCAGCCAAAAUUGACAUAUUGAUGUUUAGGCACCUACGGUUUAUUUAAAAAGCUGUGGCCCAGCCAUUUACUUGUUAUACAUCUAUAGAAAUGCUUUUAUUGGGACAGAUCCAACUCACCCACUCCACUAGUGGAAAUCAGAGCUAGGACUCUAAUGCAAUAGGGCUGCCCCACUCCUCCCACUGUGUCAUAGGUGUCAAUGUUUCCCAUUUUUAAAGGGAAAUUCCCUUAUUACAAAUAGGAUUCCUCACAAGAAAAGGGAAAAGUUGACAGCUAUGCACUGUGUGCCCUCCAUGACUCCUCAAAAUUCCUUCUGAAGGAUCAAGAAAGCACCCAGAACAGCAUGCAGGGGAGAAUAGGGGAGAUUGUUCUGCUAAGCAAGCAGAAAUGAUUUCAAUGAAAGAAAAAUCUACUCUGAAUUCCACCCUACAUUUGUUGUGGACAUCGUAGGAAUGGUUUUUAUUGUUUUUAGAGUUUAUAAUUCUUAUACUUUAUCUCAUUUUAUCAUGUUGUAUACCACUUCAACAACCUCUGUCUAUGAAGCGGUUUAUAAAUCUGUAAAACGAAUAAAGUAAAAUAAAUAGUGUUCUGAACAUGGGCAUGUCUUGAGUUGAAACUAAUUGAAGUGAGUAAUCAAUUCAGGAUGCAAUUUUGCGGGGAUUCCAUUAUUUAUUGUGUUUCAUAGCCAUUGUGAAAAGUAGAUGGAAAGGAAUGAAUGACGCCAUUGAAAAAGGGUAACCAACACACUGACCCCAAUCCAGCUAAAGUUCAGUAUAACUAAAUGCCACUGGAAGCAAUGAGCCUUGAAUUGCUGGCAAGCCACUUUCCCCCUUGGUUUCAAGUGAGAACCUUAGCUGGAUUGAGGGCAUUAUUAGCAAUCAGUUGUAAACUGGGAAGGAAUAUGUGAUUGUUUCAGUCGCACGUACUUUGGGUUAGCUACAGGCUGAGUUUCCAUCGAGCAUGAGAGCUAGGGGUUGUACUGAAGGCUACAAGCUCAACUGCGUACAAAACAGGCACAAUAAUUGUGUUUAUUAUGUUGAGGCUCAAGGGAAUUGUAUUAACAAAAAAUACAACUUGCUUACUUUAGCUAGAGUUGGAAAUGCAAGGUCAAAAUCUCGGUAAAACCAUUCACUAAAAUGCCACUCAAUGUGUUCAUAUAUUUGGAAACAUCAAUACUGUAAAGGUGAAACCCCAUUCAUAUUCCAUGGACAAUAUGACGUGAGACCAUUAAACACUCUAUCUAUGUUUUGCUGCAAGAGCUUUGUCUGAAUGGGCUUUGCAUACUAUGGGUAAUAGGCAGCUAAAUCAUACCCAGAAUAGAUACUUGUGCAUUUAUUUCAGUGGGUUUACUCUGCGUACAACUAACAUUGUCACUCCAUGUGUUUUUGCUUGGAGAAACAUUGUGUUCUCUUUCAUGGGUGAGAUUCCCAUUCCCCAGUUUUAUGCUCAUGAGAACCACACCAUGUACCAAGGACAGCCAGUGUGGUGCCCUCCAAAUCCUUUUGGACUCCAGUUCCCAUCAGCCCCAGCUAGAGUGGUCAAGGAUGGUGGAAACUGGAGUCCAGCAGCAUCUGAAGGGCACCCUUGUCACAUAACAUGCUGGUAACUCCCACCAUAUCUGUCUCCAUCAAGCACAUUUUGCCAAUCAUUUCAGCUUUUCAAGCAUGCCAUGAUGAUGCCUGCCAUUGACAGUUUGUUAUAUUCCUUCGUCAGAUCCCCUGUUAUGGCUGGAGGUCUGUUCGCUGUUAACAGAAAGUGGUUUUGGGAUCUCGGUGGCUACGAUCCAGGUUUAGAAAUCUGGGGAGGGGAGCAGUAUGAAAUUUCCUUCAAGGUAAGCAGUCAAAAUGUUUAUUCAUGGUACACGCUGCUUUUAUAUGGUACGAGGCAUGCACUAUAUCUCUAAAACUCAAACGAAAUGAGAUGUAGUCAAGUGUAUUUGUCUACUGACUUCCCCCCCCCCUCCUUCAACCAAAAGUAGCCACAGGAGGCUGUAAGCUUUAGCGGAAGAAUAGAGGAGCAGAGUGCUUCUUAGCCCUUUACCCUCCAAGAGUUUCUCUGUUCACAAUGAUCCCUUCCAAGAUGCUUUCCCAUAUGAGAAGACACAUGUACAGUAGUACCUUGUGGAUGUUGUUGGACUACACCUCCCACCACCCUUGGCCAUUGCCUAUGUUGGCAGGGGCUGAUGGGAGUUGUAGUCCUUGAGGACGCCGUGUUGGCUGCCCCAGGGUUAGCAAGUCAGAGCGGGCCUGGAGUGACCCAGGUUCAAAGUCCCACUCAGCCAUGAACUUUUAGAAUGACCUUGAGCAUUGCCUACCUUUUAGCCUAACAUAUCUUACAGGAUUGCUGUGAGUAUAACCUGGGGAAGGCUGGGGGCAGACUGACCUUGAGCUUCUUGAAAGUAAUUGCCUUAAGUUACUUGGAAGAAACAUUGGGUAAUAACUUUGGAGUAGUUGUAGUAGCAGCAGCAGCCGUUAAUAGCUAUCCACCCCAUCCGCCUCUGUUGCUUUGCUCAAACUAACAACCUCUCAAGGCUUUUGGGGUGGUUGUUUAUUGUUUUGUUUUUAAGUUGGGCCACAUCUAGUUUUGGGCGUGUGAUUAGCCUUUUGGCCCCUGGGAUAUUCCUUCUAAGUAUUGCUCUAUAACAUAAACUCCAUUUUGAGCACACCAAAAACCAAAAUGCCAUUUACAAUGUAAUCACUACAAUGUGACUCCUCUCUACCGAGCCACAUUUUGAAAAACUACACAGUUGCCUCCAUAUAAUUUCCAUUGCCCAGAUACAUUGUGCAUGUAGGCAAUAUGGGCAACUUAUCUUAUGUGCAGUCAUAGCUAGAAAUGGCUGGACCCAAGGAAGAGUUGCAGAAUAGCCAAAGCUGCUAAAGGAAAACCUAGCCUGGAGGGGAGAUCUCCACUCUGAUCUCAGCAGGGCAGUAAGAAACCCUUCCAGCUGCCUAUACCAUAAUUAUUUGGCUCCGCCACACCUGGAAUUACAUAAGGAAAACCAAGACACAUAGAUGCCUACUAGGAAUUUAAGUACACAUCUGUUUAGGUCAUGCGAGUGAAUAAUACUGGGUAUGAUGGAUGAAUAGUAUAAUCUAGUAUAAGGCAGCCUUUUGUGUUUUACAGCAGUACAUUUCAGUCUUUCUGACAUUCAUUUAUGUCACAAUUUCUAUUCUGCCUUUCUGCGCCCAGUGCAUCCGAGACAGCUCACAAGGCAACUAAAACACCACAGACACAACCAAACAAUAAAAUAUAUUUGAAAAUUAUAGUUAGGUCCCAGGUUCAAUCCCUGGCAUCUCAAGACAGGGCUGGGAAAGAUUCCCAGAGACCCACUGCCAAUCGGUGUCAACAAUACUGAGCAAGAUGGACCUAUCUUCUUAGCUAUAGCCCUUGACUUGUGCAUGCUGAUUUCCCCUGAGCAUGUACACUUACCGUAUUUUUCGCUCUAUAACACGCACCCGACCAUAACACGCACGUAGUUUUUAGAGGAGGAAAAUCCGUAGGCAUGCCACCCGUAGGCAUUUCCUCCAUAACACGCACAGACAUUUCCCCUUACUUUCUAGGAGGAAAAAAGUGAGUGUUAUGGUGCAAAAAAUACGGUAAGCAUCCUUUGAGUCUCAUAAGGCAGAAAGUUGUCAAGGCAAAAUAAUGUGACUGUUCUAUUAAGAAAGCUAGAUGCAUUUGGAAAGUGUACAAGGUCAGUUCAGUUGUUUCACAAUUGAAAGUGUCAUAGAGAAUUACAGCGGAACCUCGGUUGUCAAACAUAAUCUGUUCCAGAAGACCGUUCGACUUCCAAAACGUUUGAUAACCGAGGCGCAAUUGCCGGCUGGCAAAUUGCUUUUCAAAAAUGGAGAAACACACCUCAGAAGUUGUUCGACUUCCGAAGCGUGUUCGAAAACGGAAGCAUUCACUUCCAGGUUGUCAGCGUUUGGAUACCAAAUUGUUCAGGUUCCGAAGCGUUCAACAACCAAGGUUCCACUGUGCUUUGCUUAUUAUGUAGUAGGCAUUGUGUUUAAUGUUGUUACCAUCUUCCUGCACCCCUCGAAAAGUUCAGGUCUUGAUGACGCUCACACCUGGCCUUCUUGCACUGUAAGAUGUUGUUACUACAACUUUUUUCUGUAAGUAGCACUUGUAUUUAGCUCCAAGUCAUUGCCUAGUCUGAUUUAAUCCUCCAUGAUGCCUGCUCUGUGUUUACCACUGAAUAAAUUUAAUGUGUCAGUCAUUGAUUGGCUUUGUUGCAAACCUCCUUAUUCUCUUCAAGCAUCAAAGGGGCCUAAAAGAAGCCUUUCCUUUACAAACGUGUUGCAUGCACACACUGAAUUCAAGCACGUGCACUGACUGAAUUGCACAGAAGCUGUUGGGGAUGCCUCUCCUCCAGAUUGCCCAAGUGGAUUUGAGGGUGUUUUCCGCAGAAUCAAAGUGACCCACGUGAACUGAACUGGUGUCACGUAACUUCGAAUCAAUUCCAUACUUACAGAAAACAAAAGCUGAAAGACAAGAGGAGCCUACAAGCUAAACCAAUGGACAUUUUGUUUAGAGUACAUCAGUUUGCACUCUCUGUUGUUAGGAUGUUUCAGAGAUAAAUGAAUGCUGCCUCUUGCAUCUCACAGUUCUGACAGGAGGCCUAAAGAUUGUAUUAUCCCAUUUCCUAGUCCCCUGUUAUUUGUCAUUGGAAGGAAUAUAAUUGCAAGGCAGUCCAUUGCUCUCUGUGCAGAAACCAUGGCAACCAUACUGGAAGCUCGGAUACUAAAUAGUCCCGACCUGUUUUGUUCAAGUGACAGAUUCUUUGGAGAGGGCUGUGUUAUGCUGGGCCCUCAUUUCAGCCAUAUCUCUUCAUUCAUCUCAUUACCAUGAGUUGACCUAAGGGUCCACGUCCUUCUGCAUGAAUAUAUUUUGAACAAGAUAUCAACAGCAUUUUGUAGCAUUUGCCUUGAAGAAAUAAGAACUCACUCUGAGGCGUGUGUGAAUGUAGGGAGCUCAGUAGAAAGUGCAUGCGGAAAAAAGCAUUUGGGGUGGGGAUGCUAUUGAUGGGGCAAAGUAAUGGGGUGUGGAAGUGAAAUAAAAUGGAGCCAUGGCUUAGCAUCAUCUCGUGAGAGUUCCCAGAGAUGGCAGCUACAGUGCUGCACCUGUGGUCCUGCUGCACCACCACUGAGAGCUAAGCCAAGACAACAUAGUUUGCGCACACUGAGAGGAUGACCUCCAAACCAUCCUAAAUAUCUUCGCAGAAGCUUAUGAAAAGCUUGGCCUAUCGCUCAACAUCCAAAAAACCAAAGUGCUGCACCAACAAGCACAAAACAACCCCUCUGCAGCACCACAAAUCCAACUCAAUGGUGUAACAUUGGAAAAUGUCGAUCACUUCUCCUACCUGAGCAGUUAUCUUUCCACAAGGGCCGACAUUGAUGCCGAAAUCCAGCAUCGCUUGAGCUCUGCAAGUGCGGCUUUCUCCCGAUUGAAGUGCAGAGUGUUUGAGGACCGGGACAUUCACAGGGAAACCCAAAUGCUUGUUUACAAAGCUAUUGUACUACCAGUCUUACUGUAUGCUUGAAAAACAUGGACCACUUAUAAACGCUAUCUCCAACUCCAGUCCAACUCCUCAAAAUAUUCCAUCAAUGGUGUCUCCGAAAAAAUUUACACAUCACUUGGGAACUAAUCACAGGCGAACUAAUGCCAGUGUACUGGAAGAAGCAAAUAUCACCAGUGUCAAAGCAAUGAUUCUUCAACAUCAACUUUGUUGGACUGGUCAUGUUGUGCAAAUGCCUGAUUAUCGUCUUCCAAAGCAACUACUCUAUCCUGAACUUAAAAAUGGAGAGUGUAAUGCUGGUGGUCAACAAAAGAGGCUGAAAGACUCUCUCAAGGCAAAUCUAAAAAAAUGUAGUAUAAACACUGACAACUGUAAAACACUGGCCUGCAAGCGCUCCAAUUGGAGAACAGCCUUUACCAAAGGUGCCAUGGGCUUUGAAGACUCUUGAACUCAGGACAAAAUGGAGAAACGUGAUAAGAGGAAGGCACGCUUGGCAAACCCUCACCGUGAUCAACUCCCACCUGGAAACCUAUGUUCCCACUAUGGAAGGACGUGUGGAUCCAGAAUUGGCCUCCACAGUCACUUACGGACUCACUGUUAAAACUGUGUUUAUGGAAGACAAUCUUACUUGGCUACGAGUGAUCGCCAAAGAAGAAGAAAGUUUGUCUUAAGUGUGCUAUCCAACCUGAGCUCAUGGUUUGUCUACUCCAGACAAACCGCAAGCUGUAAACCCAGGAACAACCCUUGGAUACAGCAUGAGGUUUGUCUGGAGUGAAACAAACCACAAGCCUGGGCCACCAUGCUAAGCCAAACCAUGGCUUAGCUGCUCACAUCAGUGGAGCAGGAGCGGAGCAGGAGCAAAGCAGCUGUGAUCCCUUCUGUGGGAAGCCUCGUGCAUCUGUGCUAAGUCAUAGUUUGGUUUAGUGUUGUGUGCAAACCAUCUCUUUCUGUAGACUGCUCAGGGGUGGAGUAGAAGAAAACAGAGUCUAGUGACCAGAGCCUUCUGUAUAGGUAAAAAGGGAUAGUAAUGUUUAGCAUUUAUAUUGCACUUAUUGAACCAGCUACUGAGUCUUUGGGAUCCUGGCAGAGCCCUUCAGCACUGGCAUCUGCUCCAGGCCCCUCAUAUCAGGUGGGUGGUUCUGACAGUCACCAUUCUAAUUUCCCCAGUGCCCUGGAUUGACACAAGGUCAGGCACUUUGGGGCAUUAUGGGGAUUUAAAAUGGCAGCUCACAGAUGCUUUGGGAGUGCUGCUGUCGCUACAGCUCACCAGAGGGCAUGUUGCCCACUGCCCCUUCAAACAUUGAAUCUUCCAAGUCUCUAUCCUAACAACAGCCUUGCAAGGUCGGCCAGCAUAAUUUCCAUAUUGUAAAUUAGAGAUUGAAGCACAAUGACUUGUUUUUAGGGCUUUGCACAUGCAAUUUCAGUUGGGGACUUUCUGGCUCACUGCUCACAUCCUUACAAUUUUGGGUCAGAUCAGAAUUCAUACAUGUUCAUUACCUGCACAUAAUAAGGUCAUCAAACUUAGAAAGUAAGUUUGGACUGUGUUGAGCUAUGGACAAAAACAUGCUUUGAACAGGGCUUUUUUUCAGCCGGAACUCAGUUCUGGCACCUCUCAGAUGGGUGCCAUUGUCAUUCUAAGAGAAUGAGGGAGGUGUUCAUGGUGAGUUCUGAUACCUCUUUUUCUAGAAAAAAUAGCACUGGCUUUGAAGAAUACAAACUGAAAAGGAAUUACAACUUUCCCAUUUUGGGAUGGAAAAGUGUUUGCAGAGUAGAUAAACAAAAAAAGUAUAUGACUUCAGUGGCCUGCCUGUCAAAAUGGCCUGUGGAGAGUGGAGCUGAAUCCAGUCCAACACUGCAUCCACUUCACCACCCCUGGGGUGCAUUUUGCAGUGACUAAUUGCAAGAUUACAAACUACACUCUACUUUUAGCAAUGGCCAAAUGCAUCUUUUUCAGCUAAGUAAAAUCUUCCUAAAAGUCUCUUCCUGAAAUAAUCUUGCUUAAAGGCUGAUUGAAACAUCCAGGCUAAAUAUGUUUGCGGUACAGCUUUAAAGUAACAACAGCAGGAAGCUGCUGCUGAAGACCAACUUUUUUACAUAUGUAAGAGAAGCAGAGGUUUGAUAUGCUAAUUCCACAGUGUGCAAAGAUAAGGCAGAAGUACUAAAAGACUCCUUGAGCUAUUAAUAUGCAUGCUAACAGUACCAAAUAAGAUUUUUUUUUAGCAAACUUCUCUAUUUUUGUUUGGAGAGAAGCUCAGAACACACUUUUGAAAAGGGAUGGAGAGGGCGAAGAUUUGCAAUUAAGUAAACAACUUAAUUCUGUGGCUGGCCUAAGAGGAUUUAUUAAUGGGAGCCUUGGGUGGGGUGGUGGAGGAGCUAUAUUAGACACAGAUGCAUGUAACAAGGUAGUGACAAUGGUUAUGAAGAAGCCUAAGGACGCUGAAAUGCUGUGUCUCGAAGCAGAUGGGAAGAGGUUAAGUGAGUGCUUAGCCCUGUCCCCCAUUUUCUGUUUUUCAAAAUGGACAACCAACUGUUCCCCCCUCCCUUGGUCCUUCAUAUGGAACAGCCUGACUUAUAGUUCGCCAUUGUCUCACCUAAUUUGGCAUUCAGCUAAUGCAUGAAGAUCUAAAGGAUAAUGAAAUACUAAAAAAGUUAAAUGAAAUAAGAUACAGUCAGCCUGCAACUUAUUUGGGGGUUAUGUUCCAGGGAUAGAGCCUAAAGCCAAAAUCGUGUAUAGUCAAAACACAUUGGGUUCAAUGACAGGUGAGAUUGCCGUAGUCUUUUCCCCCGGAACCCCUCCCUCUUUCUGCCAUAUAUAUAUAUAAUUUUGCCAAGCGCAUAAAUCUGAAUGUACGCAAGUUAAAUGUGCACAAGUUGCAGGAUUACUGUAUGUUAAAGCAUGUUGUAGGCAUGGCCUUCUCUUCCAACAAUACUAAUAAAGAUGCAUAUUUGAAUAGAUGGAUAAAGCUUGGAUUCAGUCCCAGAAUUUAGCCAGUCUGAAACUUUGAGAAGAAACCUAAACAUUAUAAUUUACCAUUUGCCUGCAGUCAACCAUUUUAGCUGCAAGUCAGCCUUAAUUUUGUGCUACCACUGUAGCCAUGUCUCUUGGUUUUAUCUGUUACAUUUGACUGGUGUUGUUAUUAUCCACUGUGCCCUGUGAUAUAUAUGAAGCUUUGAUUGGACACUGCAAGACAGAUAAUGUUGUACUGAACUCCCUGUUCCCUUGCCAUUUAAGAACCCAGAACAGCAACAAAGGCGGUACUUUAGAGAUCUAAUUAUCUCCUUCAGGCAGUAUAUGUGUGUAAUAUUCUUAUCAGAUGUCACUUCAUUGUCACUUAUGCACUGCUUAGGUGAGCACCAUCAAAGAAAGCAACCAUAUAUAUUUUGAAACUACGUCAAACGGACGUGUAUACUGUAUUGUAAUUCACAGCAAAGGUAACUGCUGGUUUAUUAAGUUCAAAUCAAAUAUAGCACAGGGGCGGAUCAUUCAGCAUAAAUGUUGGUGGAGGAAAAUACACCCCUCCCGUGCUCUUUUGUGAUACUGACACGCUUACAGGUAUUCACGAAUUGAAAAACCAGUUUCUGCUGAGGGCGGCAGCACUGAUACCAUAGGCAAUUUUUUUUUUCAUAUCUUCUGGCAUCGUUCCAAACACAGUUCAUACUGCCAUCUGUGAACCCUCAAGGUAUGAUGAAAUGGUGGCGAGAAAUAAAAUGGUGUGCAUGUGAACAUAUGGGAAAGAAACCGUACAACUGAGUUGUAGCCAUGCUGACACCUUCCACCAUUGGUGGGAAGGCAGUUCUUGGCUGGAAAUUCUCCCUGACUUCUCCUUUUUGCCUUCUCUCUUCUGCCCUGUAAAGCUCAACUAAGAAUUCAGAUCAGGUUACCAGGAAAAACAGAGCCUCAUGUCACUAUUGUGCAUUUUGUUGUGUGGACGGAAUGGCAGGGUCCAUGCUGGCUCAGCUUAUGGUCCUUUCAGUGCACAAGCACCAUUUCUCAGGAUACAGUGGUACCUCAGGUUAAGUACUUAAUUCGUUCCGGAAGUCUGUACUUAACCUGAAACUGUUCUUAACCUGAAGCACCACUUUACCUAAUGGGGCCUCCUGCUGCUGCCGUGCCGCCAGAGCACGAUUUCUGUUCUCAUCCUGAAGCAAAGUUCUUAAUCUGAGGUAAUAUUUCUGGGUUAGCGGAGUCUGUAAUCUGAAGCAUAUGUAACCUGAAGCGUAUGUAACCCGAGGUACCACUGUACAUUAUAUAGGCAACCCAUCGUCAUCUCUUCCGUCUCUUGUCUUUUUUUUAACAAUUGGAUUUAUUAGUGCAGUUUAGGUUUUUUUUUGUUCCCUUUGUUUAAGCUCCUCACAUUCACAGCUGCCUGAUCUGUAAUUAUAACCAGACAUGGCAGUAUGUGUCUUAAUUAUGCAUGAGUGACAAAUGCCUUUUUAGACACUGUUCCCUGUGCUUGAGAUCUAGCGUCAGUUCAUCAGUGCACUCUGGAGAGCAGAGGCCCUGCUCGUACACCCGUAUAUGACCCAAAGCCUGCCAAUCCAAGCAGCAGCAAUGGCUCCUGCCACCCUUGGGAUCUCAACAUCCCUUAUUUUUAUGGUUCUUUCACUUGCUUUCUGCUUCACCCCUUGUCAUCUCUUUCAUCCUCUUCACGGGAAAAGCUGGUAGGAAAUAAGGAGCUCUGACAGUGGUGGCUGGUGCCCAUUGGGAUUGGUAGGGCAGAAGGCAGGAAGGCCUGCAGUAGGAAGGGCAGAAAGAGGCUGUGCCAGCAACUCACUGUUCAGAAUAGGAAUGGAAAGUAUCAACGUUGAGCUUACCUACGCAGGUUUUUUCCUGUUCCCAUGUUGAUUCUUGAUCUUGCCAAGAGGCAAGGUGUUGUUGUUUUUUAAAGUUUUGCUAAAAAUACAAACAAUUCUCACAUCAUAUAUGCUUUAUUAUACGUAUAUUAUAUGGAUAGUAUACACAUACACAGUAAAGCUUUCCUAAAGUGACCAGUACACAGAGAUGCAGACAGCAAUGCGUAUAAAUGUAUAAAAAUACUUACAUAUCAAUGCUUACAAAGUUAUGCUACAGAAACAUACUACUGCAUGAGACUAUUUUUGCAUAUUGUCUGUAUAAAAUAUGUAUUUUUGUCAUACAUUUUUGGAUAUAAUUAGAGAGGCUUUUUGGUUUUUUUAAAAAAUGAGCCACUCAUAUAUAAGUGGGCACUCAAAGAGGUGAUAUGAAGGGAAAGCUAAAUCUGGUCAGACCCACCACAUUUCACAUAUAAACCUUUUAAAAAACAGUUUCCUCCUCCACCCCUACUUCAGAACAAGCAAUAUUCAGCAAAUCUUACCAGACACCAAAAAUAUCUGUUGUUUGGUUGUUGUUAUUUAUUAGAUGGGUUAGGGCGCUUGCUACCCAAAGGUCUCUGAGCAUCUUACAACACACUGAAAAACAUAAACACAAAUGCAUUGUUCCAUUAACAGAAUUCAUACAAAACACCUGGGACUCAGCUACACAGCUGCAGAUAAAACAUUUUAAGUGAGUUUUAAGUGCAAUGUACAAUGUGACAGUAGAUGACGAUGGUGAGCCGUGCGGAAAAUUCAAUGUAUUUUUUUAAACACUUUUUUUAUAUAUAAAAAAGCAUUUUCAGAACGGUUUUAUGUGUGUAGUUCAUGAACCCUGCAGUUCAUUAACACAACAACAACAACCCCUUCCCCUUAACAGCCACAGGAUGUUUGCACCAAUAUUGUCAAGCAUGAUUUUUUGCCUCUUGGAAGUGGGCUUAUAGCCCAUGCUGAGACAUCCUGGAUUGCAGGUCCUCAGUGAAGUGUACCUGUUGGUUACCUUCAUAUCCCACCUUUCCUCCAAGAGUUCAAGGUCAUAUACAUGGCUUUCCCUCACUCCUAUUUCUCUCCCCCAUGCUUGGGCUCUAAUUCUACUUAUAUCACAGGCAGGCGAGAGCUCAGCAUAUCGUUUGCAGGGAAUGGUGUCUCCUGUAGAAGAUCAGCUUACACAAGGCUGCAACAACUUUUCUCGUGUUAUGUGCCAAAGUGCCCACCCCCUCUCUCUCCCCUUAUCAGUCCUACCUCAGCACUGCCAUUUAGCAGAAGCCAAUUAUAAAGGCAGUGAAAUGUUGGCAUAUAUUUUCAUUAGCAUAAUACAGCAAACAGCAUAAAAAUGCUAAUUCUGCAUCCCAACAGUUUAAGACUUUAGGAAAUUGCUAUGCAAAUAAUUAUUAAGAGGGGUGCGUUAGGUUCCUCCCACCCCCCUUGCCAAGAACGUACAGUGAGAGCAGCUAACUCAGAGGGGAUAUAUCAUUAUUACUGCUGCAAGGUGUACACUUGCAGUGAAAUACUGCUUUUGUUGGUGGAAAACCAAUGAAGGCAGCAUCCAUUAAUCACAAGGAGCAGGUUGGUGCAUGCAGGUCAGCUCAGGGCAGAGAGCCCAAUCGGAGUUUUGGGUGAAAGCUCCUGCGUCGAAAGUGAGAAAUGUCUUUUUCUUCCUGCAGACAUCCUCAGUGGUGCACUUUGGUAAUAUUGGAUUCUGGACUUUAAUGGUCUCAGGGGUGUAUGUAUUCCUUUGAAGUGGGAUAAGUGACCCCUGCUGCUUUGGGGGACCCUCUUGGUCAUUCUGCUGAGUGGGGAACCAAAGCCUUGCUCUAACAACACCACUUAACUCCAAUUGUGUUCUUUUAUGUAGAGUGUGUAUGCAAACUAUGCUAAGAAGAAAGUGUGGUGGUUUUCUAUUCCUGAGCCAAAGUGUCUGCCCAGCCCAAUUCCUUAAGGAUCCAGUCCAUAGCUUUGGAGAGCUUUUGGAUGCAUCCCUCCGUAUGGGAUCCCCACCUGGCAGUCGGUGUUUUAGAUUUGCUCACCCUUGGAAAAGGGAAGAGCUUGCCAGAAUUGUUCAUGAAUCUGCAACAUCCAGGCUGGGUUACUGCAAUGCAUUACUAUGCAUGGAGCAGCCUUCAGAAGGCACUUAAGAACCUCAAUUGGUUCAGAAUACAGGGUCCAGGGCGGUAGCAUUGGCAGGUGGGCUGGGCAGUAGCUGGUUCCUUCCCCACCCAUAGGUGCCAACUCCUAGGGGCCCAGGUCCCUUUUCCCCUAUUACAUUUAAGGGGGGCACCUCCACCACCCCCGCAAAGUUGAUGGGCAAUGCUUCCUUCCUUUCUUUCCACAUUUGGACUUGGGUUUCCCAACAACCCCUGUAAGCGAACUUAUAAAAGGGCUGCUGGAUGGCAAGAGAGCUGGGAUCAAGAAGUGGGGUGAGGUGGGAGAAUAAACCUUCACCAACACUAGGUACCUCCGUUGUUAAAAUCAGGGGGUGGGUGGGGAUUAUCUGCCCACCACCACCAAUAUUUUAUUCAUGUUGGCGCCCCUGUCCUCACCCUACAUGCAGGAGCUUCCUACGUGUGGUUUAGAGAGCACACAUAGGUCAGAAAAAGUGGUUCUGCCACAAUGCCUCAAACCUCCCCCCACCCCCAACAUUUGAAAAGGGAUGCCGUUUAUGACAGACCUAGAACACAGAACCUGAAUUUGGAUCCAGUUCCUCUCUUGAAAGCCUCCUUUUGUUUCCCUGGCUCCUUUGCAGUAUUUGUUUUGUUUUAGGCAGCAAUCCCACCCAAAAAACCUUAUGUGGGGCUAUUGGGGGGAGGGGGGUUGGACCGAGCAGAGACAUCCCUCCUCCCACUUCUGCUGGCUCAAGUAGUCUGAUGUCACACUGCCAGCAUGGACUUCCCCUCCUGAUGCCCAUCAAACAUGCAGACAACUGUUAAGCCCACCAGCAGUAUUCCUGACAACAGAGCAUGGUGGAUCCUGAACUGCUUUCACAUCCAGUACUGGCCAACAUAGGAUCCAGAACUAAUCUGCCUGGCCCCCUUAACCUUCCACUGCUUCUGCCAUGAGGGUGGUAGCUCCAUCCAGAGUCGCUGCAGCAAGUUCGGGUUGCUGUGCCUGUGAAGAAAAGGGUAAUAACUUGUGGCAUAGUUCUGUGGUCUACACAGGAGAAUGUUUUUAUUCUAAGUUGGGUUUCAGGAAAAUACUUCCCAUUCUUGUUUAUAUUGGCUGCUGGCUCCUUGCUAUAAAAGACAAGUGUUUCAGUUUUACAGCUUGCUCAUUAAACACCAUCAAAAUUUUCAGGCAUUAGCAGAAGUUCCCUUUGGGUCUGUUACAUUUAGCGGGGUGUUUGUGUGUGUGUAAAUUCAGGCUGCUUCUCUAUUUUAGCACAGUCCAGAUGAUAUUAAAAAUCCAUUUUGAAGGAGUAUUGAUCAGGUGAUGUGUAGGGAGAAGGGAUGAAUGUAUUUUGAAAUGAUAGUUGGAAAAGUUAUUUUAUUGGGAGCAGCAAUGGUCGGCGGAAAAUAGAGGGGACGUCUGGGGGUUGGAAGUCAGCUUUUAAAUUUGUAUUGAAUUUGUAUUAAUUUAGUGACAAUUUGUUAAAAAUCGUGGAAAAUCAUAAAAAUAAUUAGCAAAAAAAAGGAGCGCUGAUCUUCCAGAAGAAAUAAGAAAUAAACCUUUGGAAUCAUACUGAAACUGAUGAACGAACAGAAACAGCUGCUAAAUGUCCUACAAGCCAGCCUGAGAUUCGUUUCAAUUACGCCAUAAAAUGUACCUCCGAUGUGUGCUGCAAUUUGGUUUUUUUGUUUGAUGCCUGCUACAUGUGCCAAAUGUUAUUUCCUCUUGGUUUUCACCUCCAUAUCUCCCAGACCCUUCUAAUUAUUCCUAUACACUAAUAGCAAAUUCAUUCUCCCAAUAUCCUUAUGGAGCCCAAACAGUGCCAGUCAUGUACAGCCCUAAAUAGGGGAAACCCCUAAAAUAGCCCAACGAGGUAUUAGCAUGCUCACAAAAUUCUGACUGUUGGGAAAGGGAUGGAAAACCUGGGGGAGGGGAAUGGAAUGGAGUAUUGUGGAAUUGGGCGUGGCUGGCUGAAACCAGGAGCACUUAAUGCUGCAAUGUUUCACUGCAGUUCCCACUUGUUUUCAGAUUCAGGUAAAAGCUGGUGAGAGAAAAUAAUGGGUGAGAAAGUCUUAUUGGAACACUUUCGGAUGUUGUUGGCCAUUGUGUGUCUUCUGACUGAAGCUCAGUCAGACUGUUCAUUAAAACUGUUAGUGUUUAGCAUUGCUCAUUGAACCCAUCUUCUUAAUCUACAAUGCUUGUUUAGUUAUAACAUUUCCACCUAAACAAAAACGUUUCUGUUUAUUUUGAACCGUAAUUACUUUUUCUUUCCUAUGUGAAUCAGACUUCUUAAUGAGAUUGCAAAUAACCUUAAUAUGAGUGUUUUGCUAACUUUCCAAAAGCUAAUGUAAUCAGUAAUGUAUAUUGUCCUUUGGACACUGUUCCCUGUCUUUUCAGUUUUCCAUUAUCUUGCUUCUGAAAGGUUUAAUUAUACGUUGCCUUUUAGUUUCACUGCCUCAGUCAUCUACACACAGUCAUCUACUGUGCCUCAGUCCUCUAUACACAUAGCAUUUUUGAAUUUUACGAACUCCAGAAGGUGCUUCAAUAAUUUGCAGAAAUUGCAAGUGCUCAGUCAGGAGGUUGCCUUUGAUACUUUCCAAUUUCGAAAUCCCAUAAGAUCACAUAUUUAUGCUGUAUUAACUAUUACCUAGUGUGUCCUUUAUAGUUCUUAAAAAAAAACAACUUAGAUGCAAAAUACAUUUUUUUCCUCCAAGCAAUGACCUUCCCCACCAUCAUAAUAAGAGCAAUAAGCACAGUAAUCUUGAUAUCGUCAAUAUACUUAGUAUUCUUAAUAUUCUCUGUAUUUCUAACACUUCAAGUAUUUAUAAUACUUUCUUUAUAAUGUUUUGAUUUCUAUCCUUAUAUUAAUGAUGGUAUAUAAGACUAGAUUAAGCUUAUCAUGGUUAUUUGGUAGUUUCCUUUUCUUUCUUUGAACUAGUACUUAAUUUGUGCUUAACUCGUGUCUCUAUGUCCUCUUCAGUUUGCUUGUUUCGGUUUUGUUUUUUGUUUUGUUUUUUGUAUAUUUUUUCAUUCGAAAUAAAUAAUUAAAAAGAGCUAUGAGCACAGAAUGGUGUGGGGGUUUUUUGCAUACACUUGUAAGUUUUUCAGACCCUGACUUUUCUCUUUCAGCAGUUGCCAAGCACAUUCUCACCUUACAGACAUUCACUCUCUUGUUUUGUUCCUCUCUCAGGUCUGGAUGUGUGGAGGAGGGAUGUUUGACGUUCCAUGUUCUAGAGUGGGGCACAUCUACAGGAAAUAUGUCCCUUACAAAGUCCCAUCUGGCACCAGCCUAGCAAGAGUAAGUAACUUAUGUUCUGAGGUUCAUUCAGCUGUGAGACUUGACCGUAUAAAAUGCUGUCCAGGAAACCUGUAACCCAAAACAGAGGCUCCCUUCAAACAUCACAUUCCUCAUCUACCAAACCUUAGUUAGGAGCACCAGGAAGAAGUGAUGGUCUCAAGAACUCCUUCCAUUCCUUCCGUCCCACUCACAUGCAGUUCCAAAGAUGAUUUCCUAAUUUCCCCAAACCACACUUUGCUAUGGCAUCCAAACAAGCAAACUAUGGGGUGAGCGAUCCAUUACACAGGAAAAGCUAGGGGAAUCUACAAACCCCACAUGGUUGGUCACUGUGGGGAAAAGGAUGCUGGAUUAGGUGGGCUUUUUAGUCUGGUGGAUCAGGGGACUUCAUAUGUUUGCCCAUGAUCACCAACUCAUAGCCGUCCUGUAGCCUUCUAAAAAUAAAAGCUAAGACGACAAGGUCCAGUAGUCCUUUAUGGUCCAGUGAGAGAUGGACCAUAAAGAAGGCUGAUCGCCGAAGAAUUGAUGCUUUUGAAUUAUGGUGCUGGAGGAGACUCUUGAGAGUCCCAUGGACUGCAAGAAGAUCAAAUGCAUCCAUUCUUAAGGAAAUCAGCCCUGAGUGCUCACUGGAAGGACAGAUCAUGAAGCUGAGGCUCCAAUACUUUGGCCACCUCAUGAGAAGAGAAGACUCCCUGGAAAAGACCCUGAUGUUGGGAAAGAUGGAGGGCACAAGGAGAAGGGGACGACAGAGGACGAGAUGGUUGGACAGUGUUCUCGAAGCUACAAACAUGAGUCUGACCAAACUGCGGGAGGCAGUGGAAGACAGGAGUGCCUGGCGUGCUCUGGUCCAUGGGGUCACGAAGAGUCAGACACGACUAAACGACUAAACAACAACAAGACAAGGACCUCUGCCUUCCUUUCCCGUAAUUCAAGCACUGGAACAAUCUAUCCAAAUCAGGAUUGCAAAACCAUAGAGGGAUCACUCAAAGUUUGUCACUUUGAACAACAUGGUAAAUUGUGGUUUGAGGAAACCAGGUCAUCUACUAAGCCACAAACUAAGUAGGAGGACAGAUCUCUUGUGCUUGUUACACUUUCACAAUCCUCCAAGGCAUGAUUUGGAGGAUUGAGAAUGAAUGUUGCCACUGUUUCCAUUUUUUUUGGAGUAGCUAAUAAAAAAUGUAAUCUGCUUUUGCAGAGGAAAAUGCCUAUUUUGGACAAAAAUGCAUUGCUGCAAGAUCUGAUAACGUAGGCCAAAUUUGCCAUAAGUUCCUUGGAAGGACAAACAACUUCCAGUAAGCAAGAGAGGAAAAACUCCAUUUAUUGCUUGGAAGCUCCUCAGACAUAAUUCUGAGGAGAGUUCAGCUUCAGCAGAGGACCCACAAAGCAAGUCUGGCAGAGUGGUUCUCUUAGGAGAAAUAUUGUUGCAGGUAUCUGCCUGGCCCUUCAACUUCAGGCUUGAUAGAAGCAUCCAUGGGACUCUAAGCUUAAGGGCCGAUUUUAACAUUACUCUUGCCACUGACAGGAAAUCACUCAGUGAAAUCAAUUCCAGUUGGAAAUAACAACCUUGGCACAGGUUGCUGCAAUAUAUGAAGGGUAUGUUGGAAAUCGCCCUGAGUCAGCAAGCCUCAUUUUGCUCUGAUGCUCCCUUUGGUUUCAGUUCAAGAGGCAAAAGCUCAGCUGAUUGCCCAAUCAGUUCCCACAUGCUCCAUUUCCUGAGCCAACUGCCAAACAUAGGAGGCUCAGUUAACAUGAAGUGAUCUCAUCAAGUCGUUUUAUGGAAUCAAUGAAUUGCAAGCUUACCAAUUGAUGCGUUUUCAAGAGCUCACGUAGAAAAGGAAAAAGGAAUCUUUUGUGUAAAUAUUGCAGAAAGAGGUACCUUUGUGAGCCCAUUUGGACCUUAAAUGCUGGCAAUUGACAGGAUAAGGAGGGGCAGAAGAUGCAUGUGCUCCAAGCAGCAGGUAGGGAGGUGGCAAAACAGCACUGGGGGGAGGGGACACAGAGGAAAGAGGUAGACCACGGCUGUGGCCCAUGUUUGGUGACUCUCUACAUUCUGACUGAGUUCCAUUUAUUAGUAGAUGUGGGUGAUAACAUAAAGGAGGAGGUGGAUGGCCAUAUAAGGUCCUCCCUCCUGCCCACCCCAGGAAGAGGAACAUGAGAAGCUGCUGUGGCCAGCCCAGUAGCAGGACGACGAUGGCCAAGAUGAGAAAGAGGUUCUCCCCUUUGUAUCCUGCUGCCGCCACCACUUCACAUAGGGCACAAGGAGGGAAACCACUGGUGCUGUCAGGGGGCUUCAGUGAAGACUUUUGUUUCCCAGGGCAAAAUCUGUAGAGCUGGUAGCUGAUGCUUGACUUCGUCUCCAGUCACUCACACCGUUGACAGAACAGCAGUGAGGCUGCAAGGUGACCCACAAGUCACCUUGAACUCAAUGGGCAUGCUUCUGAGAACACAUGUACAGGUUCACCCUGCAUACAACAACAGCAACGUCGUCUUGAUCAUUAAUCCCGAUUACAUCUUCUGCUUCUGACACCUCCUCCUCCCAAUCUGCUCCUUCUCCCUCCAACCACUCACCAUCUACCACCAAUCCCCUGGCUCUAAGCCUUCUUCCCCGGUGGGUUCCCUAGGGGGCUCCCCAGCAGGUGUCUCCCACCACUCCUAAGCAUCCAGCCAGUCGAUGACAUUUGUGUUCUUCCAAGUCAGUGCACCUGCCUGCAUCUUUGGGGCAGGUGCAAGGACAACCUGCUCCACCCCUGCCCUGUCCCAUUAUGCUGCAGCAAUGCUGCUGCCGGGAGGCCAAGUCUAUGGCUCCUCUCUGCCAGCCACACCUUCCUUUCCUAAGAGCGCCACAAAACCUAACACCAACAUUGAUGGGCUCAGCCCUUUUUAAUCAAUGAACCCAAUUCUCUCCUCCUCUUCAGAUCUCACUUCUUCAGCAAACUUUCUUUGGCCCCUCCUCAAGUAUACAGAGCCACCACCUCCAGAUUCAACUUGGCUUCCCCCGCCCCCUUUGUUUUUUUUGCCACUUUAGCAUAGAGGAUUGGCUUUCUAGAGAAGGCCUCCUUCAUUCAUGGGUUCUGCGCCUAAUGCUGGUGUGUUAAAUAACUGGUAAACAGUAGCUGUGUCUAUCCUUAAGUAACUAAGCUAGGAGCGACUGGCAAAUUGCUAAAUAAUACAGCACAUAGUAUAAUUUUAUAAAUGUGCUCAAGAGGGGGCAAACUUCUGCAAGGGUAUCUCUGCAGUGGCAUCCUCAUGAGGUUUGAAGAAUUCUGCAUUUCAGUGAUCUGGAACUGAUGUGCAGCUGGGGAAGGGGUGCCAUGUGCUUUCUAGUUUCUGUCCCAUUUGCCCAUACUGUCAAAAUAUGAUGGCUCAGAAAUUUCUCAGAAGGAUGAACUUGUAUUGUUUCUCACAAACAAACGAACAAACAAAAACUCCUGUCAUUUAAGAACAAGGACUCCCGAGCUAUCAUCUCCUAAGCAGCUCUAAUUUCACAUCCCCAGUUCCUGCUGGCAUAAAUGUUUUUCUUUCUGUUGUGGAGACAAAGCAGGUGGUAACCUAUCUUGCUGUGCCAGCUGAAAUGUGCUCCAUUUGUUCUCUAUCUCGCUCCCUUUGUAUUCAGAUAAGUCUUAUUGGUUCUGAGACAUCUAGCUUUGUUCAGACGCUCGAAGCACAGCAGAUUAAUCAAAUUCAAGAGAGGUGCUUCUAAAUGAAUGUCGGAAGCAAAUCACAAUGGGAGAAGUCAUUCUAAGCAGAAACAUUAUCUUACGCCACAGAUUAUGAGAUGAGUAUUGCUCUUCAUCUCUCACAGAAGAUACCCUUCAGUGCUCUAUGACUAGUACUCUAUUAAACAGCUAGCAAGUUCUGCUUUUGAAGUGGGGUUGUAUGUGACACGUCCACUCUCAAAAUAUCCUCUCAACGAAACCUUGACUCGGGAGUCUGAUCAAAGAGAAAAAUAAAAUAUGAAAAUGUACUUCCAUCUAGUGGGGAGAAAACAGAGGAAACAACAACACUAGGGGAACGCUUGCAACCUCCUGUUUUUAGAAGGUGUGGGUGCUCCUUCAGAUUAGAGGUGAAAUGACGCAACGAAUCAUAUAAUUGAAAAGUUGGAAGGGGCCACAUGGAUUAUCUAGUCCAACCACCUGCUAUGCAGGAAUCCUUUGCCCAACAUGGGGCUCAAACCCACAACCCUCAGAUUAAAAGUCUCAUGCUCUACAUACUGAGCUAUCCCAGCUUUCGUAGAGCCCUUCCGAGACUGGAUUGCUGCAGGAGACACAUAUUGUAUUGUAUUUUUGAAGGUUGUCUCCUUUAUUAUUAUUUUUAAAAUGUUGCAGGUAGAGAAUUCUAGCUAACAACUCUCUCUUAUCACAAGGAUUUUUAAUGUGGGGGGAGCCAUUUAAAAAUAUGAUGCUCCCAGCUGCUGUCUGAAGUGCUACAGAUCAGUUUUGGGGAGCUUAGCCCAGUGUUUCCCAACCAGGGGCCAUAUGCCCCCGGGGGGGCAGAAUAUUCCAAAGGGGGCACAGGUGAAAAAUGUGUAAAUGGGGGGCCAUAGCACAAGGCUAGGGGGCCACAGAGGGAAGUGAGAAGUGAAGAGAAAAAAUCCUUUUUAAAAAAUAAAUCCUGAUUGGCUAGCUAUCCGCUUGGCCAAGCACAAGUGGGUAAGGGGUCAGCCCACCAGAACCUAGUACUCCUUUUUGCCAUGUGCAUUUUCUUGGAGCAGUCCUGGUUUGUUUCCGGCAGGAGAGGGCAAUCACUGAGACUCCUGCAUUGACUAGUAGAGCCCGAGAUCCAGAACCCCCAGGUCAGGUAAGUGCAGCAGUGGGGUGGCAAUGGGUAGGGCUGGGUGAGCCGGAGCUGCUUGUUGCUUCCACCAGUGCUGGGCCCAGCGGCAACCUGGGCCUGAUUCUGCAAGGUGCACAGUGCAAUCCAUCCCAGCACCUAGUGGAUCAGGGCCUUUGGAGGUUGCUGAGGGGCAUAGGACCUGUCGACAGCAGCAGCCCAGCUCUUCAAAGUGUGGGGUGAAAUCCACCCCAGCGCCUAGCUGAGCAGGGUUGUUUGGUGCUGCUGACUUGCAUCUAGUAAAUAACUAGUAAGUGUCUACUCUGAAGAAAGCUGCACUGAGUUCAGUGGGUCCUACUUCCAGCUAAGGGUGUGGGGGGCUAUAAUGUUUUAUCUAGGCAGCCAGGGCUCCUCCAGAUGACAAGAUCUUUUUGCACCAGAUCAGUGAGGACCAGUUGCUUUUAAAAUUCUCCCAUAUAUACAAAACUCCCUGUGUGCUUUUUGGACUGUAUCUAUAGGUUUCCUCCUCUGGAGUCAAAUAAGUGUAGUUUACUUUUUAUAAUACGUGGAAGAUGGAUCUCCCUUGGGAGGUUCUGGACUUCCUUGGAGGUUUCUAAGCAGAGGUUGGAUGGUCAUCUGUCAUGGAUGCUUUAGCUGAGUUUCCUACAUUGCGGGGGGGGGGGGGGGCACUAGAUAGAUGACCCUCGGGGUCCCUUCCAGCUCCACGAUUCUAUGUUUUUCUGCUUCAACAAUAUUUCAUUAUACUCCUAUCAUUUUAUGUAAUUGUAUUUUGUAUAAAUUAUAAAAAUUAUAAAUAAAAAAUGUUCUAUUUACAAACACACCUUUAAAUUGCUACCUUUCUACCAGUCGGAUGGGGGGCACGGGCAUAGCCAGGAUUUUUGUUAGGGAGGCAUUCUUUUGUUGGAGGGCAGAACCUCAUAUUUGUAUUGAUUUGUACUUAUUUGGAGGGCAACAGUCCCCCCUCUGCUAUGCCCAUGGGAGGGGCACAGGAAGGAAACAGGGUGGAAGGUGCCCAUGUUUGGAAAUAGAGUAGGAAACACUGGCUUAGACCAUCCCUUCCUCUCAGUACAAAAUAUGUGGGUUGGAUUACUGCCACCAUGAAGCGUGUCAGACCUGUGUCUCAAUCCUUUGCUUGGAAGCAGCUGUGAUAAUUCAUGUUUACAUCAUUCCUUCUGUUUAAGAAACCCUGAUUGCAAUAAUAUUUUAUACUGAAUGACCAAAACUCAGGGCAUGGUGUUUACUUCUGUUGUGUGCUGCAUUCCAGUACAGAACAAGUAAUGUCUCAUGUAAGAGGGAACCAUUCCUUUUAAUAAUGAAUUCAGGUGUUGAGUGCCAGUGACUAUAUAGCCAUGCAAGGCCACUGAGAACCAAGAGGGAGGGGUCAGCACGGUUAGGAAAUCCAAAUAUCUGAAGAAGUUAAACAUUUUUUAUGGGGGGGGGGACUAAAGGACAAAGAACUUUAUAAGAUCUGAGCAUGCUCAGUGCUCACAUAAUAGGGGUGGGGGGUGGAAAAAUGAGAGGCUGCAGAUAAAAUAAUAUGGAGCCUGCUGGAAAAGAGAGCAUGAUUCAGGAGCCCUGAAUAGGAGCAAUCCACACUGCAACAUUUUAUUGCAGCUCCCACUUGUAAGAACAAGCAGAGGCGGUGGAAGGGGGGACGUGGUGGGUGCGGGCCGCCCCAGGUGUCACCACUGGGGGGGGGACACAAUGUCAGGUGGCACUCACCGCAGGGCCUGCAGCGUCCCCGAGCCAAGCGUCUCUCCUGAGAGAGAUGCGGUGGCUUGGGCAAGCACAGGCUCCAAGCUGCCCAAACAGUCCACUUGCUGCCUCCCCCCCCCCCCAGCUGUAGGGCAGCUGAGUGGGAGGAGGCAGGCAGACUCUAGAGGACCUGUGAUGCGCCCCACCCCUAUGGGCGGCUUGCCCCGCCCCUCGGUGCACUGCUCCAGGCACCCGAGCAGCUUCUUCCGCCACUGACAAGAAGUUAGCAGUGUGUUGAUGAGGCAAAACAGAAGUCUGUCUCUAGAUAUUAGUUUUGCAAGCCCAGGAAUAUAUUGGGCUUUUAAGGGGGAGUGUUAGGACAUCGGAUUAUACUCAGUAUUAUCUCUUUAGAAAGAACUUCAAACUCCUACAUAUUUCCAAAUGGAAAUGAUGUGGAAAAUCAACUCAGGCAAUCAAGCAACAAGCAAGAGAGAUAUCUGCAGUAAGAUUCCAUGGAAAUAAUUAAGUGAGCCUUUACUGUAUCUCGUUAAUUAAAUCCCUUUCAGUAAUUGCAUUGAAGUUUCUGCGGGGGGUUUUGUUGUUUUUUUAAAGGAAGAGAGAAGCCAUCAGUCUGACUUUUAUCAGGCUCCUAAUAGCAAUUGAAUGCAAAAGGCUUCCAUUUGCUUAAUGCACAACCAUCCAAAGCUAGAUAAGGGAAUGGCGUAUUGUAAUUGUGUGUGUGUGUUAUCAGUGCUAAUACUUAAGCAGGAAGAGAUGACUGACUCUUGCUUUCUGCUGCUCAGAACCUGAAGCGUGUGGCAGAAACGUGGAUGGAUGAAUUCGCAGAGUACGUUUACCAGAGGCGGCCUGAGUACAGACACCUCUCCACUGGCGAUAUCUCAGCCCAGAAAGAGCUUCGCAAGCACCUGAAGUGCAAAGACUUCAAGUGGUUCAUGGCUGCGGUGGCUUGGGAUGUCCCUAAGUAUUUCCCUCCGGUGGAGCCACCACCUGCUUCCUGGGGAGAGGUGAGGAACAUUAUUGAAUAUGAGCCAGUUGCUUCAGGUGAUGUCGGAUGCAACACUACAUUCCCUGCGAAGUGGCUGCUAUGGUGACAAAGAAUUCACAAAAUUAGUUCCAACUUCCGUGGCCAAAGAGGUCAGUAAGGGAGCGGGUAGCAGUUGGAACUACCACAGUAGCCGUGGUUGAAGUAAGAAACGUUUUGCCUGUGACCCUUUAUCUAAGCAGUGUUUAGCAGCACCACACUGUGGAUGCACAUGCGAAAAUGUUUUCAAAAUGCAAAGAUCCUUGUUGCCAUGCUGAUAAUAAUAAUAAUAAUAAUAUGCUGCCUAUCUGACUGAGUUGCCCCAGCCGCUCUGGGUGGAGCUGCAGAGCCAUCCUCUAUUGGUGUGUAAUUACUAUUUAACAAUUGUCUUUUAUGCUUUUAAGCAUUUUGUAUUGUUUUAAUUUGUGUAAGCUGCCUUCAGUCCUGGUCUGGAGAAAAGGCAGGCUAUUCGUAUUAUUAAUAAUAGUAAUAAUAAACUUGACACUGCUGCUUAUCCAGGCAGGGCUGGGACAAAUGCACUGGCAGGAAUGCCAGAUUGGUGGCAUACUUUCUGCCUGCACACUCAUCCUGCCCCAGUCUUGGCAUGACUCCAUCCUGUCCAGAUAACUAGCAGUGACACCAGUAUCAGGAGUGUAGCUCUACCUCCCCACUCCGGACAUGCGCUGCUACUGGUGGAUUGGUAACUGCUGUAUGUAUUGUUGCGCUGAGUUCUGUGCCACUUCUGACAUUUGAACUAUACAAUAUUUGUGUGUGUGACAGUGUGUGUGUGUGCAAAUGGCAGCUUGGCUUCCCAGUUUUCCUAUCCCCCGUUUUCUCACAUUUACACACAACAGCAACACACACACACAUUUUGCCUUUCUCCUUGCAAAACUCUGUCUGCUGCAAAUGAGUGAUUGAUUGGCAGCAUGUGUUCUUGCAAAGGCUAAACGUGAAUUUUGAACACCACCAAGCGUACCCUUGAAGCAACCUGCUAUUUUGGGUUUCUUUGUGCCUCCAGCCAUGCAGAGUGCUGGAAGGGAACGUGGUGCAUCUGGCCUCCUGUUUUGCCUUUUCAUCACUCGAAGCAAAUGCGCAAAGUCAGAUGGAUUUGCAGAGGGGUGCAAUGUGAAAGUCACUGCUUGGUGAAUUCAUUGCUAGCUAUUUUACACUUGGGCCUGUGUUCUGGCUGUGAUUCUGUGGCCACAGAAUUUGGACUCCUCAAAAUCUCACUAAAAAACAAGGACACUAUCCACCUUUGCAUGGAUGCAACCUCUCACAUCUGGAGGGUUGGCCCAGAGCUCACCAGAGUCCCCUUCACUGUCUCCCCUUUUUGGACUGACUUGUGUCAAUUGUAGUCUGCUGGCUAUUUUAUAAGCUUUUGGUGCUCAUCCAGCUGUUGGUCUUCUCCUUCAUUUAGCUCUUGGGGCUUCUCCAGAUGGCCUAUAUAUUGUGCAUUCAUCCUGGUUUGCUGACAAAAAGCUUAUGUGAAGUUUAGACUGUGUUCAGAAUACUUUCCUGUUUGCAGGGCACUUAGAUGACAAUAAGCAUUCAUCCUUUUAUUUGGGUGUUGGUUGUGGUGGGCCAGUGUACCUCUUCCCAUUAGACAUUCACACAACUCACACUUUUCAAUGUGUUUCCCCAUCACUUUCCUAAGCGCAAAAAGUCUGCUUCUCUUUUAAAGUGGAUUAGUUGUACUAGGGCAACAGAGCCCUUUGAUCCAUGAACUGUGCAGACCUACAUUUAUGAUAUGUGCUUGAACGAUAUGUGUCCCGCAUUCAGGGCAGUCAGGACACACCUUUACUCUUCCUCAAUCUCGGGCUAUUCUGUCCAUCUGAAUACAGAUUCUCACUCAGCCUCCUUUGGACCUAAUAGCUGCACCUUAUAUAGAUGAGGAUACACAACCCCAUCGAGGGCCAAUAGUGCCAAGUAACAAAAUGCAGCUAGGAUUGUUUGGGGGCCUUUUCAUUCUUUGGACCUUACCCUGAUCCUUUUCUCUUCUCCUGCCAUCAGCGAUUCCCAAACUCAAUUGUGAUGGAUAAGCAAACCCACUUCCUGGCUUCUCCAAACUUGCCUAAAUCUGAAUGAAAGCAAAGCACGCUGCUUUAGCAUCAUCUUUGCAGACAACUUAACUCAUGAAUCUCAUGAGGGGCGUUUGGGGAGGGGGGUUGUACCACAGUGACAUGAAGGUCCAAAAGGGAGAAGUCUGAAGUUGGGCCUAGCAACAAAUGCAAGAAAGAAUCAAAGUGUUAGAACUGACAAAACUCCUUUGCUAUGACAUUAGUUUCAGAGUUGACACCGUGGCUUUAAUGACCCCAUCUCAGCCUUGCUGCAUUUAUGGUGGCAUAAAGGCAACGGUUAAAAAAGAAUCUCAUCUGGAAUGCUGCACCCUCUCUUUGCCUGUCAAAUUCCCUCCAUCAAACCUAAUGUCCUUCUGAAUUCCAGAGACAUUGUUUUAUCUGUGCCUGAGCUUCUGUUCCCAACCCUUUUCUUCUUCUUUUUAUGGCUUCUUUCUUUUUACGGCUUGCACAAAGGAAUCUGUGUGUGCGUGUGUCUGCUUUAAAAAGUUACUAGAUAUCAGUUGGCUUAAAAGGCAGCUUAUUGCUAGGCAUUGAGCCUGUAGAUGCUGGUUUGUGAAGUAUGCACUGCUCUCUUUCUCUGUCUCGCUAAUCACAGUAGCUAUGUCUGUUCAAGCGAUAUGUGCACUGCUUUAAAUUUAAAUGCACAGGGCAGCCUUCCUUCUUUUGUAUUCUGCACCCUUGAAAAUCUUUCAAACGCUCUCCAGUUGCAACACAGCCACUCGAGCAUUCAAGUCACUGGGGCUUUGCUAUGCGAAAGGCAUUUGGUAAAUUUGUGGGGCUUGGAAGCCUUUUAUGAUGCUGUAUUGAACUGUGGCGACCCUAACAAGCGAGUCAAGGCACCGACUUUGAUAGUCAAGGACAAUACACUAUUUGAACAGAACAUUCAAUUGAAAAGCAUUUCUGACUUGAUUUGCUGUGUGUUCCAGACACUAGAGAUUGCUUCAUUUAGAAGCUUCAGCCCUUUGCUACAUCCAGCAUCUGUCAUUGUUAAAUGCUGCUAGACUGCUGCCCUGUAUUUUUCUAAUACCAUGUAAACUUGGUUUUCAAUUAAUCUUAUCAGGGUAGAAAACAGUCAUGGACCUGUCAGUUUGAUUGACCAAUUCAUGGCUAGAUCAUUGCUUGAAAAUGGAGCUUGAGUUGAUUGCAACUAGCCAGCCCAGUUUUCAGAUUACUACUGCUAAGAUUUAUCACAUGAAUAUACCACACUUUCCCCAAGGAGACUAUUUCUCAUGAUGAUCUUGGGAGGUGGGCUUGACUGAGAGAUGAUGAGAGGUUCCUCAGGUCUCCAGUUUUGUCAAAUGGAUGGAUUUCUCUGCCCUCUUGCUGCAGUUUCUAAGAGCUACAUUAAGUGGACAAAUGUGAUCUCCUUUUCAUGAAACGGAUUGAAAUUCUCUUCUAGUUACUGAACAAGAAGUAUCAUUUACCCUCUCAUGUUAUGAAAGGUUUUACAUGCAAAGGGCAAUUCCUCUUAAGUGUGUGUGUGUGUGCACAGUGGUACCUCGGGUUAAGAACUUACUUCGUUCUGGAGGUCCAUUCUUAACCUGAAACUGUUCUUAACCUGAGGUACCAUUUUAGCUAAUGGGGCCUCCCACUGUCACCGCUGCACGAUUUCUGUUCUCAUCCUGAAGCAAAGUUCUUAACCCAAGGUAAUAUUUCUGGGUUAGCAGAGUCUGUAACCUGAAGCGUCUGUAACCUGAAGCGUCUGUAACCCGAGGUACUACUGUAUAUGGAUCAUAUGGAUGUCCAGAUUGACCCUGGGAAUAGCUAUGCAUAUAACAAUCUUGUAUUCAUCAUAGGGUGGCCAGAUGCAAAAAAUAACAGGAUCCUUUCACCUUUAAUAGUUGUGCAGAAGAGAGAACUUCAGCAGGUGUAGCUUGUAUGGCAAACUACACCUGCUGAAAGUCUUUCUUCUGCACAUCUAUUAAAGGUGCAGAAGCCCCGUCGUCUUUGGCUACCGUAAUUCAUUGAUAGGAAGUCACUCUUGAGAGUGGGAUUGAGCCUUUAAAAUAUAACAUGAGAAGUAGCCAUGACUCAUUCUGCCACAUGUAUUUUAAUCACAAACCUUGAAAGCUUUUUUUGCUGCAGCGACACAGUUCAUAAGAUCCAGAAGCAGCUGGAUGAUUUUGGUAUUUAAAAGUGCUGGGCUGUAAGGAUAAUUCAUUCAUAUUUCCAUCUCAUCGAAGUGAAGCCUUUCACUGCUGCCGCCACCUGUAGCCUGACAGUUCUGUUUUUCUUUCCCAGAUCUUUUUCAUUUUAAAUUAAAGCAAAUUUGCUUAAUUAGGACUGUAGUUGGGGUGCCAAUAACAGAUGAAAGGGCGUGUGGCUCUCACUGUGUGAUUAGCGGGCUGAUGUUGUGGGUCAUUAUUUUUAAAUGUAGAACACUCAUUUAUAGUUAUUGCAUCCAUUCCCCACCCCCGAAGAGUUAAUGAGAGAGAUUUAAAAUAAUUAAGGCGUUUAGGGAGACACAUUGAGAGGUUUUCAGACCUGAUCAGGUCACCUGGAGGGGGAUAAGCCUGCCCUCUAAUAAUAAGGCUAUGCUUAAAGGCUGCGCUCCUAUACACAUUUACCUGAGAGUAAGUGCCACUGAAAACAAUGUGACUUUCGUCCAAGUAGACACGUAUAGGAUUGAAUUGGAAUGCCAUAUACAGGAUGGGAAGGCAGGUGUAAGAUUGCUCUGGCACCACCCACUAAUCUUCCCUUUUGGAGUUUUUACUUGGAAGGAUGCAGUUCACCUGCCUAGUGGCUUCUAGACUCUGGUUAUGGCAGAGGCCAGAAUCUCUUUUCCCCACACUUCUGCAGUCUCAGGACAUCCAGCACUCAGGGUAGUGUUCUUUCUGGCUGUGAAGUGGGGAGCAAGCUCUGUGCAGCUGCUCCUUCUCUGACUGAUGGCUGGGACCAGCCGAGUCUUCCUCUUGCUAGUCUUCUUGUGGUUCUUUUCCUCUGAGCAAUGGCAGAGGCCAGAGUGGUCUUACCCCUGCUUCUGAAGCCCCAGGGCAAGGAAAUUAGGUGUCUUCUUGGGUUCCUUCAUCCAUCUUUACAAAUGGAUUUCUGCUAAGGAUUCGGUUUGCAUUUAAAGGGGAAUCUACCUAAUUUAUACAAUUCUGAAACAACACGCAAACCUGUUGAAAUUUGCACUUCUUCAAAUUUUGCAGGGCAACUCUAUGGCUGUAGCUAUUAACAACCUGCAUGUUGAGUAUUCUCAGAGGUUUGUAGCUAUGCUAAUCUCAUUGAAUGAGUGUCUGGGUACUCUUGGCUUUAAUUUUAAAUCCAAAUAUUGCUGCUGAUGACACUGACAGUAUGCCUGCCAAUUUCCUAAAUGUCAUGAUUGUAGGGAAAUAACACCAUCCAUAUAUUGGCCUCUCAUCCAUGUUAGAUCUUAUCUUUGCUCACGUACGUUGUGAGCUGGAUGAGCUUGGGAUGUUUCCAUUAGGUAUGGAGGGGGGACAUGGAGGCCCAGUAUGUUGAUGGAGAUAGUCCAACAAGAUCUGCAGAGCCACAUGUCCCCCACUCCUGUUAUUAAUAAUAUUUGGAUAUGGAGCCUUUCCUUUAUUCAUUUGCUGGAUCAGUUUCCAUCCAUCCAUCCUCUGCAAAUCUGUGAUUCCUCCAUUCUUGUUCUGUGCAGCUGGUACUCUGUGCUGAUCAACAUUGACAAAAAUGAACGGGAGAGUCUAUGCUUGUAUUUAUUUAUUUUUUUAGUUGGCUCUCUGUUUUCAUGGACAUGCAGCAUCUUAAGUGAAUGUGCUCCCAUCUCCUUAAUGCUGGCUGACAACAGGACAUGCUUACACGGUUUUCCACUCAGCAUUACAGAGCGGCAAUCCUUCAUCUCUCGCAAGCCAUAUGUCUUGCAAAAGUAGUCCCCAAGGUGGUGCCAAAGAACUUGCAUUUCCUGCACAUAUCCUUGCAAGCUGCUGUCGCAACUUGGGCCACUUCAACUUUGCCUUUGCCUGGAAUACUGUCAAACUGCCAUUCCUUACCUGGGUCUUAGGAGGUUUCCGUUGAGACAGUGGCAAAACCCAAUGAAGUCCAUGAGUGUAAUUGCAGAACCAACCUGUCCCCAGCUGCUCUUGCCACUGGACCACAAUAUGCUUCCGAGCCUCAGAUACGGUUAGUCUGCAAGUUAUAGGGCUAAUUAAGCACCCAACAGUGCACAAUCAUAUUGUGCAAUAUUUACAUAUUAAAGCAGGGAUGAGGAAGGUUGUUUUUUUCAGCCAGAGGGCUGCGUUCCCUUUUGGGCAGCUUCUCAAGGGCCAUAGGCCAGUGGUAGGUGGGGUCUGAGGCAGAGGUGAGUGGAACAAGAAAUGCAAAUGUUACCUCUGGACAGUAGGCUACUUUCUACACACACUCACAUGCCACACUGCAUCCUCCAGCCAAGCAAGCAAGAGGCACUACUUGAGUUCAAGGGCAUCUUCCAGCCAUGCAAAAAGACUCAAGAGUGUGACGCAGGGCCAAUGAAUUGGGUGGCCAGGGGAGCGUUCCCAGGGCCAGAUACAGAGGCCGGAGUGGGGGGCCGCAUUCAGCCCCUGGAUCUGAGGCUUCCCAACCCAGCAGCAACACUUGGUGUUCAGAGGGCAGGCGAGCAAUGCCACCUUACCUGCGCUGUCCCAGCAACCACUACUGACCCUGGUAAGAGUGGCAUCUACCCACUUUUUGCUUCUGGUCACACCCACCACUGUUGUGCAGCCCCCGGAAGAUUCCACACAAUGGCAAGCGGCCCUUGGGGUGGAUAAAGUUAUCCACCCCAUCAUACCCAGAGGUUAUGGUAGCUUCCAUCUUCCUUUUAGUAGUGGCAAGAGAUAAUUCACCUCCUGCAAAGCAAAUCAGGGGGGAAUCCAAGGAAUGGCCGCUGGCAUUAUCUAGGAUGACAUAGGAGCAAAGCAUCCAGCAGUGCUAAGCAGAUUUGUUCCUAAGUAAAUGAUAGAUGCUGAGAGGGUGCAACUUAUGUGGUGACUUCAGAAGCUCAGCUAUUGAGAUCUAAGUAGUGCUGGUUCAGUGUUUAUACUACAUUUUUUUAGAUUUGCCUUGAGACAGUCUUUAAACCUUUUUGUUGACCACUAGCAUUACACUUUCCAUUUUUAAGUUCGGAAUAGAGUAGUUGCUUUGGGAUACAAUGAUCAGGCAUCCGCACAACAUGAAACCAAUGUCCCCACUGUGGAAGGACGUGUGGAUCUAGAACUGGCCUCCACAGUCACUUACAGACUCAUUGUUAAAACCGUGUUUAUGGAAGACAAUCUUACUCAGCUAUGAGUGAUCGCCAAAGAAGUAGUAGUGCUGGUUCAAGUGACCACUGCAGUCCAAAGGCCAGUGUAUAUUUUCAAGGUUUUUUAAAUCCAGUAGCACCGCAUAAGUCAGAAUAGAAGGGGAUGAGUCAGCCAUGGAUGCACCAGGUGAGAAAGAGCAAUGAGACUAGCAACCGAAUUCAAACCAUCCAAGCAGGAAGAAGCUUCUUUUUGCCCAAAGGGAGGCAAGACACCCUGAGGCUCAGCCAGCCAAUGUAGCUCUGAUUCCCUCCCCCAUCCAGUUGUCUGCUACAGGGAAGCAGGCUUUGACAAGCCUCAUUCCCAUCACUCAUUCACAGCCACUUGAGGCCCUGGGAAGAUUCAGUCCAAAGCCUCGCCUGCUGAAAAGCAGGAUGUAUUCUUUCGCUGCUAAACCUCCACAAUCUUCCUCCACCAGCCCUCAGGCCCUUUCUCAAGUCUUUUAUCUGGAGCCAUCUGACAAGCCUGGGUCCAAAGACAUCUUCAUUACGUAUCUGCUGACUGCUCUGUAAGCUUCCACACGUAUUCAUGGCUGCAUCCAGCCAAAUCUGCAGGGGAUUUAAUGCCGAAAUAAGGAUAAGUGCUGGGCUUCAGCUUAAGAACUUCUCUGAUCUGUGAUUGGUUCAGAAAGGAGUUCUUCUGACUAUACUUUUCCCAGACACGUCUGGUUGCUAAUGGAAAGCAUAGGGGAGGCUUGUCCAUUAGGGUCAGUGGAGCACUGCCCCACCAAGCUGAAUCCAGCCUCAGCCUACUUACAACUGGUCAAGGUUUCCACCGACUUUCAGCUGCCAUUUCCUUAGCCUCAGGGUUGAUUUUGUAGAAUUCAGCAGGGAGGAACAGCGGUGUAGCUAGCCGCUCAGGCACCUGGGACACCAAGGGGGCAGGGCGAGCUGCCCAUGGGGGCGAGGUGAGCCUGGCAGGGCACUCUACGUGGACUCUGACCUACUAUUGGCCUCCUUGCCUUCUGCCCAAUGGGAAUGGUCUCCACUGGGAAAGUCUGAUGGGUAAGCUGAACUUUGAUCUUCCAGGUGUUCCUGCUCGCAUGUGCUCCUCAUUCAAGUAGAUAAGAGUCUAGAACUGCUUAUUCCUAGAUCAGUACAGCAGUUGGUUAUUUUGGUUGGCCAGUGUAUUACAUAUGUCAGGGAUGGAAAACUUCAGGCCUGGGGGCCAAAUGCAGUCCACCAUUCCUCUCUGUCGGGUUCUCCCUAGGCCAGGCUCCACCCCAGGCCAAUCCUGCUCUACACCUUCCUGCAAGAGACAGGAGAGAGAGGCUCAUGCUCAUUUUGGUCCUUCCAAGUCUCUGCAAACAUUAGGGAGGGAUCUGCCUCCUCUUACUUGGUUAUUUAAAGUGCCAUCACUGGGAGAAGCAAAGCUCUGAACUCUCUCCAGGCAGAAGCCAUGGACGGUGAAAAGGCAGAGGAUCAAGCAGCACAAAGAUAGUCUGAACAACUCAAAGCCCAAAAGGCACAAGCAUCCUCCCCCUACUCUCACUUUCUCCCAAAACCUCUCAUUAACAACACCCUUCCCCCUUUGCACAAAAGUGCACCAAGCAUCAAUUGUCAGAAAAAGUGUGUGUGUGUGUGUGUGUGAAAGUAGGAGCUAGAAAUGCUGGGGGGGAGUUUGAACUUUGACUCUGUCCUGUGUUCACUUUUUCUGUUCUUGGGAGUAAAUCCCACUGUAUCUGAGAAGAUGUAUAGAAUAGUGGCUGCAGAUGGUAGCCCCCACAAAGGUGAUUUCCAGGGCCGUGGAGCUGAGGGACAAAAGCUUCACCAGUAAGAGCUGGGGGUGGCUAGAGGGGCAUGGAAACCAACCAGGCACUUUCCAUCUGGCAAAGACAUCCCUACCCUCUCUCUGCCCUCUGGUGUGGACAGACAGCAGGCUGAACAGAAACACAUUAAAGUGCAAUGCCGCAUACAAUGCUGUACACAUUCAAAUUGAAAUACAACGAAACAAAAGCAACCUCACUGUGUUUUAAGCCAAUAAUGUGCACAAGCCUCUGAUCCAUUCACAUUCCCUGAAAUCUGUUGAUGAUAUUGACUAGGCAAGGUACUAAAUUCUGAUGUUGCUGUUAAUUCAUGCUGAAUAAUGUGAAUUUGCAUAACUGCCGGUGUUUAUGCGUAAUGACCAGUCUAUAUAGCAGCAGGACCAGCCUAAAACAUUUGGUGCCUGAGAAAUAGCAGCAAAUGGUGUUCCCCUCCUGCCUCCCACUUAAAGUUAAGAUGCAUAGGACCCAAGGCUAGCCAAAUGGCAGCUGGAACAGAAAAUCCCAUAAGUACCUCUUCCCCAAGGUCCUUCCCUGAGCAAAAAAUUCAUUCAUUCAUUCACUGAAAUAAACAGAAACAAAUUGAAAACUAACCUUUUUCGUGACCCCCCAAAAUCUGCUACCUGAGGCAAUUGUCUCACAGUGCCUAAUGGUAGGGCCAGCCUAGACUUACAGUAAUUCUAACAGAGGUAUCAGAAAACGGCUGGUGUCUUCAUCAAACUGAUUUAGGCUGUGCACAAGACACACGCAUCACAGAAGUAAAGUAUUCUCUUCCUUUUCAGGUUUCCAAGCUGCAUUUCGGUUCAUAAUGGUGGUUGCUUAAUUUUCCAGAUUCGAAACGUGGCAGCAAACCUCUGUGUGGACAGUAAGCAUGGAGGGACAGGCACAGAGCUGAGGCUGGACAUCUGUGUGAAAGAUGGCUCUGAACGGACCUGGUCACAUGAGCAGGUAUUUGGACCAUCACAUGGUUUUUCCUCUAUUCCAAGAUUGUAAAGGGCUUUCUCAGGCUAGUCCCUCUGGCUGACACACCCCUUCCUAACACAUUAAUCACCUCUGUCUAGAAAAGCACAUGUACCCCCUCUAGCGCAGAGUCCUGAGCACAAGAGUUGUGAUUUGUUAUGAAUAAGCUGAGGUCUCCUGAAACAGAAAUGCUUCUUACGUUGCUGCCAUUGUGAAUAGAUUCAAUACAAGUGUAUGUGACAUAAUGCGUGGUCUGCUGGAUAAAUAUCUGAGGCAAAAUGAUGGACUGUAGCAGAAGGUAGAGCACAGCAGACUUUGAACAUUUGACAAAUCCUUUCCUUUUAUGUUUUGUUUUGUUGAAAUGAAAUAGUACCACGUGCAAGCUGCAGUUAUUUGUAAAAGCAGCAACAUACCUUUGUUGUCAGCACUGACUUGGUAUUUGCAGUCUCUGUUGGCCAGUGGGUGGUUGAAAUACCCAAAAGCAGGGGUCGGCAACCUAAGGCCCAUGGGCCACAAGCGGCCCACGGGGGUCGUUUUACCACACUCCAGGUUCAGACCCUGGCAUCUUCAGGGAGGCCUGGAAGACCCUGUCUGAAACCCUGGGAGGAUGGAGCCUCUGCCAAUCAAUGCAGAGAAUACUAAGCCACAUAAACCAAUAGAAGGAUACCUUAUAAGGCAGCUUCCUGUGUUCUGUUCACAGUGUUUUGUUCUUUUCUUUUCUUUUGCUUCUAUAUAACAACUGUUUCCAACUGGCCAAUUAUUUUGAUAAUUGUUACAUUGCAAGGUAUUGUAUUGCUCAUCCAAAAGACAUGCUGCAUGCUCCUAAUCAGGCUAAAUCAGAAGUAGGUCCUCCCGAAUUCAGUAAGCAGGAGCAGCUCACCUGAAAUAGCUUUCCUGUAUGGGCAUCACUACUGCUUACCAGGAGAGACCAAGUGGUGGUGAGGUCAGGGCUAUGUGGGUAGGAGAACCAGAUUAGCCCUGCCAGUAUGGUCACACAGCCCUGACCUCACCACUAUCCCCACUUCCCCAUAAGCUGCAGCAUCACCCCUGCUAGGAGGCUAUUGCUGCCAUUCCACCUCAUCAGGAAAACUGCUAUGGCUCGCAGGGUUAGGAUUGUAGCAUGCCUAGCUUGUGCUCUGCCUUAGUUUUCUUAGGGAGGUAUGCUGACAUUCCUGUGUCUGCCCCCCUUUUGGCAACCCCAGAUCGCUCCAGGUGAACCCAAUGCAACCCAGGGCUGCCUCAAUCCAAAUCAGUCUAAUUCAGCCACUGCACAGCCCUAGUUUUUACCUUUUAGCAGAUAAAAAUCCCUGGCAUUUCAUCGGUUGUGGCAGAACUCCCAUCAGUAGCAGAAAAGGCUAGGAAGCAGCUGUUCAAUAGAGCAGCUGCUCACCUGGGAGACUUCCCUCAUGGAGGUUAUUAUGGGUUGCUGCUAUCAGUUUGUUUUGUGUUGCAUUGGUAUUUUGUUCCUUUAUGUAGCAACUGUAAUCAGUUGCUGAAAAUUUUUGAUUCUGGUCUUUGUGUAAUAUUAAGGUGACUGUCUUUGUAGAACCAACUAAAAUGUCACAAAGUAAUGAACAAGAUUUCAAGUCUUCCAGAAAUUUCUUCAAGCUAGAUGUUCAGGUUUUGUUUUGUUUUUAAAAGGGAGGAUUAGCAAGAAGAGAUAAUGUUGUUUCAGGGCAAGAUGAAAAAGCCUCCAAACUGCAGGCUGGGCCUUUUUCUGUCCACACAUGCCCUCCCUAUUUAUUGCUUUGCUUUUGCUUUACAUCUAGCUUAAAGAAGCGUUACGAAGAACUCAAAAGAUUGCUCACCAGUUUGUGGCAUUUUAGUUGGAUUUUUUCCCCCUAAUAGAGCUGUAAAGCCACCUGCAAUUUUUAUUUGGUGCAUGUAGUUCCUAGAACUUAUCAGCAGAGGGCACUGCUGGACAAGCAGAGUUCCAUGCUGAAGAUGGAAAAGUUGAUGGUCGUUUUGUUUUUGUUUUUAAUUGUUGAAGAUUUUCGAUAGAGAGCUUAUCCAUAUUCAAGCAGACUGGGAAAUGGCUUAUACUGAGUCCAUCUAGCUCAGUAUUUUCAACUGUGAUUAGCAGUGGCUCUCCAGUGCAUCUUACGAAAGUCUUUUCCCAGCCCUGCUAGGAGAUUCCUGGCAUUGAACCUGGGAUUUUUUGCAUGCUAAAUGCAUGCAAAAUGUGUGCCCUGCCACUGAGUUAUGGCCCUUCCCAAGCCCUAUAGGAUUUUAAAAGUUAGAACUAGCCAAUCAUAUCCAGAAACAACUGGUAGACACCCCCCAAAAAAAGUUUGAAAACUAAUGUCACAAUUGUAAGUGCUGCAGCAGAAUUCCAGACACACUGAAGUAAGCUUUCAAAGGCAGCCCACACAAUGCAGGAAUAGGAGUUUUAGGCUCCCAUCUCAAACCUAGAGCUGCAUGGAUCUAGAACCUGGUCAUCAGCUCAUCGGACCAUUGUGGAUUUCUGCCCAUGACAGACUGUACCCUCAGAUGCAACCUGUCCUGGAGCUUGGCCAAGUGUCCAGCAGAAUUUAGGAAAACUGAAUUAUCCAAGCCAGCCUGGUGCCCUCUAGAUGUUUUUGGUCUACAGUGUCCAUCAGCCACAGCCAGCAUGGCCAUGACCUUGCUGACUGAGUAUGAUGGGUGUUGUAGUCCCAAAAAACUGCAGGUUAUCAAACUGGGAAAGGUGGCUCAGAAUGUGUGUGGCAUGUUCUCUGAGUUGAAGCUUCUCGGGCGCUUGGUUCUAGAAGAUUUUAUCAGGUCCGAAGUUGAUCAACUUUAGAUGAAGGUCUACCAGGAUUGCGUGCUGAGCAUGCUGUUUUGUGGAAGUGAGUCAUAGGCAACUUACAUGUGCCAGAAACGACACCUCGACACCUUCCACAUGCUCUGCAUCAGGAAGAUUUGGGGCAUCAUAGGGCAGGACAGAGUCUCAAACAAAGAUGUGCUCUCUCAAGGCCACAUUCCCGAGUUUGCACUCCUGUCUCAGCAACUUCUAUGCUGGCUUGGCCACGUACACAGAAUGGAAGAUGGCAGGAUCCCCAGAGACGUGCUUUAAGGGGAGCUGGCUUCAGGCACCAGGCCCACUGGCAGACCAACUCUACAUUACAAAGAUGUCUGCAAAUGUGACAUGAAGGCUGGCAACAUCAACCUUGCCAUGGGAAUCCCUUGAAGACGACUGCAGCACCUGGAGACAGUCAGUCAGGUGGUGUAUCCACAGCAAUGGCCAGAGGAGGAAUGACUGCUGGGAGGAGAACAGAGAGAAGAAAAACCAUGGUGCACCUUCAUCAGCACAACCGGACACCUUCAUCUGCCCCAGCUGCAACAAAACAUGUAUCUCCUGUAUCGGUCUCUACAGCCACAGCAGGUGCUGUGACUCUUCAGUGGUUUGACUUUACACUCAAAGGGGCACUCUUCAAUUGUCUCCUGAGACAGACGGAUGCCGACCAAUUUCAUCCAUUGAAUAUUUCAUGUGUGAACACCUACAUGUCCUCAUAUAACUGUAGCAUGUGCUGACAGCCUGUACGUAUUUGCCGAUCAAUGUACUGAAAGUUUCACACACCGGGGAGGCAAUGCUGAUCAGAGAGAUCCUGGUCGCUUUGUAAUGUGCAAAACAACCCUUAUUGUAUCAGUAGAGUUAGUCCUAAGCCCCUUUAAAAAAAAACCAGGAGGUAUCUGUAAGGAAAUACCACACAAGAAUCCCUGAGUAACCUGUGACCCUCCAGAUGGUGUUGGAUGAUGAUGAUGAUGAUAAUAAUAAUAAUAAUAAUAAUAAUAAUAAUAAUAAUAUCAAUAUGCUGCCCAUCUGACUGGGUUGCCGCAGCCACUCUGGGCAGAUUCCAGCUCCCCUCAGCCCUAUAACAGGCAUGGCUAAUGGCCAGGGAGUUGCAGUUCAACUAUAUCUGGAGAGCCAUAGAUUCCCCAUAAAGUGGAUCUGGAAGGAUAGAUUUUUACGGCUCUGUAGAGUUGGAAGGCCCCAAGCUGGUCACAGCCAACUGAGGAAAAAUACACAGCCUUAUAACUGGGGUCUUCAAUCAAGAAGCCAGUUGUGAGCCUUGUCCCCAAACAACCCUUGUUUUAAGUUAAGGGACCACUGGAACCUGCACCUAGAAGUAGAAAACUUACUGUUCUUAUGUUUUUUAAAAAGCGCCUGAUUAUAACUGGGACAAGUGCAGUCCAUAGGAUCUUUGUUGCAUCCUGGGAAAUAAUUCACCCCAGCCGCCCCACACAGUGCAUUCUGGGUAUUCAUCCCCUUCUAUAGCCAUUUGGCACCAGCAACAGCCUUUCUGAGGGAUUUGUCUUUGUUCUACCUCUGCACUGUAAGUGUCACAUCCUUAGGCUAUCUGCCAUCCCCAAUGCUGCCAGCUAAAUGUAGCUUUAUUUUAUCUUCAGUGCUGGAGACAUUUGUGCAAGAACUAAACGGGAACAAGAAAAAGCCAUCCUGCUGUCUUCAGGUUCAUAUACUGCUGUUCUCUCUGCUGCAGACAUGAUAAACAACCUCAGCAGGUUCAUUAUCUGACUUUUCAGAUGCCAGCAGAAGAAAUGAGAAAAUAGUCACAGUAUUCACAAAGUGAGGAUCGGCUCAAGAUAAAAUUAAGCCUGGCUUUCACAGUGUGGCGCAGCAUAAUAACAAGCAUGUUAUCCGGGCAGAUCCUGUCCAUACAGAUCAGCCCUUUGCCAGCCAUUGGGGAUAGGAUGAUAUCGUUUUGUUUUGGCCACAUCAGUGAUAUUGUUUCAUUCAGUUCAGUUUAUUAGGUUUUGUAGAAGCAUUCUUUUUCAGAAGAAAAAGACUCAGUGUGUCUUCGCAGCAACUGAAAUGUACAGACAGGCAGUGUAGUGUGAUGAUUAGAGUGUUGGAUUAGGACCUGGGAGACCAGGCUUCAAAUGUUCUUCCUUGCCUGUAAACCCCUGUGAUCAUUCAACCAGCCACCUGAAAGGCUCUAACGAGUUGUAAUGGAGUCAGUAGCUACAGAAGAGGGUAUUCUAAAUGAGCUUUACAGCUGUGGUUCGGAGAGGGAAGUGACAAAAGAGAGAAAUUAAACUGACAAUACGUAGCCUUGAAGGAUCCCAGCACAAUUUAGAUGAGAAGGUUGAAUGGAACUCAGCAAUGUGCAGCACCUUCAGAAUAAAAGGAACUGCAGGUUACAUGUGGAAGCUUAUCUCUCUCAUGGAAGGAGAAGGCAGUGGGGAGGGCAGCAAGCAAUCACCAGACUAUUUAAGGUGGACUAAUUAGCUCUUAACGCGCAUUAGUUAGUUUUACGCACCAGCUCUAGCACACCAUCAGGGAUGGCUGAGUUUAUAAAAUGUCGGUGUUGGAGUUUUGCACUUUUCCAAAGCGCAGUUCAGCUUUAAAUUAUAAAUAGUGAAGUGUAAAUAAUGCAUGUCAGCAUUUUUAAAAAGAACACUCACGUUUAAUUUAUCUUGAAGAAAGGCGAGUUCAGAUAUUCUAUGAUUCUGUGUAGGGGCUUAACUUCUGUGGCAGCAUCCACCAUAGAUCAAACGCCAGGCGAACCUUAAAAAUAUAUCGUGGAAUUAUGGUGAUUAUCAUCAUCACCACCACUGACUGUGACUCAUCAACUGAAAAGCAGAGAUUGCAAAUUCAAAACGGCUUCUUUCUGGUGGCUGCCUGCCGCCGCCACCACUGCAGUCAUAACAUCAUUCUUAGCACCAGCCAAUCAUUCGUAGCACCUGCUACAGGGAAUUUCCAUACUAAUCUUAGCCACUGGUGCUGAAACAUUUUAUGUCAAGUUCCAGAAUGAUGCAUUGGCCUAGUUCCUGUGUAGCGAUACCAUUCAGAUAAACCAUAGUUUGUACUGCUAACAACAUAGGAAGCUGCCUUAUGCAGAGUCAGACCACCAGUCCAUCUUGCUCCUUAUUGCCCACACUGACUGGCAGUGGUUCUCUAGGGUUUCCAGCAGGACUCGCACAGGACAGCCCUACCUGAAGAGGCCAGCGAUUGAAUCUAGAACUUUAUGAAUGUAAAGCAUUGCACUCCAGGGCUGGCCCAGGACGUUUUGCUGCUUCAGGCAAAACAGAAAAUGUUGUCCCCUUUUCCACUGCAACUGCUUCCUCUGCAUACAUAUACGCUAUCUCCUCCUCCAUGCCCGAACACUUUCUUGGUGGGCAGUCAUGGAGGCGGUGGCCAUGGGCCCAUGUGUGUGGAGGAGGCAGCCAGGAGUGGACGACAAAACAACAAGGAGCAGUGGCAAAGGAGGCCAGUUCUGCUGUCUGAGGCGACUGCUUCACCUUGCCUCAUGGACAAGCCGGCCCUGAUUGCUCUACCACUGAUCCAUCGCCCUUGAACAAGCUGAGGCCUAGUCCUUGCUGAGGUGGCAAAUCUCUGUCUGGGCUGCACCACAGCAAAUACACUCUCUUGCAGCUUAAUGCUUCCCUGUAUCAAAUAAAACGAAAAUGAAAUUUUAAAAUCUCCUGUCCAAGGCUAGGCUAGAGCCCUGAUAUCUAGUUUCCUACAUGGAGGAUAUUGGUUGCAUGGAAGACUAAUAAAUUAUACAAGCACUCCUGAACAAGUAUAGCCAAAUUUAUACAGAUUUACUACCGCAGUGAGAACUAGGCCUCAAUUCUUCCUGUGAGGCUUCAUCUCCAGGCUCUUUCACUGCCCUUAGGGCUCAUUUCCCAGCUUCAUCACCCAUUAUCUUGACAGUCUUUUGAUUAGUUCUAUAGAACGGUGGUUGUUUCUAAUUUCCCCUUCAGUGGGAUAAGCGUUUUCCUGAUGUUCAUUGUGUACCUUUUCGUGCUGAGGGUUUCUUUUCCUUUUAAUUAUUGCAAUUCCUUGCCAAAAACCUAGCCAUUACUCCUUAGGGUUGCUCUGGGCUGUUAUUAAUUAUUACACUGAAGCCAAAUACCUUUGGUUUAAUGGUUGGUUGGAGUCUACUGUCUAGUUAUGCACAAGUAAAGCCAAGCCAGACGUUUCCUACUAUCCUACUAUCCGAUCUCCCAGUCCAAUGCCAAGUUAGAACACAGUGUCACUUGAAUGCUUCCCCCCACCUCGCCCCUUAGCUCUUCACCUUUGGUUGGAGAGAAGACAUCCGUCCAGGAGAACCUCUUCACACCAGAAAAUUCUGCUUUGAUGCCGUUUCGCACAGCAGCCCCGUCACACUUUAUGACUGCCAUGGUAUGAAGGGAAACCAGCACUGGAGCUACAGGAAGGUCAGUAUUGCUUUGGAUUGUUUCAAAGUCUUUCAGCUGCUGGGCUUUGGGCAGGGGUGGCCAGCUGUGAGGGGUGGUGCUGUGAACCUGGCCUCCUGGUACCACUGAUGCUGAUGCUGCUUACAGGGCAGUGUGUGGUUAGCAGUGGUGGGCCUACAUUUUUGGGGCCAUGAAGCCUUUUUGCAACCAGCAAUGACAUCUGGGUAACCACAGUUACCUUCUUCAGUGGGGUUGUUUAUAGCAACCUUUACAACAUCUGUACUACAGACUUUAAAACAUUGGGAUUGUUGAAACACAUAAAACAAAACAAAAAAAUCAAUUUGAGAUGUGCGACUCAAAAUGUGUCUACUAAAUCCAUUUUUUUUAAAAAAGGAAUGUGGACUCCCUGGAAUUGGGGCCCCCUAAGCUUCAUUAGUUUCAUAGUAGAUCGGACCCUGGUGGUUAGGGCAGCAGUGGCACAAGCGAAGUGGUCAGAUUCCAGUAGUUCAGCCACACCUCUCUGCCCUCACCACCGCCCUGCCCUCACACCGUUCGCUCUGUGUCCCACUGCUGUGAUACUGGUACCCGGAAGUGAGAGUUACAAAUACUCCCCAUCCUCGCUGGCCGCUCCUGGUUUUGGGUAACAGAGACUGCAAUGUUUGUUCCAUCAGAAUAAUUCAUUUUACACACUGCCUUGGUUCAGUUAAAAACAAAAAACACUUGAAAUGUGAAAUAGCACUGCCAUUAUAUAGGUCAAAGUUAACAUUAAUAUGGAUUUCACCCAGCACAAAAUGAAGAGCACAUCCCCUGAAAGAUGCUUUGCCAUUUUGGCACAUCAAGACAUGUGAGUCAUUUUAACAAAGGCAGCCCUGAAAAUGUUUUUAUUCCAUGUGACAGGCACAAGAAAAGCUCCUAAUGAAUUAAAUACAAUAUAAUCUUUCUUUACUUUAAAGAUUGCAAUUGGCAGAUGUACAAAAUGCUGGAAAGAGCAGCCCUGUAUAGCUAAUGAAACAAAAUGGUUUACAAUUCAAGGGUCAUCGGUCUAGGAUGCCAACUGCAUUUCGAACCAUUUUAAAUAGCACUAGAAGCAGGUUGGCUGUGACAGAAAUCGUGCAUGACUUUUUCUUCUUCACAUUUUAGUAGUUACCAUAACAAUGCUUUGGAGUGACAUGAUUGAUUGCUUUUGAAAUGGGUACCAAGGAAGUGACCUUGUUUAACCUUCUCAGUGCAGGCCUUGGUGGAACUGCAUGAGAUGGCUGUUAUUCUGGUGCUCUGUUUCACCUAUCCAUCACCAUCCCCACAGCACAACUUCCUUGGCAUUCACUAUCUUCAAAUUACUAAAACUGCAAUCGUAUGCACCCCAUUGGACACAGUGGGGCUUGCAUUGCAUGGAUAUGACACACUCCUUCAUGUAAAGACUUCUGAAGGGGCUUAACAGAGUUCUGCCCCCAACCCCGUACACUGGUGUUUCCUCCUCCUAUGCCCCCUGACAUGUGCACACAAGCUCAGACAUUCACAGCCCUCUGAACCAUUACAGAGCAUGGAAGGUCUGUGUCACCUUCCUUAUCCCUGCCACCCUGCCUAGCCCUCCUUAUUGUCAUACAGGGACAGAGCCCUGGAUGUGGAUAGAUGAGCACAUGGUAUCACUAGGCACGCGUGCUUCUUUUAUUGCCUUGGAACAGGACAGCCCUUUAUUGAGCUGUACAGGAAUCCUUUGUACAUGGGUGCUGUUUCUUCAAUGGGGCUGGAUCAUACCCAAAGCUGUACAGAGACAAAAGCUAUUUUGGCCUUCAUCACCCUAAUAUUUUCUAGUUUACCAAAGCAUUCAUGAAUUUGGAAAUAGAUUAAAGGCAGACCUACGCUACACACUUCAGGCUUGUUGAGAGUCAUUAUCUCCUUCCAGGGAGCCAAGAGAACAAUAGAUAAUGUGUGCUGCGGGUGGGUGGCAGCAAGGAAAUUUGAGCCAAAAUUAUCAGCACUUCACCAGACUAUGGCAGUUAAAUUGGCUGUAAGAAUAUUACCGUAUUUUUCGUCCCACAGGACGCUCCGUCCAAUAGGACGCACCUAGUUUUUUUGGGGGGAAAUAAAGGAAUUUUUUUCCCCUUUAUUUCCCCCCCAAAAGCAGGUUGGGGAAACCGAACCAGGUCGAGGAACAGCAGGAUGGCGGCGCUGCUCGCUGAGCUUGUGGGGCUGGCCGAUGUCUGCCCGGCGCGCGAGGCGCUCUGCUUCAGGGCGCCCCGCCCACCGGGCAGCAGGCUGCUAUCCGCAGUGUGGGGAGCCCUGCGGGGAACUCCUGCAGGGCUGCCUAGGCUGCGGAUGGUCUGCCGGCGCCGGGCGCUCUGCUUCAGGGCGCCCGACCGCCCGGGAAGCAGGCUGCUAUCCGCAGCCUGGACAUCCCUGCGGGACCUCCCGCAGGGCUGCCUAGGCUGCGGAUGUCUUCCUGAAGCCUGGAGAGCGAGAGGGGUCGGUGGGCACCAGCCCCUCUCGCUCUCCAAGCUUCAGCGAAAGCCUGCAUUCGCCCCAUAGGACGCACCCAGAUUUCCCCUUCAUUUUUGGAGGGGAAAAAGUGCGUCCUAUAGGGCGAAAAAUACGGUAUAUGCUAGAUGAAGGGAUAGGAUAACCAAUGAGGAAGUUUAGUCAUCAGGAGAGCAGGCAGAGAGGUUUAGAAUCAGUGCAGAGAGAUGGGGAAUUCCCAGAGGAGGGAAACAACAGAUGGCGACUCUGCCAGGGUUUAUAUUGUCUGAAACUGUGGGAGGGAAUAUCUUGAGGGGGUUUUUGUCUGCAAAUGUGUAUCCAUGAAAACUUUUGUGUGGGUUACGUGGAGGGGACUCUAUUGCCAUUCAACCCAUGACUUUGGUUGAUCAAUUUCGUUUAGGAUUUACACUUUAGCCAGAGAAGGAUCAGACUUUGUAGGGUGAAUUGAAUUCUCAUUCCUAGUAGAGGUGCCAUUUGAAAGGCGUGUGCUGGAUCUUCAAAUUAUACGAGAUGGCACAACGCCCUCAAAGUCAGAGGAGAAAGCUCCAUUUAUGUCAGAUAAGGAUCUGACUUUGUACAACUGCAGCCUCUUGCUCAAACACCAAAGUCAAUUUAUUUCCUGGCUUGCCCAAGCUGCUGAAAAGAAGCUUGAUGUCUUGAAACACUUCAUUGGUGCCUAA